CGAACACUUCAAUAAUUGCAAAAGGGAGCUGCUGGCGGGGGUGGGGAGGAAGGAAGCAGAAAAAUACCUCCCUCCCAAGUGAGGCAGCUGUUCCUGAACCUAAGACUUUGCAAGCGCGUGGAGCCAUGAUUGCUGGGUUGUGGGCUGUGUGCAGCCAAGGCGACGUUUUGUGCGUGUGUGCGUGAGUCUAGCGUGUGUGCAUGCGUGUGUGUGAGUGUGUGUGUGUGUGUGUUUGUGUGUAUGACUAGCAACCGCGUCUGCUUCAGCUCAAGCAAUGCCGCCGAUCUCCCGUUUGCAAAUAACAAUGUGGCAUUUUUGUCCUGCGGGGAGGCUCCGGAGUCCCCUUCUUUUUUUCCCUCCGCCGUCCUAGCAAGAUUGUUGUCUCUGAAAGGCGGAUCGGAGAGAGAGAGCUGGGGAGGGAAGGUGGGGUGGGGGCGAGAGGAGAGAGAGAAACAAGCCCGGAGAUUAUAAAAGAAGGAAGAAAAGGACGAGGAGUGACUGCGUGUUUGGAAACAACAACAUCACCAUCACCCCCAACGACAACAAACAGGAGGGUAGUAGGAGGAAACCAUCUCAGAAGAAACUUAUGGAAGAAUGAAGGAGAUGGUGGGUGGCUGCUGCGUUUGUUCCGAUGAGCGGGGCUGGGCUGAAAACCCCCUGGUGUACUGUGAUGGGCAUGGCUGUAACGUGGCGGUGCAUCAAGGUAAGACCCCCCCCCAACCAAUCCCUCCGUAUUGACACCUUUUCCAUCCCUCCUUCCCUCCCUACCCCUCUCUUUCCUUCCCUCCCUCCCUCCCCAGCCAAGCCCCACUUUGCAUCUUAACUCUUCGGGGCUUUGCCAGGCUAGAUGCAUAUAUCUAUAUAAAUCUAUGUGCGCGUAUAUAUCUAUAGCUCUGGCGAUGGAGUCAACAGAGAGAGAGAGAUGUGGUGUAAUUUCCCCUCCAUUCACCUCAAGCCUUUGCAAAGCUUUGAGCAAAUAAUAAUAACGAUAAUAAUAAUAAUAAUAAUAAUAAUAAAAAGAUGUUUAGGCAUGGAGUUGCAAAAAAGAAAAGAAAAACGGGUGGGAGGAUUUUAAGUGUGCGUCGUUGUUAUUCAUAGUAAGUAGUGUGAUUUCUAUUGUUCUGUAUAACGGUAUUCUUGACAGGGCCUUCUUGGGGAGGGGGAUGCAGAAGCGCAACCUUAGGAAGAAAGGGGGGUGUCGGAGCUGUGUCUAUAUCGCUGGGAGGGCAGGUUUCUUUUAAUUCUGCUAGUGCCGGGAGGGGGGCAGAUCUUAGGCUUUCCCUCCUCUCACUGAUGUGUGUGUGUGUGUUUAUCGCUUUGUUUUGUUUUUUUUAUUUAUGCGUUUUUAAUUGCACCGGCCUAUAAAGGGAUGUGUGAGAGAGAGAGAGAGAAAGAGGGAGAUCUAAAACAGCAGCAGAGACAGAAAGGUUAGACGGGGGUGGGCGGCUUGUUGUGUUCAUGUUUGUAUUUGUAUUAUUAUAUUAUUUGACGUAGCUUCAGAAGAAUCGUAUGGCCGUGACCUCUGACGGUCUCCCUCAGCUUCCUUCCGGAUUAGCAGGGGUGCUAUUAUUAGCCACCCUGCUGUCACUUUUUUUUUUUUGGUUGUGUGUGUGUGUGUGUGUGUGUGUGUGUAGAAGGAGUGCUCUAGCUUGCAGUUUCAAGGUAAGCUAGGGAAGGGGGGAUAAUGUAUAACAGAGAGAGAUGGAGCAGAAUUUUGGGGACACCCCUUCUCUGCAAAAGAACACAUUUGAGCAAGGAAAACAGUGCGUGUGGUUUGUGUGCCUCCGGGCUACUAUUCUGUCUCUUAGUAGAUCAUUAACACUGGAAACAGAAGGGCAAGGAGGAAUCACCUCAGCUGCACCCAGCCCCACAGAUCUAGGGCUGGUGCUGAGCCUGGCGUUAUCUUUUCCAACAGGGCUUUGCUUUCUAAAAGAAAUGAAAGUAGAAGAACGACCAACCGUUGUGGGAACAUCACAAGCUCCCUUAUACCGAGUCAGGCCAUUGGUCCAUCUAGAAAGUGUUGUCAGCAUUGUACUGUCAACACUGUAUGGGCAGCUAGUCUUUGCCACCUGUACUGGGAAGAUGCCAGGAAUUGAACCUGGAACCUUUGGGUGCUCUACCGCUAAGAUACAGCACUUAGGCUUACCCCACAGGUCCCCUGUCUCUGAUCCCUAAUCCGAGAUGCAUGAAAGCUGCCCGUGGUUGUUCCAUAGUGCUGAGGAAAGGCACUCUGUCCAUGGUCACAAGCACUGUCUUCGCACAUCAAAAGCCAUGUGUUUAUAGACAGGAUUUUGAGCUUUGAUGGAAGUUGAGCUUCUUUACCACGAUAUACUGAGCUUGGUGUGUUUCAUGUUUUAUCCUGUUCCAAUGAGUGGUAGCUAAUUCGGAGCAGACCCAUUGAAAUCAACGAACUUAAGUAACUUAGGCACCAUAUUAAUAACACCAGAUGUUACCCAGUGUGUUUUGCUUUUAUAUAAAUUUUACAUAGCUGGUUUUAUUUCUAGUGGCUUUGAAUGACAGAAAAGUACGAAAUAAUUAUGUUUUGUUUAUCUAUCUAUCUAUCUAUCUAUCUAGGUAAUUAAUUAAUAUAUAAUUUAUUAUUUAUUAUUUAUUUUUUAAUCCUGCCUAAGCAUUUAAAUUCUAUGCGACAAUUUAACAUGUUUCCAGGCUGAGUCUUGGUAUUGAAGAUAGUUUCUGGGACUCCGUUUGACAUUUAGCCUUAAAAUGAAAUCCCAUUUGUUCGCUAGCUUUGAUGCUGCCUCUCGAAUCACCUGCCCAUUAAAAACAAUUCAUGCACAUAAGCAAGUGAGGAAAGGCGCUUGCAAAAGGGAAACUAGUGAAGGGUUGCAAAAAAAGUUAGCCAAAUCAGCAAAGGAUUGUAGCUCAGGGAUAGAGCCUGCCUUGUAAAUAAGCCCACAAAGUUAUUAGCCUGCAACAAAAUUCAGUUGGCCGCUAGUAACCUGCAUUUCCAUGCUGGUUACAGAGGAAGGAAGCCCCCUCCAUCAAAGUCUACAAAGGGAGGGGGCUACUAAAGCAAACAGUCCAACCCCUGCCUUCUGCCAUGGUGGCUGACAGAGGAGGGAUGGAUCGACCCUUUCCUUCUCUGCCAGCCUAUGCACUUGCCUUCAUGGAAUUUCAUUCAUUCGCCUGGUUCGAUUUCCUGAUCACCCAUGGCUACCAAGCAAAUGGUUAAAUACAAAGCUGAGUGGACCAAAUGCUUUGAGUGGACCAGUUCAGUCCCAGGCAUCUCUAAGACUGGGAUGGAUUCCUACCUGAGAUGCUGGAGAACAGCUACCAAUCAAGCUAGAUAGCAUUGAGCUUGAUGGACCAAUGGUCUGAUUUGCUAUUAGGCAGCUUCCUGUUUUCCUACCUCGAAAGUUGGUGGGAAGGGCACAGCACCUGAGCCCAGUUUCCCCAAAGGCUAGCUACCUUGCCCUUUGUCUUUCUUUUCCUGAGAAAUCUGUGACAGCAGCUCUGUCAACAAGGACCCUUUCAGGAAGACUUAACGGUUGAUACAACUGUUUGCUAAAUCCUAGACCAAAAAAGUAACUAGGCUGCAAUCUGUAAAUACGCUCUGUGUAUAUUCUGGUCUGGUCAAGGGACGGACGCCGAUGUAAGCAUUAUGCUGUUGUGCACAGGGAGUCAGAGAUGCAUUGUCUUGAAUGCAUGAAAAGGAAAUAAACAACAAUCUGACUUUUAGAAGACAUCGGAAGGGAUGUUUUUAUAGGGACGUUUUUAAAUGUUUGAUGUUUUGUUGUGGUUUAUAAUUUGUCGGAAGCUGCCCAGAAUGGCUGGGGCAACCCAAUAAGAUGGGCAGCAUAUUAAAUGAUAAUAAUAAUAAUAAUAAUAAUAAUAAUAAUCCCUGUCCACGCCUUCUCCAUAGGAAGGGAGUAAGAUGGAGCAGAAUCCUACUCACUGACAGGAAUGCUUUGCUAGGCAAUAGGAAAUACAUUGCCUGGUUUAGAAAUAGCCAGUUAAUAGUCUGUGGCCUGCUUUUGGUCUCCAGAACUAUUUUAUCUAGCCAAAUUGUAUGGUUAAAAAAUGCCCUUAGUUACUCUCAUAAGGUAAAUAAAAAUAGAAAUAGAUUUGAGGAGGAGGAGGAAGAAAAAGACAAUGUGUAGUACAAUGAUUAAACUUUGGGGACUAGAACUCAGAGCUUCACCUGACCAUAAAGUUCACAGUUUGGUCAUUGACUAUGAAGCAAGUUUUACAAAAUAUUAAUAGUUGUUACAUUUUUGUUUAAUACAAGGCAGGCUUGCUUACUUUGUAUGCCCAGAACAAGAAGCUGUUUAUUGAUGUACAGGCUAAUACAGGCUUCCUCAAACUCUGCCCUCCAGAUGUUUUUGGCCUACAACUCCCAUCAUCCCUAGCUAGUAGGACCAGUGGUCAGGGAUGAUGGGGAUUGUAGUCGCAGCACAUCUGGAGGGCCAAGUUUGAGGAAGCCUGGGCUAAUACACAACUACUGUACAACGGAAAAUUAAUGUAAACACAAGAACAAGCUAAAGGGUGGAGUCUUUGCUUCUCCAACCCAUAAUAACUGGAGACAAUAGUUAACUCUAUAAUUACCAAUUGCUACUACUACUACUACGAUAUCACAACUUUCAAAAAAUCGUCAAGAAAUUACACCAACCGUCUUCCACUAGACAUGGACGAGGAUAUAGCUCACGCGAAAAGCAAGGUGCACCUUUCAGAUAUCACAAUAACUUCUGAACAGCUGUGGAAUGGUUUGUUUGCUUUUGCUAUGAUAAACUCCCCAUGAUGCUGUUACAGUGAACAAUUAAGCACACAAUAUUCCUUUCUUGGAGCGUUUAGGGGAUUUCCUAGUAUGGCUGGAAGAUAGAUGCUCUGCCUUACACAAACAGUUUUGGGGGAUUUUGCAUGUAGGGGAAGGAACAGGGUUAAGGCACUUCAAAAAUUUGCUUCCUCACAUCAAAAGGUUCAACAAGCAUUUCCUUUUUCUUUCUUUUUUUUGGCUUGUCAAGCCUCCGCUCUAAUUGUUCAAUAGGUCAUCUCAGUUCGCAGAGUUGGUGAACAUCAGGGAAAGGAAAAGCCUGUUUGCAUCGGUGAGAGCGACUUCAGAUGUCAAGUGUGUGUUUACCUCUGUGUCCUUGGGCAGCUGCUGGGGCUCCAGCAGGACUCUGGCAGGACCCACUGACAAUGCCUGUCCCGGGACACAACUAUGUUUUUCUAGCCUAGCACUCCAAGUCUAGCCACCAUAUACAUUUUCCCUGUUCUGGGGUAUCAUUGGAGACUGAAAUGAAGGCUUGACCCAGCUAUCCAGAGCACCAGGUUAAACCCACCAGGGCCCACUGACAGAAGAGGGGAGCCCACUAGAGACCACUUUCCCUGGGCUUCUCUUAAACCUGGAGCCAGCCCUCGUAUGUGUGACCCUUUGUGUUUCCUUCCGUGUACCAGACUGCCCAUGAUUAUUCCUCAGAACCAAAGUAGAUCUGAUGGGGAUCACCACGCUUGUUUAUUCAUAGGUCUGUCCCAUUAAAAUUUGAAAUGGGGAUGACUUUUUUAUAUAAGUAAAGAGAGGCUUAGAUGUGAGACAUGUAAACAGCAAAUGUAGUUUGUUUGUUUAUGUUAUAAAUGCUAUUAAUUGCAUUUAUAUCCCUGAGCUCCCCAAGGAGCUCAGGGUUCCCCCACUUCAUCUCCACAACAACCUUGUGAGGUUGGUUAGGCUGUGAGACGGUGGUGAUUGGCCGAAGAUCACCCAGUGAGCUUUGUGGCUGUGUGUGGACUGGAACCCAGAUCUCUCAAGUCUAACACUCUAACCACUACACCACACUAGUUGCUUGUAUUAUGUCUAGGUUGGGUGUCAGGAGCACCCAUAGCUCAGGCCAUCUUUUUGGUUUGCUACACUGAGCUACUGUUGGUGAAACAAUUUAAUCCAUAUAUGUAGCACAAAUCCCCUCAUUUUUUAAAUAAGGGUAGCAUUAUAGAUCUUAUGAGUUAUAUAAGACAGCAACCACCACAAAUGCUCAUACGCAACACUGUUUUUAGUGCAAUAUAAGUUUGAAUCUAGGGGAUAAUGGGCCUUUGACCUUCGCUUAGCCUUCCAUAAUCUCUCUGGACUGCCCCACCUCCCAAAAUUUUCAUUUUCUAUGUAUUUGGUAGCAUAUGAAAUGUUUUCCUAGUACAGUGGUACCUCGAGUUAAGUACUUAAUUCGUUCCGGAGGUCCUUUCUUAACCUGAAACUGUACUUAACCUGAAGCACCACUUUAGCUAAUGGGGCCUCCCGCUGCCGCCGCGCCGCCGGAGCACAAUUUCUGUUCUCAUCCUGAAGCAAAGUUCUUAACCCGAGGUACUAUUUCUGGGUUAGGGGAGUCUGUAACCUGAAGUGUCUGUAACCUGAAGCGUAUGUAACCCAAGGUACCACUGUAUUGUGUAAAGUGGUCCGUAGUGUCAUGGAAAGCAUAGAGGACACAGCAGUCAAGAAGCUAAACAACAACUUCGUUGUGUUUGUGGAAGAAAAACAGAGCAGCUGUCUGAAACACUUGACUCCACCUAGUGACUAAACUGUAUAAUGAUACUAUCCACACAGAGACAGGACAAAGAUGGGAAAGAAGUCAGGGGUUUGUUAAACCAGAACUGGGGCAGAACUUGAAGGCUAUAAGAGACAGUUGCAGCAGCCCAGUGAGGAAGGCCUGGCCUGUGAGGGACUUAAUGUCUGGCUAAUUUAGCAGCAUCUUCCAGGCCAGGAGGUUGAGCAUGGCAGCCAGAGCACCUGAGAACUAAAGGAGAACUGAAAUAUGUAUGCCUUUGCUCUAUAACUCUUGUCUAUUUUAUGGUGUUUCUAAUGUAGUGUUAGGUGCCUCAAAGGCUUCAGUUAACAGGCAGGUUAUAAAUACUCUCAACUACAUAAAUAAUAAUGUGCCUCUUUUCCAGCAGCAACAGUAUAAGGCUCCAUGGCCUACUUUGCCAACUCUGUUUGUGCCAUCUUCCAUGGGCUGGAGGCUGGGAUAGGGUAAAUUUGCCAGCCACAAGUGGAUUUGGGAAUGGGAUGCACUGACUGAGGCUGUCCACAAAGUAUGUGACCAGACCCUCCAAGUGUCCCUAUUUUCCAGGGACAGUCCUGGAUUUACAGAAGCCGUCCCAGUUUCUGAUUUGAUGCCAGAAUGUCCUGCUUUUCCUUAGGAUGUCCUUAUUUAUGUCAGAAAUGUUGGAGGGUAUGGUGACCCCCCCCCCCGAGCCAAAGAGAUUAGUAACUAUACAAGCUUUAGAAGACAUCUGAAGGCAGCCCUGUAUAGGGAAGCUUUUAAUGUUUAAUUACUUAUUAUGUUUUUAUAUAUGCUGGAAGCCGCCCAGAAUGGCUGGGGCAACCCAGUUAGAUGUGUGGGAUAUAUUAUUAUUAUUAUUAUUAUUAUUGACAUCACUAUUUUCAUAGUGUUUGAGGGUAUGUGUGACAACUAAAUGUUAAAGAAAAGAGAACACCACUCUUGUACUUUCCUCUCCCCAUAGCAUGUCACACAUGAUAUUGUGCAUGCCUCUGGCAUAAUUUUUUAUAUAUUUAGUUUUAUCCGGAGCUAAGACUUAUUCAGAGCAGACCCAUUGAAAUUAAAAGGCCCAAGUUAGUCAUAUUCAUUAUUUUCCAUGGGUCUACUCAGAGCAGGACUAACAUUCUUCACAACCUAAUAAUUUCAGAGUCUUUCAAUGUAAUCCUAUGCACAUCUACUUGGAAGAAAAUCUUACUGAGUUUACUGUAACUUGCUCCCAGGUAAAUGUGUAUAAAAUUCCAGGCUGAAAAACAUGAUUCUUGGAGAGGGCAGCAUGUGAAUAUUCAUUUGUCACAUCACCCAAAUGUGCAUUCCAAUAAUGAAUAUGUUUAGCCCGUUUUGAUUGACACAUUUCAUUUCUGAUGUAAAAAGUCACAAGAAAGGACUGAAAGUGCAUAAUAAGAAACACAGCUGCACUUCACAAGCAAGUCAGGCUCUCUCUCUCCCCCCUCCCCUUUUUAUUGUUACAUUACCCUCAUUCCCUGAUAAACUGGUGUUCCGUUUCAUGCAUAAAUUUAAAAUUUAUUAAUCAGGCAGCCCAAUACAGGUUGUUGCCAAACAGAAACGUACGAGCAUAUAUACAUAAGAAUUAUACAUAAGAAACAAACACUUGACCUUUACAAAAAUUAAACGUAGAUCGAAAAGCAGAACCUUAAAUACACAAGGGAAUCUUCCUGCAUAAAAGAUAGCAAACAGGUACAGACAGUAAACAGGACAUGGGAACAGGAGGCCAAGGGAUGUGGAGCUGAGAACAGGCAAAGAUUAAGCCAAGUGGAAAGUCAUGCGAACACAGGGGGUCAUGGGAAAAGCAAGCACAUCUGCCUGCUGGCACUAAGAAACUAUGUGCCGUGAUUAUGCUCGAUAAGCAAAUGCAUGGGCUGAUGUCAGGUUUCAAACCGUAUUCCUUUCCUCAUUUGUCACAAGCAAGCAGGAAGGGUGGUAGCUCAGCAGCCGUAGAGCACCAGCUCAGCAUGCCUUGGCUCCCAAGUUAAACCCUUGGCCUCUCCAGAUCAGGCUGGGAAAAAUUCCCAUCUUAACUCCAGAGAGUUGCAGCCUGCCAGUGUGGACAAUAUUGAGCCGGAAUGGAGAGAGUAUAAGGCCUCACUGAGAGUAUGUUCCUCACUGUUGCCAUUUUGCUGCCCCUGCCUUCCUCUUUUAUUUGUGGCAUCUUUUAUGAAAGCCCCUGAUUAAAUUGUCAAAUUAGACAUGUACACAUGUCCCUAUUUUCUGGGCAAGAUUCGUGGUUUCCUGUUAUGAGACCGGAAAUUCCAUGUAUCUGGAAAUCUUCCUUCCUUCUUUACCCGUAUAAACAGCAUUUAAGCCAUUAUGGGCAAAUUAGACAAUUGGCUUUUUGACAGAAGCCGGCACCAAACCUAUUAGUGCUCCCUACAAUCUCAUAUUAGUCCUUUAAAAUGGGCAGUCGGCCACAUUUGUUGUGUAUGACUCAGUUGGAACGGUGCUUGUGUCGUAAGUGCAGGAUUUGGGUGCUGUGUGAAGAAUCCGGUACUUUUUUCACCUGAGAAGCCUCUAGUCCUUAGCACUGAGAAAACAGCCUUGAUAAUCUGGGCAUUGCCUGCUAAGAUUGCAAAAGUUGGAGUGUGAGGCUGAGCGGGACUUCCAGCAGGGAAAACCUUGAUGAGAUAUUUCCUUUGGAUUGUAAAGGAAGGUUGUUUAAGGUCAGAAACCAGCUCCUCCCUCCCCCACCCCUCAAAAUAUUUGCCGAAGAAAUAAGUGCUUUGUCUACAAUGAAUGGGUGGGCAUGACUUGUUAGCUGAUAAAAUAAUUUUUGGCUUAUUAAUCAUCUGCCUUUUAGCCAGUGAAUGGAGGAAAGAAAUUGCAAUACAUUUGUAUUUUGCCAAGCACUCAGUAUAGGUGUCUUGUUAAGUUUCUGACAUACUGAUUGAAGUGUAAGGUAACUUACAAUUAAGUCUACAAAAGCUAAUAUUCAUUGUUAGAAAAGCUUUCUUUAGUACGUCUUUUUUCCUCUUCCUAUUAUAGAAAACAUGCCAUAACCAAUAAGAGUCUGUAGGUGAAAAAAAUUGGCUCCUAUAGAUUAAUCAGGUAAAGCUUUAGUUGAUAAAUCUGCUAAUGAAACUGAUGGGUCAGGCUUUCAGGGCUAACAUAUUUCUCAUAUGCUCCAAAUAUGUGAUGUCAUGGUUAGAGUGUUGGACAAGGACCAGGGAGACCCAGGUACCAAUUAUUUGGAUAAUAAUUAGAUGAGCACUGCUGGCUUCAGCCAAAGCCCAUCUAGUCCAACAUUCUGUUCUCACAGUGGACAACCAGAUGUUUAUCCUUGUAGGGAAGCUAUAAGCCAUUGAUGGCCUUCUCCUCUGUGAAUUUGUCUAAUCUUCUUUUGAAGCCUUCCAUGUUAGUGGCCAUCAUGACUUCUGGUGGGAGCGAACUCCAUAGUUUAACUGUGUGUUGUGUGAUGAAGUUCUUUAUUUUGUCUGUCCUAAAUUUUCAUUGGAUGUCCCCCGAAGAGGGAGAAAUUUCUCCCUAUCCACUUUCCCAAACCACACAUGUUGAAGUUCAGUCUAGGUGACCCCAGGCACAUCGCUUAGGAGGAGAAACUGGGAAGGCUCUUUGAAGGAUGGAUGGGAUAUGUUUGCACCUAGGCAAAUCUCGUUGUUUUCAAUGAACUUACUCCAGGUAUUUGUGUCCAAGGUUGUAGCCUAAAUAUCCCCAUUUAUCAGGGCCACACACAGCUUUCUGGUUUUUCUUCCAGGUAAAUUACAGCCCCGUGCUUUGCCUUUUGGGAUGCCUUGUUGCAAUGUUGUUCACAUGAGAUGCCAAACUCUGAGACAUCGUCCAUCAAUGCUCAGCUCUCGCCCUGGGGUUUUGACAGCUUAAAUAUCUGGGAGUAGUAUAUCAACAGUUCUGUAUACAUCUUGCCCUUAGUACACAGUCAUGUUAAUGAAUAUGCAUGAACAUUUAGAGGUGGGAGCUGCCAGGCUUCAAACUUGAAGGGUAUAUUUUAUUUCUCAGUCCUGAGGCUUACCAACCAGAAUCAGUCGGAAAAUAGAGAUUUGGGGUAGAUAGAAUGACAUACCAUUAGAAGUAAGAGGCAGCGUAUCCAAAGCACCUGUUCAGUCCAGGAGGGGUUUUUUAAAGUACCAGGACUGAGCUUUUACACAUAAAUCCGCUCCUAGCUUUCUGCUAACCUUUCUUCAUUUCAGUAGCCUAAUUUAGAUUUUUUAAAAAAGCAUUAUUGUUGCUGCUACUGUAUUGUUAAAUAAUUAGACCCAGAAAUCCUUGCUGAUCCUAUUGCAAAUCAUGUAGGGAUCUCCCAGCAGACCUGAAUUUGCCCUCUGCCCAUUCCUGCAUCCACCCAUCCAUCCAUCCAUCCAGGUAGACAGAUUUCAUCCUCACCUUUCCUCCAAGGAGCUCAAGGCGAUGCACACGGUCCUUUCCACCCUGUUUUAUCCUUGCAACACCUCUGUGAGGCAGGUCAGGCUGAGAGAUGAUGACUGGCCCAAGGUCACCCAGUGAGCUUCAUUACUAAGGGAUUUGAGCACAAGUCUCUGAAGUCCUGGUCCAACAUUCUAACCCAGGGCAGGCAACCUAUGGCCCUGUAAAUGUUGUUGGACUACAUUUCCCAUCAUCCCUGACCAUUUGCCAUGCUGCCUGCAGCUGACGAGAUCAACGAGCAAAGGGAGCACAUGUUCCCUUUUUCCUGUUCUAGUAUUUCUUUAAAAGAACAUAUAUCCCUCCUCUUAAAACCAGCACAGGACAGGCUGUGGCAGAAUAAACGGAAACAGCGCGCAGAGCAGACUGGCCUUCAGUGAUUUGUAAUGAUGGUGGUGGCAGAACCUUGAGCAGUGAUCCUUGUUAUGAGCAAGGGGAAUUACAAGUAUGUCCCUGUUUCCAUUUGUGAAACAUGGGAGGGUAUGAUGAUUUGCAGACAGGAUUGUUGUCACUUAACCGAAGUCAGAGAUGGAGUGUCCAGGAAUACUGAACUACCCACGGGCACUGUUUUGAGUUUGUGAAAAGCGAAGCUUAUUGUCAGGUCUGUCACAGAGCAGGGGCAAGCGGUUGGUCCUCAGUUGCAUUAUUCAGGGCAAGGCAGUCCUCUGCAUUGCUACUCCAUCACACUACCUCCUCUCCAAUACAUUUACAGUGGUACCUUGGGACUCAAACUUAAUCUGUUCCAGAAGUCGUUCCAAAACCAAAGCGUUCCAAAACCAAGGCACACUUUCCCAUAGAAAGUAAUGCAAAAUGGAUUAAUCCGUUCCAGACUUUUAAAAACAACCCCUAAAACAGCAAUUUAACAUGAAUUUCACUAUCUAAUGAGACCAUAGAUCCAUAAAAUGAAAGCAAUAAACAAUGCACUGCAGUCACACAAUCAAUCAAUCAAUCAAUCAGUAGCUGUACUGGGUUCUUCCACACAGUCACAAAAACAAAACAAAAAAGAGUUGCAAAAACAAAACCGCAAAGUAAAUAGCAAAACAGACAGACCUCAGUGUGGCACUCAAAACGGAAGUGCAACAAUCAAAAUGGAGCACGCUCGGCUUCCAAAAAAUGUUCGCAAACCGGAACACCUACUUCCGGUUUGCAGUGUUUGGGUUCCAAGUUGUUUGAGUACCAAGGUGUUUGAGAACCAAGGUACCACUGUAUUGUUUUCAUUUAUUGUGCUCUUCAAACUCGUAUGCUUGGGCUACAAUCCUAGGCAUACGUACCAGGGAGUAAGUCCCACUGAACACAGUGGAUCUUACUUUAUUUUUUAUUUUAUUUAAGAUAUUUACUGUAUUGGCCCGAAUAUAAGACACACCUGAAUAUAAGCCACACCUUUAAAAUGUAGGGGGGAAAGGGAAAAAAGCUCCCAGGCUGCUUUCUCGGGGGGGGGGGGGAGGGAGCUACGCCACUUUGCCAGCGGCCUUCCCCCCUUCCCCUUCUCUCAGCCGGCAGAGGGGAGGCUUGGGAGCUGCAGUUGGGAUGGGCGCUGUUGUACCACACCCCCAACAGCCCUCGUGGUGGCAUCCUAGGCUGGAGGGGCGCGCUCUCCAUUCUGGCCUUGAAAGACAAGGCAGGGCUACGGACCUAGGAUAGCUGUUUCAGCAGUGAUAUUGUAGGGUUGUGAAUAUAAGCCGCACUUUAACGUUUCACGGUCGGAAUUUGGGGGGAAAGUGUGGCUUAUAUUCGGGCCAAUAUGGUACAUACUACUUUAUUCUUUGCAUUUCAGCGGUGUACAUAAAAAACAAUCCACAGAACAUGGGACAAUAACAGAAUUAAAAUGUAUCAUAAAACCCAAGCACUACCUUAAAACGCUUGAUGAAAGUCUUAGCGAUGCACCUAAAGUUCAGCAAGGAGGGCGUCUGUCUAAGCUCAAGGUGGGAAGGAGUUCCACAAGCUUGGGCCCACUACACUCAAUGCAUACAGACAUAGGACUGUGCUGUAAAGUUCAUCCGUAAAGGUAAAGGGGCCCCUGACCAUUAGGUCCAGUCGUGGCCGACUCUGGGGUUGCGGCGCUCAUCUCGCUUUAUUGGCCAAGAGAGCUGGUGUACAUGUGGCGUCAUGUGGCCAGCAUGACUAAGCCGCUUCUGGCGAACCAGAGCAGCGAACGGAAACACCGUUUACCUUCCCGCUGGAGCGGUACCUAUUUAUCUUCUUGCACUUUGACGUGCUUUCGAACUGCUAGGUUGGCAGGAGCUGGGACCGAACAACGGGAGCUCAUCCCGUCGCGGGGAUUCGAACCACCGACCUUCUGAUCGGCAAGUCCUAGGCUCUGUGGUUUAACCCACAGUGCCACUCGCGUCUCACUAAAAAAAAAAGUUUAUACUAAAAAAGUUCAUCCAUAGAUAGUCUUUAAUUUCUGCAGUGGUAUAGCACCAUGAUUUGCAACACUGCACUGAUGCAUUUGAUCCUAUGAGCUUUCCAAAAGAAAUAAAACAACUCUGCAGAGCACGUUGUGAGAACAUUUAUAAGUGGGUCCUUCUGUAUUCAUUUUAAUGUACUGCCAAUUUGAAGCUGUCUCUUGCUGCUGAGUGCUUACACUGCCUAUCUCUUAAAUGGGACAGAAAUGGAUCCACUUCGCUGCUCCCAGAUUAACAGGCGAGCAGGAUAUCACACAGAUGUCCACCAGGUUGAAAAAGAGUUCUCUGUGGCCCAGAAGACCACCUAACAAAACUAUUACUUUGUUUGGAAAACUGGAGGGAAAAGCUAAGGUGUUAAAUUAAUUUGCUCUUGAUUUGAACUUUAGGAACAUGGUUAAGUAUGCUUCAUAGGACUGAAGCAUUUGUGGCAGAGGAAGGAGAAAGAGAGGCCCUGGGCUUUAGGAACAUCAGUGCCAUGGAUCUUAAAGGAAAUUCUGCCUGAGUUUGAGAAGCCAGCUUCUUAAGUUGUCUGGCACAAGUUCUGUGUAUGUAGAUGAAUAAUGAGAUGCUCAGUUCUCUGCCCUAGUAACCAAAAAGGUACAGUCGCUGGAGGAUUGCUUCCAUGUAGCAUUCUUAGUUUCAGCAAACAGAGAGGGAGGUGGCAAAAGAUAGGAAAUCUGUCAGUUCCAGAAUCUAAUUAUGCCAGUCUUUAGUUCUUCACAUUGCCACAUCAAUUUAUGAAUAUUUUUUAAAAGUCCUCAUGAACAUUCAUCAGCAUUUUGGUGCAAAUUUCUCCCCAUAUACACAUUUUUGUAUGCCAUUUUGCUGAAGCUACACAUUUUUGCAAAGCAAUUUCCCCAGAUAUAAUGCAUUCUUGUAUGCUUGCUUUCACUAUUAUAUGCAUUUUUAUGCACAUUUUACCCCAGUUUACAUGGCUGGAGACCUGUACUGCAAAAAUGGGAGAAGUGUGACUUUCGAAGGUUUGCUGCAUUUCAGUUUGUGUACUGUUUUAGAAAGAGCAAAUUAGGUAGGUUUGCCUUUAAAUGUGAAUCAAAUCAAGUUUCCUCAAACCCCCCCCCCCCCCCAUUCAUAGUGGUGGCACUUGCAAAACAUUAUUUGACUUAUUUGGCUUUAUUUCAACAUGAUGAAAUGAAUGUGCUAAGGCGCAUUUUGUGCAAUCAUUCUGCAUUGUCAGAAAUUGCAUUCUAAUCUCUUCAACCAUGGUGUGAGUCAAGCAAAUGUGCUUAUAUUGAGUGAAUUUGGGUGCAGUAUUUUGCUUUGCUUCAGGGAAGGGCCAAAGUACUCAGCAGGACAUUGAGCCCUUCAUCAUGACUGCUGGGAAUACUCGCUUAAUUUAAGCCAGAGCGCAAUUUAGGGAGGGCAGCCAGGGACAGACCCACAAACACACUCUCUCACAUGUUUCAGAUCACGUGGACCAAUAUCUCUUGGCCAGCUUUGCUGGUUCUGCACUCUGAAUGACUAUUCAUAUAAACAGCGAAGUGUACUUGUGCUCUAAGUAUGCAUGCCAAUUACCAAAGUCACAAACCCUUCUUCUGAAAAAGAAAUGGAAGGGUAAAUCUCUGGCAGCAGUGCUAUAAUUAUUACGGGGAAUAAAAAGAGUCACCACAUCACAUGUUCUUAAAAUAAGCAGCCUUUUUUGUGGUAACUUACAGUGCAAUUCUGUAAGCGUCUGUUCAUAAGUAAGCCCAUCUGAAUCCAUUUGGACUUACUCCCAUGCAAAGUAUAUAUAGGAUUGCACCCUUAGUCUUAAAUAUAUCCAAAAGAGGAGCUUUCAAGCUUGUGGACAAACUCUCUUUCUCUGCCUCCCUCCCUCUCCUACUAAUAUGUACAUGAAAUAGUUCUCCUGAAUGUCAGUGCUAAUCUCUGGGUGACCUGAAGCUGUACUCAAAGAGAAAAGACCGACUGGGCAUGCACAGAGUGUUUUCUUCUCCCUGUUGCGUAACUGCAGCUGUAUUUAUCCAGUCACUGUAUUUAUCCAGUCAUUUAUUUAUUCAGUAUUUAUCCAGUCACCUGAAGAUUAUCUUUCAGAACAGAAACCAAGAUGCCCAGUCUGCCCUGAACAUCUCUCAUGUUACAUAAAGCUGUAAAUUCCACAAAGACCUUUUGUUUUUGAUAAGCAAAGUUUUAAAAUAGCAAUGCAAAUAUAUAUAUAUUCAUUUGCAAUGUUGAUGUACCUUUAUCAAUUGCAUUUUCCCUCAUUUAUAAGUUCGUAUGCUUUCUCUCCUGCCCCUAUCCUUUGUUCUCUUCCUUGCCUUCGUAACACAUUCCUUUCAUCUCUUCCUUGAAACAGGAAGGAAUAUAAACAGGAAGGGAUUUUCAUACAAUUUCUCAGUGGCGCUGGAUUAUUCUUGCCUCUCCUGCUAAAGUGGGACCCAAGACCUUUUCGUCUACCAGAGCUCUUAUAUAUAGCUCUCUGUUUUCCAUACUUGUCUGGACUCCUGGGCUCUUUUUGGGGAGUUGGCCUUUCCCUCCUGAUUUCAAUGCGUCAUCUUUUUUUGAAAAAACCCCACAACAACCUUCUUUUGGCUCAAGUUAAGUUUUGAGCCAUAGAUAGAGGCAUGGAAGAAACAUGUACAUUUACAUCUGGCCUGGGUUGUUGUAGGCUGCUGUCCAACAACACCAGGUCUGCCAAAGUGUUGCAAAUCACAAGGAGAGAGUGAUUUAUGCUCUAGCCCCCAGCCCCCUUUCCUCACUGCUUUUUUUUGCUGAAUUACACCAAAAAAUCCUUCUAGAUAGACCUGCAUUCUGUGACCAACUUUUGGAAAGCUCACAGGUACGGAGCAUAGCUCCAAGUUUCUCCCCUUCGUGUUUUGUUUCCAGCGUCUAGUAUUCAGAGUUUAUAUAUUUCAUUUUAAACCCUUUCUGCGGCUCAAACUCAAGAUAAUUGUUCCCACCAUAGGAUUCCGUGUAGCGGUUCCAAAGAACACAAUAAAACAGCCCUCAUAACCUCUAGCUCUAGGGUGGGGAGACUUUCUCAGCCUGGGGGGCCACAUUCCACCAUAGGCAGCCUUACGAGGGCCAAUGGUGGGUGGAGCAAGGGCUAUAACACAUACCUUUGCACAGCAGGCUGCAUUCCAGCUUCUCACAAGUCAGAGAUUUUUACACACAUACACACAAAAUCUCCCCUCCCUCCAUCCUGGAGAGCAAGAAGCAGUGAGAAGAGGUGGUGGGUGGUGGUGGUGAGAGCCUUCUUCGUGUUGGUGCCCUGCCUGUGGAAUUCCCUCCCCAGGAAGGCUUGCCUGGCGCCAACAGCCUUGUACUUUCAGAAUGAGACCAGAGUGUUCCUUUAUUCUUCUGGCAUUUUGACUUUUUGGGGGGCGGGUGGAUGAGAGGGAUGAGCUGCUGCUGCAGCAGCUUUGUGUGUUUUCAUUUGGAUUGUAUUUUCUGUAUUAUGCUUUUAGUUUUGUAAGAUCUCAUGGCAAACUGCCUUGAAAGCGUGCCUGAAUGCUCAUGUUUAUAGAGAGUUUGCAACCCAUGUUUAUUGGUAGGAAUGAUGUCCUUUGGCUUGUCUGCUUCGGGAACCACAACGCCUUACAGUUCAAUCCUAGACAUGUCUGUGCAGUGGGAAUUACACACAAACUUCCAGGUACAUGUGUGUAGCAGCCUUCUCCAACCUGGUGCCCUCCAUAUGUUUGGGCUACAGGUGCUUCCCAACUACCUCUCUAUUGAGCACACACCCUAAUUUUUCUGCAGGGAGAUUAGAUGACAUUAUUUAUUGAGCAUUCAUUUCAAUGUAUUUGCGGGAAGGUUGGAGCAAGCGUUACCCCACACUUUCCAACGCAUUUCCCUUGUCAGUUGAAAACACUGCUCUCUUGGGGAAGCAGGUUUGUUAUGUGAGAUUUCGCAAGCAACCCUGAUUUACAGAAUUGUAGGGUUGAAAGGGACUGCAAAGGAUCCUCUGGUCCAGCCCCCUGCAAUGCAGGAAUCUGCGCAAUCUGAAUUUGCUGGCCUGUUAUUGAAUCCUGCAUGAAAGCAAUAAUAAUCUGGAAGCACCCUACAAAUGUGGCCCAUGGUCAGGGAUGAUAGGUGUUGUAGGACCCAGCCCUGCUUGGUCCCAAGUCUCGAGGCAGUGUAACACAUUCAUUGUGCCACCCUAUGCCUGCCUCCUCAGAAGUAAGCCUCGCCAAAAUCAGGAAAGGGUGAAUAGAAUUGGAGACUGAAGUAUUCUUCCACAUUUCUAAGCAAAUCCUUGGCAACCAAAAAAUACUUCUAAAGCAGGGUUUCCCAAACUUGGGUCGCCAGCUGUUUUGGGACUACAGUUCCCAUCAUCCCUGACCACUGACCUUGCUAGUUAGGGAUGAUGGGAGUUGUAGUCCAGAAAACUUGGAGAGACCCAAGUUUGGGAAACUGUGUUUUAAAACCUGUUGUCAAAAUUGUUUCUCAAUGGUUAAGUUCUUUAAAUUAAAGCUGAGUGGGAGCAGCUGCUUUUAAGUUCGGAUCCAUGAGCACCUUCUUCAAAUGAAUACUUUUUCUUAAGUUACCUCUUACCUUUUUAAGCACUGUGCCAGGUUCAAAGAGUUUCCCCCCCUCAGGAUCACUUAACUGACAGAAACGUACCUAAAAGAAGCAGAUUUUAUUCUUCAGAUGGAAGGUCUUAAAACUUAGGUAGGCAAAUCAGUGCUCCCAAUGGGGCAGUGUACUGCUAACCCUACCUUGCUACAGCUAUAGAGCUCAAAUCUAAAGUCUGUUGUAGGACCUUAGAGCUGAGCUGCCUUUUUAAGAUGAAGGUUGUCAACAAACCGUGGACUCGCUGAGGGGUAGAAUUUAUAUGGUUCUUUUUUGAGGGGAAGGGGACACUGCUUUGAUCUAGCAAGCUCAGGUCUGCUCUCAAUUUGUCUUAAUUGACAAUAACUUUUUGGAAACACUACUCAUAACAAAGGAAAAGGCAGGCAACUACGUACUUUGUGGAGCUUAGCAUUGCAAAGUGCUCCUUCCAAAACGGAGAGUUGGCAGAUUUGCAGCCUGGUAGGCCUGCACAACUUAUGAACCCACCAAGCUGAAUGGAGCUACUAGCUCAAGUUGUGGCCUGCCAACUGCUUGAAAACCUCCUGUUUUGUGGUGUGGGCAGGCCACAAAAAACCAGAAGGUUUAUUGAGCUGUCUCCUAUGACUGACUGGAUGUGUUUGGCUCAGUGCAUCACAAGUUGUGCAGGCAUACAGCAUGAGAUUUGAGAAGUCUAGCUGAGCCUCUAAGAGACUGAAUAAGGGGGGGGGUGAGGGUUGUGUUGGAGGGGACCAGCCCAGAUUUGCAGCUGGAAUAGGAACUUCUAAACAUACACACAGUACAUACCCGCACAUUUCACUCUUUGUAUUUUCCUCUUCCCUCACAGCGUGCUAUGGAAUUGUUCAGGUUCCCACUGGACCGUGGUUUUGUCGAAAAUGUGAAUCCCAAGAAAGAGCCGCCAGGGUGGUGAGUAUGUCAGAAGAAUUGCCCUGGGCUGGGUCAGGCCCAAGUUCCAUUUAACCCAGCAUCCUGUUACCGACAGUGAUCAGCCAGGUGCGUCUGUGAAGCGCACAGAAACAGAACAUGCAGGCAACAGCCUGCUUAGGUUGUCAUCUGGAAUGUUGAGGUAGAUUGCCUCUGAAGGUGGAGGCUGAGGCCAGUGAGCACUAGGCAACUAAAUGGUUGGCACUGGUGCCUACAUAAUUUGCCAGUUUCUCCACACCUAUGCAGACCUGGUUCUAGGGUCACUAUCUGAGGUGGGCACAGAAGUAGCACUCCCUGUCUGUCUGUAUUUAUUUUUUACCUCAUGUGACCCCCUGUAUUGCAGGAGCACCUAUAUUUCACUCUCUAGCUCUAUACAUUGAGUGGCUAUUAUUCUAAAAAACAACAACAAUGACUUUAUAUGUGCUAGGGGGUGUUUAAAAUUUCAGCGGUGCCCUGUGUGAGGCCAAAAUUCAGGGCCCCUCCCACCUCUCGCCUUCCAUUCUGCUUAUUUCACUACAUCAUAGCUGUGUUUUUAAAAGGGGACAAAUAGUCUUUCCUUUUUCCCCCUUGGUCAUUUAAUUUUGCACAUCCCCAAUAAUGCCCCUCCCGCCCUUAGAGUUGCCAACUUUUUCCAUUGGCUUUUGCUCUUGUGGUUUUGAUCUGCAUACAUGAGUAGGUAGCAAGUAAAUGCAUCUCUCCAUGCUGUGAAAAGCUUCAAUUUCCCCAAAUGAAAUAGAUAUUAAAGGCACAGGAGUAGCACAGGACUUUUUAAAAAAUCAGGUGGUAGCUGUAUCCACUGUCAUAGGAGGCUGAGCAGACCUAGUGGAGGCUGGUUCAUUAGGGCAAAUGGGGGAGGGGCUGCCCCACCAGCUUCAUUCUCUCCUCAGUCCGCCCCCCUGCUUGCCUGCCUUACAACCAGCCCCAGGGGUGGCACUACCUGUCAUCUUAAUUCUCCUUAAUCUUAGUGUUGUCCUCUUAGGAAGGAGAGCAGGGAAGAUGGUGGCUUUACCUGACCAGAGCGCUGGAUCCAUCUGCUGUUUAGGGUCCCUACACACUACCCCAGGCAUAGGCAAACUCCGGCCGUCCAGAUGUUCGGGACUACAACUCCCAUCAUCCCUGACCACUGGUACUGUUAGCUAGGGAUGAUGGGGGUUGUAGUCCCAAACAUCUGGAGGGCUGGGGGUUGCCUAUGCCUGCUCUACCCCAUCAGUUUUGGUGGGCAGCCACUGCUGCCUAGACCAUUGACCACGCUGGCAGGGGAUGAUGGGAGUUUUAGUCUAUUCCAGGCAUCCCCAAACUCGGCCCUCCAGAUGUUUUUGGCCUACAACUCCCAUCAUCCCUAGCUAAGAGGACUAGUGGUCAGGGAUGAUGGGAGUUGUAGUCCCAAAACAUAUGGAGGGCUGAGUUUGGGGAUGCCUGGUCUAUUCACCUGGCGACCUAAGGUUGAAGAACACUGGGGUUAGAAGACACCAAAGUCAGGAAGCUAGAUAAGAACUUUAUUGUCUCCCUUAAAGAAAAACAGAACAGCCCACAAGGGCAACCAACCCAGUUACAAAUCAAGGUUAUUUGGGUUCCAGUUCUCCAAAUCCUUAUAACACCAAGAAGGGAUAGUUUAGUCGGUAGAGCAGGAGACUCCUAAUCUCAGGGUUGUGGGUUCGUGCCCCACACUGGGCAAAAGAUCCCUGUGUUGCAAGGGGGUUGGAGUAGAUGACCCUCAUGGUCCCUUCCAACUCUAUGAUUCUUUGAUAAGAAACACCUGACUCCACCUGGCUACAACUAAGUCCAGUGCCACCUAGUGACUAAACUAUAUAACGACGCUGUCUAUGCACCUGAAAUGGCAACCUCAGCAGCCACCUUGAAGUUUGAUGCCCUCUGCCAGGAAUUUGAGACGCUGUUUCCCCCCAAGCCUGUCAGAAAGGCUCCCAAUGGGAAAACCCUCUGAAUGGGAGCAAAUGUCAGUUGGGUUUUCUCCAGAUUGACGUUUGCUCUCAUUUAGCGCCAGAGAGUGGGUUUUCCAGGGGAAAGCAGUGGGGCAAAACUGCUCAGACUCCUUUCUCAAAAACACAGCAUAAGCGAAAUAAUUCCCUGCAGACUCGUGCUUUCUAGACACGAGACAAGCGGCAGUGUGGAUGAGAUGAGCCCUGAGCUAUUGUGGCAGAGCGGGCAUAACUGCUGCUUCUGUUUGGAAGGGUGAAAAUAAGACUGCUCUGUUUGUUAUAAUCGCUGGGGCGACUUCCCAUUUCCCCCAGUUCAGCGGAGCCUUGCGAGGUGCAGCAACUGAGCUUGGAAGAAACAGAUGCACACAGACAAGGCAUUCUGUGGCUCAGAUUUCUUCUGAGUAAAUAAAAAUUGGUUCCAUCUGCUGCUUGUCACAUGACUAAGUAACGUGAUCCACACACCAUUGUUGAUGAGAUUUUGUUUUUUGGGAUGAAGCAUUAGUUAAAUGAUAAGGUGCCCUGGAGGGAUUUUGAUUAAACAUACAUUGGGUGGAGGAACAGAGUGUGUGGCUCAGGUAAUCCUAAUGCAAGAGCAAUCUGAUGUCCACCUGAGAGCCUGUUCCUGCAGUUGUGGGAGGUCUCUUUUCUUUUUGCUUCAUUAACCUAUGUAGCUGUUAUUUGGUGCCUCAGACUUACUGCAUUCCAUUCAUGGGUAGGCAAACUAAGGCCCAGGGGCAGGAUUCGGCCCAAUCGCCUUCUAAAUCCGGCCCGCGGACAGUCCAGGAAUCAACAUGUUUUUACAUGAGUAGAAUGUGCGCUUUUAUUUAAAAUGCAUUUCUGGGUUAUUUGUGGGGCCUGCCUGGUGUUUUUACAUGAGUAGAAUGUGUGCUUUUAUUUAAAAUGCAUCUCUGGGUUAUUUGUGGGGCAUAGGAAUUUCUACAUUCCCCCCUCCCAUAUAGUCCGGCCCCCCCACAAGGUUUGAGGGACAGUGGACCGGCCCCCUGCUGAAAAAGUUUGCUGACCCCUGGCCUAGCUUAUGGAGAGAGUUUUUAACAGUGUUUGCACAUGCUAGAUCUGAUGUAUAUAGAUUUGUGUAAAAAAGCUGACAUUAUGUGUAAUCACUUCCGAUAUUCUUGCAAACCUUGAUUCAUUAUCAAAGUGCUCUCUCACUCUCUCUGUGUGUGUAUACUUAAAAACAAAAAAACCCUGAGAAGCUUUCAUGUCUUUGAGUGAGUACAGAAGUACAUAAUUUAAGCACUAAGCCUUUUGUAAAGUUCACUAACCACAUGUUCUUUUUAGAUGUAUCAUAUUCUUUCCUAGACUGAAGUUGCGGGAAUUCAGUUCUGUGUAUUUGCAGUGCUGUGUUGAUUGGCUGGAAAUGGGUGAUGUCAAUAUUCCUUGCCCCUCAAAGCAAUUUUUCAACAUUUAAAAAACGGAUUCUGCUUGCCCACUGCUUUUAAAGAGGGGGAUUGAAUAUAAUGUCAUUUAGGGAUGUGGGUGGCGCUGUGGUCUAAACCACAGAGCCUAGGACUUGCCGAUCAGAAGGUCGGCAGUUCAAAUCCCUGCAACAAGGUGAGCUCCCGUUGCUCCUGCUCCUGCCAACCUAGCAGUUCGAAAGCACAUCAAAGUGCUGGUGGGAAGGUAAAUGGCGUUUCCAUGCGCUGCUCUGGUUCGCCAGAAUUGGCUUAGUCAUGCUGGCCACAUGACCUGGAAGCUGUAUGCCGGCUCCCUCGGCCAAUAAAGCGAGAUGAGCGCCGCAACCCCAGAGUCGGUCACGACUGGACCUAAUGGUCAGGGGUCCCUUUACCUUUACCUCAGUACGUAUGAUGGGAUAUGCAGUUAGGCCCAUUAAUUUUAGCUUCUGAGUAGACAUACAGAAGAUAGAAAGUUUUUGCAUUUAGAUCAGGAACCUGUAGUUUUUGGACUACAACUCCCAUCUGCCCUAUCAAUCAUCCAUGCUGGCUGUGACUUAUGGAUGCUGGAACCCAACAACAUAUAGAUGGCCACAGGUUCUGCAUUGCUGAUGAAGAAGAUUCUGGAUUCAGUCCUGAGAAUAUUGAGAUUGGGCCAGAGAAAAUUCCUGAAUAGUCUAUAUAGACUAUAAUGGUCUGACUCAGUAAAGGGGAAUUUCUUGUCUGGCACUUAAAUUUUUUUAAUAGGGCAGCCAGCCUUCCUGAAGCAUGGCAGAAAUGGCAAAAUGAUACUGAAUCGCCAUUCAGUUUGCUGGCCAAUUUGUCAAAUGUUUUGUGAAAGCAGGAGAAAGCCAGGCUUGAGCUUUAGGAGAGAAAAAUAGUGAACCAUGAUUUGCAUGUGUUCCUGUACACACCCUUGUGUGCCCUUUUAUAACCUGACACUUAGCAUACUUCCAUACAGCAAUACUAGGGUUGCCAUUUCAGAAAGUGAUUAUUAUUAUUAUUUGCCAAAGUUGUAAAAAUGUACGUUUUUGAGCUUUUUAAAAGUAAAAUCACCAGAAAUGGCACUGCCGAUAUAGGUUGUCAUACAUCUGGAUUUCCCCAGACAUUUUGCUGAUUUCCAGCUAGACACAGCUUCUGUCGGCAGUAUUCCGGGUAUGUCUGGGAAAUACCAGACGUAUGGCAACCCUACAUACAUACAUCUCUUUAUGUUGAUUUUCAAAUUUCAAUUUUUCAGUUUUUAAGGUGCUGGAUUACUUUGAUUUGGGUCAAUUCUGUGUGGAUUCUUUGUGUGGAAAGUAAUGUUUUUAAAAACAAGCACACCAUUCUCAAGUGAUACAAGGUCUUGGGAUUCUGGGAUUCUGUACUUCGGUACCCAUUCCCAACUUUUAAAAGUAGGAAGUUACGCCUGGCCUCCUUUGAAGGUGAGAGCAUUGGAGAUGUAAGCUGAACUUGUGAAGAUCUGUUUCCACAAAGAUUUCUGCAGGUUUUGCCAGGGAGGGGGUGGGUUGCAGACAGUACAGGCAGUUCUUGCCCCACAGCUGCUUGGGUAUAACCCCCCCUCCGGAAAUCCUAGAGGCACAGCAAUUGCAUGUUCCACAAGUCCCCAGCCAUAAGCUGGUUAUGGCCACACAAAUGAACACGUAUUCAUUUCUUCCAGAGCUAUGUGUUGGCAAUAGUUUCUGGGGCCAAGCACUAAUUCAAACUGAACCCGAAGCUCAAUUUGUGCUAGGGCUCAGUCAUACCAGCACCUGUAUUCCUGGCCAAUGUAAUAUAUAGAGCUGUUAAUACAUGCACAAAUGCCUCUGGGCAUGUGCAGAGUGCUUGCCCCUGUAUAACCGCAGCUGGAUCCCAAAUGUCUGAGACUAAACAGCUUCCAAAUGUCCAGAUGGGCCGAGUUCCAGCUGCUCCUCAUUUUAGGAAUGACACACUCAUUCUCAUUCUUCCUUGCAUUCCCAAAGCCCCCUCUGGGAUGCUGUGCUCCAUUAGAUGAAGGAAGUGCUAAAGCUCUGUUUGCUUUGUAAAGGAAUUGUCUGGCUGGCCCUUUGAGACGGACUGGCUGGAGGGCAACUCGUGGGAAAGGGAGGGAGGGAAGUGGGGGGGGGAAAUCAUGUGAAGGCUUUAACAGUCAUGUUACAGCAAGGAUAUUAAAGCCUUCCAAGGGGUGGGUGGGCCGGCUGGCUGGCAGAGCUGUUUAACCCUUCCUGCUAAUGAUCAGAGCUUUGCUAAUAGUGUGGCGGAAGAGGCGCUUUGAUCCAAAAGGGAUGGAGGGACCUUUUCAAGUGCAAAUUUCCCAAUGUUAAGGCCCCCUGCCUGCUCUUCUUCUGUCUCUCUGAGUUCCAAGUGCAUCCUUUGCAGUAGCAGGCCUGAAUCCCUAGACCUCCAUCCCUCAAAAGGCAGCCCACCAAAGAUCUUUCCGAGAGACACUUGCCUCUUCCUCCCCACCCCCAUCACUGUUACUUUCCUCUGCUGCUUUCAGUGGCUGGUGGCGACCCCCCUCCCCCGUCCAAACCAGCUUGUGUGGGGUAGUUUUUUGGGGUGUGACACUAUGCAUAUGUGAUACUAUGCAUAUGUUCACAUGUGCAAUUUCAGAAGGACACCUUGCAACCAGGAUCAGGUCCAAAGGAUAGGGGAGAGCCCCCCAGGAGUAAUAACUCAGUGAGCCCUGCCCCACAUUUUAACUUGAGCAAAGCCGGUCGCCUUUCAUUAAAGCUCAGCCACUUGAAUAAACCAGAGGUCGAUAUACCACCUUGACACUAUGGAGCACCAAGGAGUUAUCUGAAUUUAGGGGUGUAGUGCAACUUCUGGACAGGAAAGUCUGUGAUGCAGGAAAUGGAGUCUAGUGAAAAGCUGCUACAAAGACAUCUCCAGAGAAGCCACCUUUGGAACUGAACCAGUCACCACUUUUAAUGCAGGCUAUUUCCCAUCCAUGUUGCUUCUGCACAUGUUCCAUCGUAAACCUGCUUUGCUACAGGUUGUUUUUUUAAAAAAAAUAUGUGUGAAGAUUCUCAUAUAAAUGCAUAUUUAAAGACAUAUUUUAAAUGUGUUUUCUCAUGUUUUGAUACUUUUUUUUGGACCAAGAGUUGUACCAGAACAUUCAGGAAGUGAGAAAGCUACAGGAUCCGCACAAUAGUCUAGGAGAUGUGGAUCAUGUUAAGCUCGCAUUGGAAAAGAUAAAAUUCCUUCCCUAGUUGUGUUAGAAAGCGUUCCGUGUUGUUAUAUUAUUGAAUGGAGGGUCAGCAACUGGUGACCUUAUGUUCCAAAUCUGCCCUGCUAAGGUUCGAUUUUUUUCUAACUCCCCAGUUGCCAGGCAAGAGAGGUUUGUGUUGAGAACAGCAGCUGUGGCAGCAGGAUUUGCCAGUAGUCCAGUUCAGUGGGAUAGUGUGGAGCAGGAGCUAUCUCUCUGGCAAAACUGGAUGUUCUAGAACCAUAGAAACGAAAGGGAACCAAAGUCCAACCUCACCCACCUUGUCCCAAAGUUCACAUACCAUAUGCAGAGAUUUAGCCUUUGCAGUAUAGGCCACAGCAUACACCGCAUCAGCAUAUCACACGUGGGCCCACUGCCAUCAUCUCAAAUGAUUUCUGACUUUUUUAAGAUUAAAAAUCAUGCCAAGGGUAAGAGCAGCCUGACCCAAUCCAUCGCCCACUCUUCCUUUUUUCCUUUUGCAUCAUGUCUGUUACGUUAUGUGCCUGUGGGCAGGGGCAUUUUUUGGGGGGGAAAUAUGUGUACAGUGCUUACAAAACUGGAGAUGGUUUAUACGACUUCAUUACUGUUGUUGUCAGUUAAUGAUAAAUUAUUCCAUUAGAGAUAACCCAUUUGCUCAGUAAUAUGGCAAUGGGAACUUUCAGGAAAAGUUGAGCUGGAGGUGUGGAAAAAAAAGAAAAAAGGCAUGGAUAAUAGUUAUUUCAUCCAAAUUGUUAAAAUUAAUUCCACUUGUUCUAUAGCUGUCUUAUUUUGUGUGUGUGUGUGUGUGUUCUCAGCACUGCCUGUAUUGUUCAUCACAUUGCCAUGGUUGAUGCAAGUGAAAAUACCUAUGUAAUGGCCAAAAUCAAUCAAUCAAUCAAUCAAUCAAUCAAUCAAUCAAUCUACGAACAAGAAUGCCUUCAGUUCAAAUCUAGGCUCUUCCAUGAUCUCACCAGGUAGCCUUAGACAAUCCAUUCUUCCCCCACCCCCAACAACAACUGCAAUAUGGGAGACAGUCAUACAGUGGUACCUCGGGUUACAUACGCUUCAGGUUACAGACACUUCAGGUUACAGACUCCCCUAACCCAGAAAUAUUACCUCGGGUUAAGAACUUUGCUUCAGAAUGAGAACAGAAAUCAUGCAGCAGCGGCGCAGCAGCAGCAGGAGGCCCCAUUAGCUAAAGUGGUGCUUCAGGUUAAGAACAGACCUCCAGAACGAAUUAAGUUCUUAACCCGAGGUACCACUGUAUUGGUAACCCGACUGGGUUAUUGUAAGGGUAACAACAAUGCAAACACCAUACAUUUAAAGCACACACCUCUGCAGAGAAUCCUGGGAACUGUCGUUUGUUAGGGGUGCUUGAAAUCAUAGCUCUGUGACAGGUAAACUUCAGUUCCCAGAAUUCUUUUUCUGGGUGUGUGUGCUUUAAAUGCAUGGUGUGUAUGUAGCCUAGUAUGUAGCCUAAUAUCUGGGGUGUUCUAUACACAUGUUCAAGUAUUAUCAUUAUUAUAUAGAAGUCCUAACCUUUCUCUUUAAUUUUCAGAGGUGUGAGCUGUGUCCCCACAAGGAUGGAGCGUUGAAGCGGACUGAUAAUGGAGGUGAGGAUCCCAUUGUAAGGUGGCAGAGGCAGCCCAGAAUUUAUACAGGAACUCAGUUGAGGAGGGCAUGCUCAUCUACUUUUGGGUAACUUUGGGUUAAUGGCUAGUGCAUAUGUAAGUUCCCUGGUGAAGCUCCAAAACAUGGACCUCUAGCAGAUUUCUCCUAGAACAGCCUUUCUCAACCUUGGGUCCCCAGAUGUUGUUGAACUACAACUCGCAUCAUCCCUAGCUAGCAGGACCAGAUGAUGGGAGUUGUAGUCCAACAACAUCUGGAGAUCCAAGGUUGAGAAACACUGUCCUAGACUGAGUGCGGGGGUAGAGAGACUGAGGGAUAAGGAACCUGGAACUCACAUCAUUCCUGACAAUUGACCAUGCUAGUAGUUGGAGGACCAGCACUGGUGUGGUGUGGUGUUUCAGUGAAUGGGACUGCACAGUUAAUUUACUGUGACUGAAUAUGUGAUAGGCCUUGUGCCAUAUAUGCAUUACCCUGCUUGCAUGUGUGUUUAAAAACCCUUCAGAUCACAGGAACAAAUGCAUCCAAGUUUUCAGUGUUGCCUUCUGGUUUAACAUGAAGCCGCUGUUCAUAUAAUCCAGGCUUUUAAAAACAGACUCCUCUUCCCCUGUCCCUCAUGGAAUAUCUGCUUUCUCACAUAGCAGGACCAGGCAGCCAGUUCAUGGUAGCCCUGCAGGCCGCAGCCUUUAAGGUUUUCGACCCAAAUGCUGACACAAACCAGUCAGGGCUGACUCCAGGUUACCACGGACCCUUGUAUGGUGUGGGGAGGGAGGCCCUUUUCAAGGAACUAUGGCUGCACGUAUCCUGCCUUGGUGUGGUGCCCAGUGAAGUGAGAGCCAAGAUGGGGAUGAUAGGCCUCUUCUCAGGCCCAGGCCUCAGUAGGCCCCCAACCCCUUCCAGCCACAAGAUGGGGUAGUGAUGGCUACCAACUUGGAUCACUUUAAAACAAGAUUAGACAAAUUUAUGCGGGGGAAAACCUAGCAAUGGUUUCUAACCAUAAUGUUUUUCUUCUGUCUCCAAUUGUCGGAGAGUGCUGUUGCGCUCAGCUCCUGCUUGUGAGCUUCCCAUAGGCAUUUGGCUUGCCACAGUGAGAACAUGAUGCUGGAAUAGCAUGGCUACUUGCCUGAUUCAGCAGGGCUAUUCUUACGUUCUUAAACAUAAGAACAUAUUUUCUCGCCACAAAAUUGCAGCCUUACACACACACACACAAAACCAUAAUGGUUAUAUUAGAGCUACUAUUGAGGAAAAGAUGAUUAGGGGUGUGUGGGAAAGGAAAUGUGGUCAUUUAGUGGUCUUGGGAAUGCUAUGGAUGCUGGCCUAAUUUUCACUGAGGUGAUAAGCCUGUGUCUGGGCUAUGCAACUUGUGACCACAUGUGGGGACUUGCAGGACUGAAUGCUCCUUUGUAUACCACCAACCACCCUUUUUUAUUUUCUGCACAUAGAAAACUUCAUGUCAGGGAGAGGUUAAGGCCAGAAGCCUUCUCUCAGCUUUCAACAUGGAAGGAUUUGUUUGUACUGUAUUUGUAUUGAAGGGCAUUGCAAGGUUAGCCUUCACCAGGGAUCUGAGGUAUACAAGUUUAUUUCCACAGUGAAAACUGAGUCUCCUAAAGGUCUCUCCCAGUCCCACCCCACUGCUGCCUCCCACUGGAGACAGAAGCCAAUUACUCUAUGUUUGCCUGAUUCAAGCCUCUCUGUGCCUUUCCACCUAUACUAUUGUUGUCUUGUCCUUCACUUAGGCUGGGCCCAUGUCGUCUGCGCUCUGUACAUCCCCGAGGUGCAAUUUGCUAAUGUUCUCACCAUGGAGCCAAUCGUCCUCCAGUAUGUACCCCAUGACCGGUUCAGCAAGGUAAAAGAGACAUGCACGUACAAUGCUUUCCCUCAGCAUCCAAUCUCUGCCUCUUCCAGAGAGGACUGUCCUAUUUUUAUUUCCCCAUCUCCUGUGCUCUUCUAUGCUUUUUAAAUUUAUCUGCUGACAAGUUGUUGUCACCCCAAAAACAAUCAGGUACAUUUUUUAUUAUUUUGGCUCUCACAGUAUGCUCAUCACAGUAUGUAAUGCACACUGUCUAUGUUGUGCCUCCUAUUGUUGCAGACUUGCUACAUCUGUGAAGAGCAGGGCAGGGAGAGCAAAGCAGCCUCUGGAGCUUGCAUGACUUGCAACCGUCACGGCUGUCGGCAAGCCUUCCAUGUCACCUGGUGAGUCCAUGAUUGUGUCUGUUUAAUGGUCACUUCCUUCCUCCCUGGUCCCUGUUUCUAAACCCACCACUUUUUGGAUUCGGUUUUGGAUUCAUAGUCAUGAGAUAAGCCUGCGUGAGUGAGUUACGAUGAGGGACUUCACAGAUUCUUUGGUUGCUUCCUGCUGAAACUUUGAACCUUCUCAGUUGCCUUCCUUCCUGCCUUAUCUUCCCUCUUCAAUCCAUUUUAAACAUUUUUCACAUACUAUUUUAUGAGAGCCACAUGGACAUAUUGUUGGUGUCUUUAUGGUGUAUUUUUUCUAAAGACAUAGAUAAUGCACAAAAAUAAAUACCGGUAUCUGUUCCCUCACCCCAGCAAUCAUAAAACUUCAAAGAACUGAGCUUUGGAUGUGCCAUUUAUCCAAAGGUUUGUCAAGAUCACCAUCCACACAUGAACUCAAACCAUACAGACCAGGAGUAGGGAACCUCAGGCCUGGGGGCCAAAUGCGGCCCCCAGCCCUCUCUGUCUGGCCCUUGGGACUCACUUGUCCCCAGGCCACACUUCUCACCACCCCUACUUCAUACCCUCCUUGAAGUAGGGGAUGUGGCUUCAGAGGCCUGAGGAGAGUCCCAAGGAUAGAGGGGUUUGGCCCUUGAGCCUGAGGUUCCUCACCCCCAGAGUAGAUCAUUUAUCCUAAUGGUUUUAUUUGCCCAUUCUGAGAAGCUAACAAUAGAGCAGGAGAGCAAUAAGCUUCUGUGCUUGGUACAGAAAGAGGGGGGAACCUGGCUGCUCUGGUCCCUCUGCCCUGGGCUCGGCUCACACAACCACCUUGUUUCUUCGUUUCAGUGCUCAGAUGGCUGGGCUCCUGUGUGAAGAAGAAGUCUUGGAAGUCGACAAUGUGAAAUACUGUGGCUACUGCAAGUACCACUUCAAUAAAAUGGUGAGUCCCUCGUCAUCAUCAAAACCCAAAAGCACAGAGCAGGUGCUAGGAUUGAGCAACAACAAAAAAUAGAUAGUUUUAUUCCAAAUCCAAAAGCAUGGUAAAGAACACACUUUGUUUAUAAAAUACCCCUGGUACAAUCCCUGGCACCUAGAGGAUGGAAGAUUUGUCAGUCAGUGGUGCUGGGGAAGAAUGCUGUAUACCGUUCUAAACAUACACUGACUUAAUCCCCAACCCAACACCAGUCCAGACGACCUCAACCACAUUCCCCAUCACCCACACCUUCAACACCCCCAUACUCCAUACUAGGGAAAAACAACUCCCACAACCUUAAUAACACAACCCACAAUCAGGCUAAAAUCUGAUACCCAACCAGCACUAUGGUGGCACCAGAGCGUACCAGCACCCACAUCCCCACCCCAACACACCAAUAAUGUUGCUCAUAACAUUGGCAACAUUGCUUAUGAACCUUAUACCUGACAGCGACGUUACAAAGUCACUUCACACUGUCUCACUGAUCACCCCCUAUCGCAAACAACAGGGGGGAUGGCCUGUCCUUGAACACGGCCUUCCACACCAGCUGAGACCUAGGACCAACUGGCUAAAUGCCAGAUGGCCUAAAAUACCCCAAACAAACACCUAUAUGACUACAUAUAGGAAACUCUCUACAACUUACCCCCUACUCUUUAACCCAAAUCUUACUCUAAUCCCAUUAGCCCCCCACCCACCACACCCAAGGUCAGCGCAACCCCACAUUUUUAAAAAACACGAAGAGAGAGACACAAGACAACCCCAAAGGGUUGGCAAGGAAAUUCCCCACAAAAAAGAUAAGCAAGAUGGCUAACCUAAAAGCAAUUACAUUAAACGUGAGGGGGCUGGGAAACCCCAUCAAAAGAAAACGCAUCACCUCAUACAUAAACACCAUGAAACCACACAUCACCUUCCUACAAGAAAUACACAACCCACCCAAAGGCAGCAAACUCCUGAGCGACCCCCGCUUCAGUCAACAGUGGGUCGCACGAGGCUCAGGGAAAGCUCGUGGUGUAGCCAUAAUACUCAGUAGAGACCUGAACUUCACUGCCACAACAGUCCUCAAGGACAAAAAGGCAGAUUCAUUUUCGCUAAAGGGACACUAGAUGGCAAAAUCAAACUGACAAUCGGCUCCAUAUAUGCCCCAAACACGAAACAAUUAGAAUUCUUCCAGAAGACACUAAACAAAUUCCUCUCCUUCUCUGAAGGGAAGCAAUCCUAGGAGGGGACCUCAAUCUAAAUAUGAAAGGUAUAUCCCUGAAAGAUAUCAACCCCACAACCCCAUGGGCAACCUUCCUCCGAAGGAAACCCCCAACAACCAGGAACUCUUACAAGUUACUAAAAAUGCUAAAAAAACGGGUCUCUACGACAUUUGGGGUGAGCAAAACCCGGGAGACAUCAGCCAUACAUUCCAAUCGGGACGCCAUGAUACAGUGUCCAGACUGGACAGCAUUCUACUCACACAGGGUCUGAUCCCUCAGUAGAAUCAACAAACAUAGGUAACAUUAAAAUCACAGACCACGCCCCAGUAGAAGUCAUUGUUAAAAUAGGAGAAGGAACACAAACCACCCCAUCAUGGUCCUUCAGUCCCAUCCUAACUACAAACAAACAAAUUAGAGAGAGUCUCACAAAAACCCUCCAAAACUACUUCAAAGAAAACGAUGUAAACAAUAUAACAACCACCCUCCUAUGGGACGCAAUGAAAGCGGUCACCAGAGGAGCUUGCAUAAAAGAGAAAACAUUCCUUAAAAACAAACCUCCUCAAAAAUUAGCAAAAUAGAACAAGACAUCACAGCCCUCUCAUCACGCUACAAACAAACAGGAUCUAAAAACUCCUCAACUUAUAGAACAAAAAAGGAGAGAACUAGACUCCCUAGAAAUUAACAAAACAAUGAUCAACAUUCUAUACUCUAAACAACGUUUCUACGAAUAUGGAGGGAAAAUCUCCAGAUUACUAGCAAAUAGAUGUAGGAAAAAGCACUCAAAACAAGAAUACACUGCAUCACCAAAAAGACGGCAACAUAACAUUCUCCCCAAAGAAAUAACCUCAGAAUUUGCAGAAUUCUACUCCAACCUAUACACCUCCCAUAACCCACCAGAGAAGGAAAUCAGAACAUUUCUAGCAGGACUGACCAUGCCUACCCUAACUAAUGAGGAACAGGAAUUCAUGGACAGCCCUAUCACCCCAGAGGAAAUAGAUGCGGUCCUCAAAAACCUGAAACCACACAAAGCCCCAGGCCCAGACGGCUUCACAGCAGAAUUCUAUAAGAAAUUCAAAGAACCCUUGAUGCCCUACAUGACCCGCCUAUUCAACGACAUCAUAAAAGGGGGCCCCAUCCCCAAAACCUGGACCCACUCCAAAAUAGUCUCCAUCCCAAAACCACUAAAAGACAGCCUCAAAGUAGAAUCAUACCGCCCAAUCUCAUUAAUAAACCAAGACUACAAGAUAUUCACAUCAAUCUUGGCCAACCGCCUAAAAAUCUUCCUACACAAGUUAAUAGCCCCAGACCAGACUGGCUUUGUCCCUGGCCGCAAUAUAACAGACCCCAUCAGGAAACUACUGAACCUGAUCGAACACAGCAAGGCAACCAAACUCCCAUUGACAAUUAUGUCCCUAGACAUCCUCAAAGCCUUUGAUUGCUUGGAGUGGAAAUACAUAUUAGCAGUACUAACUAACAUGAAAUUUGGCCCCAACUUCCUACAAAUCCUCAAACAAAUAUACUCCCAAGCCUCAGCAAAAUGCAGAACUAACAAUAUGGAUUCUAACACUAUAGCUAUCCAAAGAGGCACGAAACAAGGAUGCCCACUGUCUCCCUUCUUAUUUAUCCUGGCUCUGGAACCCCUAGCAAUCCGCAUCCGAGCAGCCACAGACAUCAAGGGAGUGGAAAUAAAAGGCAGAACCUAUAAAUUAGGGCUCUUUGCAGAUGACCUAAUGGUCACAACACCAGACCCCAUAAGCACAGCAACCUCCCUAAUCAGAGAACUCAACACAUUUGCAAUGGUGUCGGGCCUACAGGUAAAUUUUACAAAGUCAGAAGCUAUGUGCUUCAACACCCCUCCUCACACCCAAAAAGAACUCACGAAGGUCACCAAAAUAAAACUUUGCCACACCAAGUUCAGAUACCUAGGGGUACAAAUAACCAGAAACCUCAAUAAAUUGUACCUCCACAACUACAAGCCCCUGUGGCGACAAAUUAACAAAGACCUAAAGAGAUGGAAUAACAUGAACUUCACUCUCUCAGACAAAAUAGCCAUGAUCAAAAUGAUCACACUCCCAAAACUAACCUACCUAUUCCAAACCCUCCCAAUCUGGAUCCUCAACCCAACUUCGCAGUUGGCAGAGAAAACUACACUCUUUCAUCUUCUCACAUAAAAACCAAGAAUAAGCCCCAAAUACCUGCACCUCCCCACCUCAGAAGGAGGAUGGGGAAUCCCCAACAUAGAAGCAUAUUACAAUGCCAACCAAAUACGCCACAUAAUCCCAUAUAUACUAGAAGAUGAGACAAAACAAUGGGUACACCUAGAGAGGGACACAAUUGAAAACACCUGCACCACAACAUACCCACUCCUCCCAAACAAACUAAAGAAAAUUCCCACAACACUUAACAGGUACACACAGACCAUGCUCAAAGCAUGGAAAACACAAAUAGGCAAACGAUCCCCAACCCCAUCCCCACUAAUCCUCUGGCGUACCACCCAUUAUUCCACCGUGCAGCACAAAACCUCAAGAUAAAAACCUGGCGAACCAAAGGCUUAUAUCGCCUAAUAGACUUUUAUAAAAAUAACAAACCCUUGUCAACACAAGAAAUACAAGACAAACUAGAAGACACCCAAAUGCCCUGGUUAACACAACACCAACUUCAUGCCCUCUUAAACAACCCAACAGUAAAAUCAGCAGCAACUAGGCCCCUGACAACCUUCGAAAACCUCCUCCUAACAACAAAGGGAAACGGUAAAGGGACGGUAUCCGCAAUAUACAAAAUACUACUCCAAAAUCCUGUAAAUCCCCUAGACGCAAUCAAAAAACAAUGGGAGAAUGACAUAGGUUAUGAGAUUAACCCCACUCAAUGGACCAGAAUGUGGUCUAAACCCCCCCUUUAAAUCCAUAUCAACGAAAAGAAAAGAACUCACACUGAAACUCACCUACAGGUGGUACCUAACACCAAGGAAACUAGCGCUAAUACACCCAGGAACCUCACCAAAAUGCUGGAGAGGGUGCACCUCCACAGGCACAUACCUCCACAUGUGGUGGGAGUGUCCCAAAAUCCAACUAUUCUGGACAACAGCCAUACAAGAAAUAUGUAAAAUAACUAAGCAAGUAAUAGACAUCACCCCAGAAUUGGCCCUACUAAACAUCUUCCAAGACAACAAUGCCCAUUUACACCACAAAGAACUCAUAACCCACCUGCUCUCAGCAGCCAGAAACACCAUAACCAGACACUGGAGAGACCUGUCAGGAGUAAGCAUGGACCAAUGGUACCAAAUAGUAUGGGAAACAGCCCUACUAGAAAAAUUAACUAAUAAACUGAAACUGACACGGGACAAACAGAAGAAGACGCCUUCACCCCGGUAUGGCUCCCAUUUAUCACAUACACAGCCCAACAGGACAAUGACAAUAAUCCACCAACAGCAUACAAAUCAAUAUGGCUAACCUGAUCCAAAACACCCACCCACCUCACUCACACACGAAAACAAAGAUCACCACAGCCAAUCACAAGCAAACAAUCACACCCUAGGCCAACCCCAACCUCUCUCACCACCAAAGGAACACAAGUGAACAACACAAGCAACGCUGACACCAAACUCUACAUACAUUAAACAUAAUAGAAACACCGCCACCCGACCCCACCCCCAUCCAUCUUCCCUCUCUCCACCCCCUUUUUCUUUUUUUCAUUUUUUUUACUUAUCCCCCAUAAUCCCUCAACAAAUCAAACUGAUUUGUAAAAAUGUUACAUGGUAAAAAAAAAUACGAGGCACUACACUUCUGUAAAACAAGAAAAUCCUUAAUAAAAUAUUUAAAAAAAAAAAAAAAAAAAAUAAACAUACACUGACUUCAGCGUGGAAAGUCACCACCCAAGUAAGCAGCACUGGACUAGCUGGGCCCAGUGGUCUGACUCUGUCUUCGGUUUUCAGGUGCACCCAGGUGUUCACUCACAAAAUAGCAAAUGAAACAAUGAAGAAGAGAGACACCCACUAUUCCAACAAAGGAGAGUGAUGGGGUUGCGGCUACAGCAGAAGCCAUGGCCAAUGGCACCUGGUUUUAAAGGAAAGGUUGCAGGUGUUGGACUAUUAGUUGACAGUAAAUGGUUUUGACUGACCUAUAAAGCCCUAAAUCGCUUCAACACUAUGUAGCAAGGGUAAACAAUAGGGUUUUUUAAAUACUAUAAAGGCUUUGCUUCCAGUGAUAGUACACACACAUGUAUUUUGUCCAACAGGUUUUGGGCAGCAUAAGUUGCACGGAGACUGCAAAACCUGAUUCACCUCUGGUAGAUCGGGAUGCAUUUACAUUCCCGUUCCAGCCAUAUUCAUCUACCUGAAUCACCACCACUCUGCAUCCUUCGUGUUUGCCUCUUGCCUUAAGUGUGCAUCAACCAUACAUUUAAAGCACAUGGUUCCUCCCAUUGUGGGGUGGUCCAGCUCUGGCUUUCUAAUGGAAUGGGGCAGAUCUGUAAGUAAAAAAUCAUGGCUGCCCUAAUCAUGUGCAGUUUGGCCCUAGUUAAUCCCUAAGGCAAAGCCUAGCACAGAUCAAGACAGCCUGUGUUUCUAGAGGGAGCUGGAAGAACUGACUGAAUGAACUACUAGGUUCUCCCCAUACCAGGUUAAUUAAGAUCCCUUCAUCUUGAUACCUUUUUAGCAUUUUAGAGGUGGUCAUGGUGAGUUCAUUGCCUGUGGUACUACCCCAGCUUAGCAGUGUCCCCCCCCCCCACUAAUAAUCUUUAUUUUAUGUUUAUUCAUUAAAACAUUUCUAUUCUACCCUACAUUAGAAAUCCCAGGGCGGUUUGCAACAAUCAUGGUAAAAUCAGCACAAUGAAACCAGAAAAUAUACUAUGUCCACAUAAGAUAAUACUUAUUUGUGGGUGCUAGACAAGUCUAAAUUCCUGGACUCAGUAAGUGUCAGAAUUUAAUCAAGGCAAAUUUUACAGUAUAAGCCAGGCCAGUUUCCAGACCAGGAAAUUGCCUGGGAUGAUGAGCCAUUAGGAAAACAAAACAAAAAAAAGGUGAUGACCCAUUAAGAAAGCCAUGAAGAAGGCAAAGGCUCUGUGCCAGAAACACAGACCCUGGGUAAGCCACCUGGAGCCCCUGGAAUCUUGCAUCGCUUGGAGAUUGAGAUGGCGUGCAACUCAAAUGCCUAAGAAAAUAAUGAGUCUUUCAGAAGCUCCUAAAACCAGUCAGGGUCAGUGCUUGUCUGAUGUCUAGGAGGAGUUGAUUCUAAAGGCUGGGUCCCACCACAGAAAAGACCCUCCGCCUGAUAGUGUCCAAAUGGAUUUCCAUGGGCUGAAGCAACCAGAAUAAUUUCAGUGAAUGGGCAGAUCUAUGUGUUGAAUGCUUGAAUCAGUGAGUUGCUUCUCGUCCCAAAGAGAUGUGACAAAUGUUGACAUUUUACAGGAGGUGCUGUCUGUGUGCGUGUUUUAAAGAAAGAGGCUACAGCCUACACUGACUUCAGGUCCAGUGUUGGACCAUUUCGAUCGGAUACUCCCUGCUGAUGUGGAUAGAUUCCUCCAAGUUGGUAGGCCCACCACCUGCCUCCGUGAUCUGUGCCCAUCUUGGCUGAUUAUGGAGUGUCCAGAUGUUGCGCGGACCCCCCUGGUUGAAAUUAUCAAUUUGUCCCUUGACACUGGGACAUUCCCAGGGGAACUGAAGGAAGCAGUAGUGUAUCCACUCUUAAAGAAAACUUCAUUAGAUCCCUUAGACCUAUCCAAUUACCGCCCAGUUUCAAAUCUUCCAUAUCUGGGUAAGUUAAUUGAGAGAGCGGUUGCUGAACAGCUUGGUAGGUUUCUGGAGGAAACAUCGGCUUUAGAUCCAUUUCAGUCCGGUUUCCGUCCUGGUUUUGGGACUGAGACGGCUCUGGUUGCCCUAACAGAUGAUCUCCGUAGACAACUGGAUCGAGGCGGGUCAGGACUGCUGAUCCUUUUAGAUUUGUCAGCGGCCUUUGACAUGGUCGAUCAUGAUCUUCUGGACCACCGCCUCGCAGACGUGGGGAUACAGGGCAUAGCCCGUAACUGGCUGUGCUCUUUUAUCUCUGGUGGGGACAGAGGGUGGCACUAGGGAGGGAAAUGUCGCGCCAUUCGUCGCGCCAUUCCUUGGUGUGUGGAGUGCCGCAGGGCGCAAUUCUCUCCCUGACGCUUUUUAACAUCUUUAUGCGCCCCCUUGCCCAGAUUAUCCAGAGCUUUGGGCUGGGCUGUCACCAGUAUGCUGAUGACACUCAGCUCUAUCUGCUGAUGGAUGGCCACACCGACUCGGCCCCAAACACACUGACCAGAUGCUUGGAAGCUGUGGCUAGAUGGUUUCGUGGGAGCCGAUUGAAACUAAAUCCUUCAAAGACAGAGGUCCUAUGGCUGGGUCGGGAUGGCAUGGGGAUGAAGGACCAACUCCCUUCUCUUGCGGGGGCCCAAUUAGUGCCAUUGUCUUCCGUUAAGAGUUUGGGUGUAAUCCUUGACGCUUCCCUUUCCAUGGAGGCGCAAGUUACAGCAACAGCCAAGGCGACAUUUUUCCACCUUCGCCGCAUCAAGCAGUUGGUCCCUUACCUUUCCCGCCCCAACCUGGCCACAGUGAUCCAUGCGAUGGUCAUCUCCAGGCUUGACUACUGUAAUUCGCUCUACGCGGGGCUGCCCUUGAAGCUGUCCCAGAAACUCCAGCAGGUGCAGAAUGCUGCAGCGAGGCUCCUCACGGGGUCUCUGCCAUGGGAGCAUAUUCACCCAGUGCUUUUCAAGCUGCACUGGCUCCCGGUGGAGUACAGGGUCAGAUUUAAGGUGCUGCUUUUGACCUUUAAAGCCCUUCACGGCCUAGGACCCUUGUACCUACGAGACCGCCUCUCCCGGUAUGCCCCACGGAGAGCCUCAAGGUCCAUAAAUAGCAACACCCUAGUGGUCCCGGGCCCUAAGGAAGUUAGAUUGGCUUCAACCAGAGCCCAGGGCCUUUUCAACUCUGGCUCCGGCCUGGUGGAACGCUCUGCCUCAUGAGACCAGGGCCCUGCAGGAUCUGAUUUCUUUCCGCAGGGCCUGUAAGACAGAGUUGUUCUGCCUGGCCUUUGGCUUGGAGCCAAUUUGAUUCCCUCCCUCUCUUUCUUUUUUCUUUCCUUCUCCUCCUGCGUUGAGGCUACAUUUUAUUUUAAUGUUGUAAUAUUUUAAUGUUGUAUUUUAAUUUUGUUUUUAAGUUGUAAUCAUUCAACUUGUUUUUAUUAUUGCUUGUAAGCCGCUCUGAGCCCGGCCUUGGCUGGGGAGGGCGGGGUAUAAAUAAAAAAUUAUUAUUAUUAUUAUUAUUAUUAUUAUUAUUAUUAUUAUUAAUGCAAAUAUGUAUUUGAUAGUGAGGCGGCACCCACAGCAGCACCCAGGAAUGUCAAAUGCUGAGAUGACCCUGGUUCAUUGGAUGCCCCAAAUGGAAGGUGGGAAGGGAAGGGCCCAAGGCAAGCUGACAGGAACUAGAGCUAUCAGAAAGUCAUGAGCAUUUAUCAGCACUGCCACCUUCAGUGAUUAAUAACACCAGCCCCUUCUCCAAAGCCAAACUAGAGAACUCCACACCCUGCUUUUUGUUAAUCAUGGUGAUGUGCACUGCUUGGCUGAUUACCUGAAGCAAAGGUUUGGCUGUUUGCCAACCUUGAGAGCUUUUCUUGUGGCUGGCAGGAGACAACAACACAAUUUCAUUUUCAUUUUUUCACCUUUAGCAUUAAUAACUGUUUAUAUAGCAGUGAACAAAUUUGCUUUUGCAAUCGCUUAUCUUCUUUGUCUUUUUGACAGCCCAGUGAGGUAGGUACGCAGAAGCCACUCCCAGGGCACACCUGGAGCCUGGGCUCAGCCCCAGCAAUAGAUUAAGUUUCCAAGCCAGGGAGAUGGAAUCUGAGAAGUGAUAGCAAAAGGAAGUGCAGUCCCAAGUUUGUGCAGAGAGACGCCAUUUCACUGGGGCUAAGGAAAAGGCUUCCCUUGUCAGCAGGUGAACUUGCACAAAUUGUUGAGUCCUGGCAGAAGGCACCUUGGACUACUUUCUAUGGAUGCUGGCUUUAACACUGUUUGGAAGCUUAGGCAGAAAAUCCAAAUGGCACCCACACCUCCCACUAAAUCUGCCGGGAAGUUCUCUAGCACUCAUCUGGUUGAAAUAUGCAGUAUACAGAAGCUGGGGGGGGGGUGUAGCUCCCAUCAGUUUCAAUUAAGCUUAUUCAGGAGAAUUGCCAGUGGACCACAUAUCAGGGGUCAUAUCUGUCUCACUCUGCUACUCAAAAUCUGCCACCUUAUUUUCCCUCUUAGUAGAUCUGCCUCUGAUCCAUAAGUUUAGACCAGGGAACUGAGGGCCAAACUAGACGUGAUGUAAUUAGAACGUCUCAUUUUAAUUUGGUAGUAAUUAGCAGCCCCAGGCAAUUGCUUUGAAGAUCAGGAUAGGGGAACAGCACUCUUGGAGAGCGUGUUCUUAACUCUUCCAUCCCAUUCCUCCCCACCCCCAAUAUAAAUUGUGCUCCCAUUCACCUCAUCAGAUGGAAAAAAAGAAGAACAGCAUUAGGAGCUAACAGCCGUUUCAGGGCCCCUCCAGGCGUCCUUUUUAUUACACAUUCCUGAUGAUUUGUGCUCGUGAUGCUGUCAUGGCGGUUAUAUGAGAAUCCCGCUUUCAAUACUGCUUGUGCCUGCAGAAGUUUUGGGGCAGACAUACUGCUUCAUUUCCAAACGACACAUUUCCUGUAACUUCCUGCUGGAAUCCUAUAACCAUGACCACAAACGUUUUGGGGUUUUUUGUCCGUCUUUGGUUGUGGAACAACUCCUCCAGAUUGCGGUAAAUGUGGUAGCUUUGGGGAAGCACAGCAAAACAACUAAUAAAGUGUAAUUAAUCCACCACUAAUGCAGUACAGUGGUGUCUCGCAAGACGAAAUUAAUCCGUUCCGCGAGUCUCUUCGUCUUGCGUUUUUUUCGUCUUGUGAAGCACGGCUAUUAGUGGCUUAGCGGCUAUUAGCGGCUUAGCGGCUAUUAGCGGCUUAGCGGCUAUUAACGGCUUAGCGGCUAUUAACGGCUUAGCGGCUUUAAGAAAAAGGAAACAAACUCGCAAGAACUCGCAAGACGUUUCGUCUUGCGAAGCAAGCCCAUAGGGAAAUUCAUCUUGUGGAACGACUCAAAAAACGGAAAACUCUUUCGUCUAGCGAGUUUUCUGUCUUGCGAGGCAUUCGUCUUGCGGGGCACCACUGUAUCAUUAUGUCACAAACGUGUUGCAGAUUACACCCACAAGAAAACACACUCUGGAGGGGCCCUCGGUGUGUGCUGUUUCCCUUGGUGAAAGAAAGAACAUGGAAGGGGAAGGGUUAAGCACCCUCACUUGGAGGACCACUUCCCUGAUCUUCAGAGUAGCUGACUGGUACCUCUAAUUAGCUGAUUUGGAGCUCUUUUGCAAUAAACCUGCUUCCUCACAGGAUCAGACUUUUUGCAGUAAGGAAAGUGACACGGAAAAUGCAGUGGAAAGUGUGGGGUAACACUUGCUUUGAGGCAGCAUCGUCCAGCCACCCUACAAACAAAUCAGAAGGAAGGUUCAUAAAAUAGCCAAUGCUGUCUGAUCUCCCUACAAACAUAUCAGGACCAAUGUUCACUAAACAGUCUGUCUGGAAGUGCCCUGAAAUGAGUUCAAAGCCCCACUGGCUGAAAAUGAGCUCUGAUGCCUUUGAGGAACCUGGGUCUUGCAACCUGCUGUGCAAAAAUAAUGUCAGUGGAGACAUCUGAGAUGAAAGAGGUUAUUCUAAACCAUCAAGCCAAGAUCCAGCAAGGGGGACCGUUCUUCCUAUUUGCUCUUAUUUUCUUUUCUUUUCUACUCCUUUCCCAUCCCUCCAUCCUCAUCCAUCGCCUGCCCCAACUUCCCAUUUGCCUUCAGAAGACAUCGCGCCAUACCGGAGGUGGCUCUUUCAUUGCGGGAAGAAGGAGCCGGUCGGCGUCACCUACUCAAGAGAAGCAUGUUUCCCACCACGAGAAACCAAAGAAGGUAAGAAAAGAAGAAAAUAAAAUGUUAAUUGCUGUGCAACCUGGGGUGGGAGUGAACAGCAAAAAGAUAUUAAUAUGUCUAUAAUAUGUCUUUUAACCUUCAGCCUUUCUAAUUACAAGCAGAUCAGAUCAAACACAAAGGCAUAUCCAGUGUCUGCGUAUUCUACAAUUCUUUGUUCUUGCGUUCCAAAAUUAUUACUGGUCCCAGAAUUCAGCAUCUGGACAAUUUAAAGUUCUUGCUGAAGUUACUUCCAGAUGACAACAACAACACACUUACCAAAAAACCACUGAAACCCCCCCACUAAUGCUGUCCUAACACAAGCAAUGUUCAAUGGCAAUUGCACACUAUCCAGUUCCUUUGCAAAGAGGAAAGCAGUCCUUUGGAAGGACAGUUAGCUCUCUCCAUCUCCACCGGCACUAGGCCUCUCUCUCUUUUGCUCCCCCCCCCUUUCAAAAAACACAGCUGUAUUUGCCUAUAUUAACACUUGCACUCAAACAGUGAAGCAGCCUCCCUGGAACUCCAGGAUCUGAUUGCAUAAUGGUGACAGUUAAGAAGUAAGGGCCACGCAGCUAUCCAGCCCCCAUGUGUGGAUCUGCAACACCUCGAGGCCUGAGCUGGGAAUGGAGCAAAAAGAGGGGGGUUGGGAUUCUGCAGUGCUGUAAGAAGGUCCGAGAUGAGGAAAGAAGGAACCCUAUAGAUCAAAUAAAAGACAAACAUGCAAAAGCAGAUGCCUUCCCUGGUGCCCACAGGGUCCUCUCUCUCACGCCACUCUUCAUUCUGAAAUUAGGCUGGUAAGAAGCCUCUCACAAAUGUGCCCAUGGGCCCCAAAAGGUCAGAGACCCCUUUAUUAAAGACGAGGCUGAGGGGCUGGCUGAAUUCUGCAGGCAAAAACAGCCCAACACCUACAAGGAAUAAAGUAGCACUAUAUUCUCCACAGUCUAAGGCUUUUCAGACAGAGGACCCACCACUAGCCCACAGAUGCGAUUGGGGCCCCAUUUCUUAAUUAUUGUUUUUAGCAUAUAUUUGUGUGGUGGUUGUGCUUCUGUUGUGACCCACCUUAGGUUAAGCCGCAACCCAGUGAGUGGGCCCCAACCCAACCAGUUGAAGAUUGUAGGUCUAAGGUUGUAGGGCAGGCAUAGGUGAACUCUGGCCCUCUAGAUAUUUGGGACUACAAUUCCAAUCAUCCCUGACCACUGGUUCUGUUAGCUAGGGAUGAUGGGAAUUGCAGUCCCAAACAUCUGGAGGGCCCGAGUUUGCCUAUGCCUGUUGUAGGGGUUUGGUGUAACACUACUAAAAGCACCCCGGAGAGUGUGAGAGAGAAAUAUCUUGAGGGCAGGACAACAUAAAAAGAUGACGCAGCAAACUGUUUUCAACAUGGAGCUUCUCCCUUGGUGCUCCAGCAUCACAAACUCGUAUCCAGACAUAGAUUUACAGCAGGAUAAUAACUGUGUUGCUCUUUUGCAGCCAAAACAGCCCAGAAUCUUUUCAGCCCAGAAUCUUUUCAGGUGCCACAAGUCUCUUCCUUGUUUUUCUGGACAUAGAUGAAAUUAACAAGAUACCCUCCCUUCUCUAGCCUUCAGAACCCCCAGGGAAACUGUCAAGUUUUCUUGGUUUUAUCCAGGCUUCUCUAAUCACUGUACAGAGAUAGGGAGAAGCACUGUCGAUUUCACCAGCGCUUGUUAAUCACUGCAUGCCAGUGCUGAUGUACACAUGGUGAAAAUGAUAAGGCUUUCCCCCCCACUCCCGCCACUGCUGCCUUAGUGCAAGACUGGAGAAUCCUGAUGAAAUGGAUGCCAGUGUCAUGGGUCAGUUUGCCUACUGUGGUGAAUAGUGGGGAGUGUUGUCAGUUUCACUCUUUCAGAACAAAAUAGUGGUGGAGGGGAGAGGAGGGAUUACACACAGUCAUCAACAGCACCAGCAAACAUUCCUUUAUUAUCCCAGGUGAGGCAGUGGUGCAACUGUAAGAUCGCCCCUAAAAUUAUUUUGCAGCAAUUGUAGUGGAAGUCUUUCCAGCUCAUGGGGCACCAUGGGAAUGCCACAGUUUGGGAUGAACAAAUGAGCUUCCAAUACCAGAGAAAAUUGCUAGUAUGAAAAACCCUAUGUCACAAUUCUCUUCUUCUUCCUAUUUGAAAACUGUAAGGGAUUUAACUAUUAGAAUACGGACAGUGAAAUCCUGAACACACUUAACUGGGUGGGGAGUAAACUCCAUAGAAGUCCAGAGGGACCUAUUUCUCAGUGAACAUUAUUUGGACUUAUUUCUGAAUAAAUAUUCUUUGGCUUGCACUGUAAAUGGCUGGUGAAAAGAAAAAAAGAGGGCAUCCUGCAAAAAUUGCACUAACCUUAUCUGAGGUCUGUAACCAGGGUUUAAUUUUCAUCUCUAGAUAAAGUUUUUCAGGCUUGUAAAGGGAAUACUUAAGGCUUCUGCUCUUGUAUCCACUGCUGCAGAGAAACCAUUUUCCAUCUGUUCUCCAUACUUCAAUCAGUUGUUGCCACUCCUGCUGUACAGCAACACUGUGUAGAAAGAAACAUACUGUACAAUUCACCUAUACCAAUGUGCCCUACACAUAUCUUAUCCUCUCUAGCAAAUACGAUAUGGUCAGAUCAUACAGCUAGAACAAACUUGAAACCUGUUUUCAGUGCCAGAAGAAAAACACAAUAACUUGUAAUUUAGAGAAGAGCGUAUACAGAGUGCCUUAAUAAAAGCAUCUCUUCUCCCCACCCCCAUCGCACCCCAACUCUCUAAUCUGGGAUUGAGGCGAAGGAUUUCCAAGUAAGAGGAUAUGGUUUAUUAGCCCAACUUGAAUCCUAGCAUCCCACUUUGGAGAAAUUAACACUUGACUGGAACGGUAGCAGAAUCUGUUUCAGUGCCAUUUGCAACUGGAUUUUUUUUGGGGGGGAGAGAUAGCUCACCCUUGUCAAGUCAUGUUUUAUGUGACCAAAAGCUCAGAGUUCCACAAAGUUAUUAGUUAUGCAAAACUGAGAGGCCCUGGUUUGUUUUUAGCCCUGCUGCCUUGAUCAGUUGCAACUGUACUGGCUGUCAGUCAGUCAGACAGUCAUUCCGUCCAAUUCCUAGUAUAGUGGUACCUCAGGUUACAAACACCUCGGGUUACAAACACUUCGGGUUACAGACUCCGCUAACCCAGAAGUAGUACCUCAGGUUAAGAACUUUACCUCAGGAUGAGAACAGAAAUCGUGCAGUGGCGGUGCGGCGGCAGCAGCAGGAGGCCCCAUUAGCUAAAGUGGUACCUCAGUUUAAGAAUGGUUUCAGGUUAAGAACGGACCUCCGGAACGAAUGAAGUUCAGAACCAGAGGUAUCACUGUAUAUGUACUAGGCCUUUAAUGCAGCUUAAAGGUAGGUUGGCUUCGAUGCACUCCCAAAGGCAGCUGCUGCCAAGGAAAAUGGUGGAAACAGGAAAAGAGAAAGAGAGGCAGGAGAGAGAUCAGUACAAGGUAAAUGGUGGUAAUGGAACAGAGUAUGAGCCAAAAAGGCAGGGGGGAGAGGAAACCAGGAUGAUUGGCAGGUGAUUUGGAGAGCAGCUGACACCAGGCAGGCUAUGGAAGAGAAAGGUGCACAGACUCGGAAAAGAAGAAGGGGGAGGGAGAAGCAAGAUCAUUUCUUUCUGUUAAUCUAUAUAGUACUGGCAAUCAUGGUCCAAUAAACAGAUGAUCAAGGAAACUGUUGGCAAGGUGCAGUAAAGGUGCCUGUCCUAGAAUCUAUAAUGAAGCUAGGCAAACUGCAGGCCUACAGAAUAAAAUAAAAGAAAUUGGGGAAGUAGCCAACCACAUAUCCUUCCCUACGUCCCCCACAAAGGCCUGGAAAAUCCUUUUUCCUAGAGGAUAAAUUAUAGCCGCAAAUUAUGUGUACUCUCCCAGGAGCCAAAGCUAGUGUGCAUGAAACCUAGAAACAGACUUGGUUAGAGAGGGACAGCUUCCCCAGUCCAGCUGAAGCAGCUGCAGACUGUUGGAGGAGGGAAGAGGAUAGAUCUAGAGUCUGAUGCUUAACCCUGAACAGGUAAUCAGCACCUUGCCUUUAAGCAGGUCUAAUCGCUGCUGCUAAUUGAACAAAUAUUGAUAAUAACUUUGCCUGCCUUCCAUUAUCUUAGGCUUCAUCCACACAGGAGUUUGAUAUAGAUUCCAAGCUGGAUUUUUUUCCAAGGCAUUGUUCACAUGGCAUUCUCCGUAUUUAGUGGGCAGCCUGCAGUUUUUCAACAGUAAACUCUGUUUUUCCCCCAAUCCAGGGAAAAUCUGUAAAAGGGAAGUAAAUCCAACUGUGGACACACUGGAGCACAUUGUGCGGGCAGGCUCUGGUGCCAUCUACCACGAUACCUAUCUAAAAGCAACAGGAUUGGAGAGGAUUUUCAGUGGGAGAAUAGGAAGAGAAAGAGUUUGUGCUGUUUUUUUCUGCCUCAAACUCAGUUCUGCCGGUUGCUUUGCAUAACAAAAGGUGCCCCCCACCCCAAUAAUCACCAAUCUGCAUGUAGGGCAUAGCUUCUGCUUGUCACUUCAGCUGUCACACAACUUGAAAAUUCCACCAUCUCCACCCCUGCUUUUGUUUAGAAUCAUAGAAUUGCAGAGUUUGAGAACCUUACGCAAAUUAGCCUGCUGGUUGCUUAUGCAGACUCAUGCUUAAAGACAAGCCUUUGCCAUCCCAGGGCGCUCCAAAUGUUUUGGACUAUAAUUUCCAUCAACUCCAGCCAGUGGGCUACAACUUCUAAGUGUUGGGAGUUGAAGUCCGAAACAUCUGGAGGGUGCCAGGUUGGGGAAAGGUUGUUGUGGGGAAAGUUUUGGCCCUCCAGGUGUUGUUGGACUCUACACCCAUCAGCCCUAGCCAGCAUGGUCAAUGCCAGGGGAUGAUGGGAGUUGCAGUCCAGGAACAUCAGGGCAUGGGCUCAAAGGUUUCCCUUCCUUGCUGUAGAGAUGGGUGUUUAUAUAGUUGGAAUGGGUUAACUGGUGGCCCUGUAAAUGAUUCUGGUCUACAUCCCUUAUCAUCCCUGACUCAUCAGCCAUGCUGAGAGGGGCUGAUGGAAGUUGGGAGUCAGGUAACACUCUGGAGGGCUGUAGGUUCCUCAUGCUCACAAGAACAUAGAAAUCACCUUCCUGGGAUCAGAUUAUGGUCCGUCUAGUCCUGUACUCCCUUUCCAACAGCCAAAGGUUUCUAGGAAGCAUGGAAGUGAAGCCUGUUGCUUUGUGACCAAUAUAAUUAACUGACAUACAUGGCUGGGAAAAGGGAAGGAUAGUGUGUAGAUUUAUUUCUGUCUGCCAGAGAAGGGGAGAUUAGGACUGGUCAUUGGGGGGAGAAUUCCCCCCAACGUCCAUCUUGGAUGAUGCAAGGUUGCAGGACUUCAGAUAUGGCGAUGGGCUGUCUGUUCCUCCCAAGUUAGGAUAAAGGUAAAGGGACCCCUGACCGUUAGGUCCAGUCGCGGAUGACUCUGGGGUUGCAGCGCUCAUCUCGCUUUAUUGGCCGAGGGAGCCGGUGUACAGCUUCCGGGUCAUGUGGCCAGCAUGACUAAGCCGCUUCUGGCGAACCAGAGCAGCGCACGGAAACGCCAUUUACCUUCCCACCGGAGCGGUACCUAUUUAUUUACUUGCACUUUGAUAUGCUUUCGAACUGCUAGGUUGGCAGGAGCAGGGACCGAGCAACGGGAGCUCACCCCGUCACGGGGAUUUGAACCGCCGACCUUCUGAUCGGUAAGCCCUAGGCUCUGUGGUUUAGGAUAGUUCAGCUAAUUAGCAGGCCUCCACAGCCUUGUUUCAAAGUCGUGUAGUUUCAAAUUUGUUGGUAUCUUCAUCACAUAGGCUUCUCCUGCAAGUAUUUGUUUUUGCUUUUUCCAGUGAAUGUGUUUUACAUGUGGAAAGAACAAGCCCAUUUUGAAACAUAGAAUUCUGCCCUGAAUUUAUAUGCCCAAUUUUAUUCUGUAUUUCAACAUUCAUGGGAGCUGUUACAGUACAAACACGCAAAUGAACGGAAAAUGCUAAAAUUGGGGGAAACUAAAUCAAUAUCUCACUUGGCUGAGCAAAUCAUGUACGUAUUUAAAAUUUGCCUCUCCAAUGCCUUUGUGCCAUUUGGCAGUACCUGGCAAUAUUAUAAUUAGCUGGACCAGCUUCUAUCAGUGUGAAAAUAUGGGAGCUUUCAAGUGAGUGCUUUAAUCUGGAAAAGCUGUAAGAACAAAGAGUUUUGUCUGUAACCUGAAAGAACCAACAGAAAUAGGCCCAUUUUUUGAAAAAGGUUGGUAAAAGAAGUUCUGUUUCUCUCUUCGCUUCAGUUUUUCUCCUAUAUCAGUCCUGCAGCAUCAGACUAAACUAAAAUAGUUAAAAGUUAAAAGUUUCAGUAAUGUGGUUUUCCUCCUUGUAUGCUGAGCACACACCCCAGGAAGAUAUUUUUAUACCCCACCCUAGUUUGACAGAGCUGGUAAACCUCAGUUAAACCAGAGUGUGAGCAGUACAACAGUAGCUGAGGACUCAAGCAAUUGCACACACACAUAUAUACACUUCACACACACACACACACACACACACACACACACUCUUCACAUAGAACAUUAUGUCAGGGAAAAGAGAUCGAGCCUGACCUUUUCCCUACUUUGGUCUUUCCAAAUGAGAGUAUGUGCAGGAAGCUUUUGUGGGUUUCUUUGCAUGGAGGAGCAUUUAAUGACCAUAUGAGCAAUCUGAAAUAUUACUGCCAAACACACAUUCCCUACCUAAGCAAAAACUAAGCAAAGAUCACACCCUUGCAUUCUUUAACUCCCCCCCCCAACCUUUUCACCUGAAGCAUUAUAAUGCCAGAAGUGUUAUUAAGAUGUGUUUGCGGAUAAACCCUGUGAAAGAGAUUAGCCUGAGGCAAAAUGCAUCCAUUCCAAAUACAGUAUUUCUAAAGUGCCCUUCAUCGAAAAAUGAUCCCAAGGCUGAGUGCAACCAGAAUAAAAUACUGAACUUUAUAGCCUUAAAUACAGCAAAACCCAAGCUACCAAAAUAUCAGUAAGGAUAAAAACACAGUGAAUAUCAGCAACAUUCGGUACUUUGAACUGAAGUGCAUCCUUGCUGCCAGUUGCUUAAUUUGCAAAGGAAGUGCCCUCCAAAUUGGAAGCCAAGUUGUGUUCCUUCAAUGCUACCUUGUUCUUUACAUGGUUAGAGACACACUUCUUCAGAAUUACUCCACAUUUCAGGGCUCAGCUCGCCUCUUUGUCUGGCCCGGAAACCUUCCACUCUGUUUCCAGAAGCAUGGGAGGUGGGUGCACGUUUUAAUUGUGUUAAGGUAAAGACACUUUCCACCUUUCCACCUGCUCAGGAGCAGUAUCUGGUCUAGCCUAUUUUGUAUGUCUAAAGGGGGGAAAGUUUCCUUAAACGAGCGGCGCAAGUUUUCUGUCCUUGGUCUGCAAACCGAUUCUAAACACAGGCAGCAUGUGUGAGUGAAGGAGGGGAGGGAUAUAUAUUGCACAUGCCCAGAGACACUAUCAUUCAUCUCAUUCCUGCGGGCAUUCCAGGGCAACGUUCUAACGCCGAAUCCCGGCUGAAACCAUGCACAUGCUCAGAGGUGCUCUCGUCUCUUAUGAUUCGCUCACAUUCCGAGGCUGAGGCUCGGUAAGAAGAGAAGGCAGAGCUUUACCCUUGACCCGUGUGCUUCAUUGCUCAGAAUAACGAACGUCUCCUGCCAGGCGGGGCAGACAAGACUUUAUCGCCCCCCCCCCCGUUUUGCUCUCACUGCAGUGCCCAGGCCGGGGGUGGGCGGUGAGGGGUGAAAUCUAGGGAGGAUCUUGUGGGCAAGGCCCUUUCUGGCAUCUGAAGGGAUCCUAUUUCACUCGCCCUGACGUUGGAGAUCUACAAGUUAGUAUGUGCAACGUGGGCACCGCCUUCCCUUGCUUGCAAGGCGAGAGUUUCCCCACUCCCCAUUCCUUUCCUCCUCCUCCUCCUCCCUUUCUUUUCUUUUUUUCACCCCCCCCCCUUUCCACUCUUCCCCGCUCCUCCUCAUUAACUAUCGGGCUUUUCCUGUGCCUGCCGAAAUGCCACCCCCGCCCCCCACCUCCAGCUGCUCGAAACUCCCAACGCAGGCUUGGAAGGAGAGACUUUCUUCCUGUUGGUGAACUUUGGGCAAUGAAAUGAACUUGGCAACCCCAAGGCGAUUGACAAACCCAGGCAUUCCCAGAGGAAAGGAGUCUGGAGAGUCGGGAAGGUAGGGGUGGCCUUUUAUUUCCAGGGGAUCUAUCAUAAGGUCAGCGCCCCCCCCCUCCAGUCCGACUUUAAUCCCCUCGCCAGUGACAGUGGGGUUUCUAACACUCUGGACGGCAAAGCAGACAUUAGCAAAAGUGGGCAGGCAUUUAAAAGUUGUGUGUCAGUGUGCGUGUGGCGGGGCUGGGGGCUGGGGAAGAGGGAGAUCUGAGGAAAAGGGGGGUGGGUAUUAAGAGUCAGAGGGGAGAAGGUGUGGGGGAAUCAGUUGGCAUAAGAGAAUGACUGAGUGCAUUUUGAGUUAGUAAGAGUCAAGACACGGCCAUUGACAUCCCAGGGUCAGUGUGCAGGACUGUUUUUGUGUGCCAACAAGGAAGAUAAUGAACCUCAGGGUUUCUCAACUGGCUUCUAUUAUUAUUUACUAUUAUUAUUAAAUGCUCGUUUUGCAUGCUCUUUGGGUAUUUUGUACAGAAUUGCAAAAUUGCCCCAGAGGUAGUAUGUGGGACGGGAAGAGAAGUGUGGGGCAAGCGACGAGAAAUGCAGAUUUAUGCACAGUUUUGCAAAAGAAGCUUUUAAAAAAACAACAACCCAUAUCCCCACUAUGAUGUCACAUCAGCCUGAAAGAUCUAUAUUUACACACAACAGUUAUUGUGUUCUUCAGAAAUAUCCACCACCAUUUUUUUUAGUCUGUGAAAGGUCAGCCCUCCAGGUGUUACAUUUCUUCUUAUGGCAACCAAUACGCAGUAAAGUGAAUCUUCUGAACUGGAUCUGUUCAGAUGACUCGAAAUCCAGAAUGCUGUGUCGUCUUUUUGGGGGUGGUGGAUAUCUUAAGAUUUUUUAAAAAGGCGAACAAAGUAAGAGCUAAAGUGAAAACUGAGACUCUUUUUUUUUAAAAAAGGCACAAUUUAUAAAACUGGAAAUCAACACACAAAUUGCAAAUAAGCCAAGUAAGCCUUAACUUAUUUAUUUAUAUUACUAUUGCAAAAUUGAUUUAAGGCUGCAAAACUACACACUUUAAUAGAAGCUCUAUUGAACUCGGUGAGACUUUUUUUCUGAGCUAACAUGCAUAAUAGCAUUAGGCUGCAUAUAUGUCAGCUGGAAAUACUCGAAACCAGAUUUGUUAAUCUCUCUUAUAAACUUCUAAUCUAAAGUUUGCUCGUUUUAAUUUUUUCACAGAUUGAUUUUUUAAAAAGUAAUAUUUUUCUCUGUUCUUUUAUGCAAAAUUUCUUGGUUUGAGGAGUUGAUCUGGUGUUUCUUUGUUCACAUGAAGCUGCUAUUCCUGUACCUGCUUAUAGAAAAGGAACUGACAAUGGAAUCCUGUGUAUGUCUUUUAAGAAGAAAAUCCUGCUGAAUUCAGUUAGACUUAUUCCUAGGUAAAUGUAGAUAAGAUUGUACCCCAAAGCUUCCAUUUUAAGGAAAUCACUAAAUUUUAAGGAAAUUUCUGUGCCCAAAAGAGUACAGUACUGUGACUUACAUAAAGUGAAUGUGUAUGUAAAGGUAAAGGACCCCUGACAGUUACGUCCAGUGGCGAACGACUCUGGGGUUGCGGCGCUCAUCUCGCUUUACUGGCCGAGGGAGCCAAUGUUUGUCCGCAGACAGUUUUUCCGGGUCAUAUGGCCAGCAUGACUAAGCCGCUUCUGGCGAACCAGAGCAGCGCAUGGAAACUCCGUUUACCUUCCUGCCAGAUUUACCUAUUUAUCUACCUGCACUUUGACGUGCUUUUGAACUGCUAGGUUGGCAAGAGCUGGGACUGAGCAACAGGAGCUCACCCCGAACUGCCGACCUUCCCAUCGGCAAGCCCUAGACUCAGUGGUUUAGACCACAGCGCCACCCGCAUCCCAUGUGUAUUUAGUUACCUAUUAUUUAACACUUUUAUAUACCACUUUCUGAUUGGACUUUAAAUAAUAAGUAAAACAAUGCAUUCAAUCUAAGGCAUACUAGUGACGUGGGGGCUGCAUAUAAGCAAGAGGGGCACUCCAGGGACAAAUGAAUUUGGAAUCGGGUGAAGAGGCCAGGGCAGACUAGCCCCCCGCUUUUUUACCUAACAGAUCUCAAGCUCAAAGUAAAUUAAUUCAAUAAAUAUAGAGCAGGCCGGUAGAAAGCCAGCUGAGGUGUGUGGGGUAUGCAGAGUAUUGUACUGAAUCUUACUGGGUAGAAGUCAUGAAUGCUUUCUCCAUGCAAUAUGCUCUUGGUCCUUGGGGAAAACAUUUGUUCCUCAAGGGUAAGGUAGAUGAAAUGUAGAAGUUUAGAGAGGCAGUGGGUUGGUGUAUGAAGCCUUUGGGAACAUGGCAGUGGUAGCCAGGGAAUGGAUGUUGGAUAAUUCCCUCAGAUAUGGAAAUGGGAGCAAAAAUUUGCCACAGUGUGCAUGUUCGUCGGAGGUCAGGAAUGGAAAUAACACAAGUGAAUAUGAGUGGUAUUCACUAUGAUUGUAUUUUAGGUCUGUAAAUGUUAUAUAAGUAAUCAACAUUAUUUUCUGCAUAGUUUUUUACUUUUCUGUUCCGUUUAAAUUGAUUACAGCCAUAUCGAAUAAUGAGACAAAUCACAUAGGUUUCCGUGGAAACUGAAUUGUAGCAGAAUGGAAACACUGCUGUUUGCGAUGAACACAAAAUAGGAGUGAGGCUCUCUGGGAAGGAAGGAAUCACUCUGAGGAAGAGGCAUUUGAUCCCCUAGAAGGGACCAAUUUCCUAGGAGAUAAUGGUGAAAAAGGUGAAAUCUGUGUUGGAGAUCAUUAUGAAGGGGACUGAAAAUAAAACUGUUAACAUCAGAAUGCCAUUAUACAAAUCUAUGGUGUGACUGCACUUCAAAUAUUGUAUUCAGUUCUGAUUGCUUCACCUCCAGAAGGAUAUUGUAGACCUGGAAAAGGUUCAGAAAGUGGCAACCUAAAUCAUCAUAGGACUGGAACAACUCCCUUAUGAGAAAUGGCCACAACAUCUGGGACUUUUUAGUUAAGAAAAAAGGCAAGUAAGUGAGGAUAUAAUAAAGGUGUAUAAAAGUAUGUAAGGUGUGGAGAUAGUAGAGAGGGAGAAGUUUUUCUCCAUCUCUCAUAAUACUAGAACCUGGGGUCUACCAAAGCUAAAUGAGGGAAGAUUCAGAAUGGACAAAAGGAAGUACAGUCAUACCUUGGUUUUCAAACAGCUUAGUUCUUGAAUGUUUUGGCUCCCAAACGUCACAAACCUGGAAGUGAAUGUUCCGGUUUGCGAACUAUUUUUGGAAGCCGAACGUCUGACGUGGUUUGUGCGGCUUCUAAUUGCUGCAGGAGCUCCCUGCAGCCAAUCAGAAGCCGCGCUUUGGUUUCUGAACAUUUUGGAAGUUGAACGGACUUCAGGAACAUAUUCCGUUCGUCUUCCAAGGUACGACUGUACUGCUUUACAUAGUGCAUAGUUAAACUAUGGCAUUUGCUACCACAAGAUAUAAAUAUGGCCACCAACUUGAAUGGUGUAGACCAGUGGUUCCCAGUUAGGAGUCCUGGGACCCCAGGGAUCCACAGAACGCACCCAGGGAGUCCACCGCCUCCACCGCUUGCCUCCCCGCUCCCAACUAUUUUUUGUUUUGUUUUGUUAUUUUUUUGCAUGGCAAUAUCACAGAUUUUAGCGCUGUGUGAUUUUUCAAUAUAUUGGCCCAAAUCAGUUUUGAAAUCACACUACGACAAUGAUUUUGACCUGGCAAUAUUCAGCAAUAUAUUGCUCCUUGUGCGAGGGAGAGCAGGGCAGCUGAUUUCAAGGCACUGCCGAUAUCCCGCAAUGAUCUCGGCUGAUAACGUGGCUGCUCUGAGCUGCCUUACCGUGAUACUACCUUCCCUGGUGCUGAGGUGGAGCAGCUUUUCUCAGUAGGAAAGCAGCAGCCGCAGCCACAGCAGACAGUGCGUCUUCAGUGGCUGCUACUGCUGGCUGCCUCUGCUGGCUGCCCCCUUGACUGCGGCUUGAUGCACCCCCAUCCCCUUCCACUCAAACCAUGCAGUGGAGGUGACUCUGCUUCCUCUCCUCCCCCCAACCAUCUGAUCUCCACAGCUGCCCCUUCCCUCAUCCCCACGCCUGAUCUGCAGGCACCCGACCCACACAAUCUCCUUGACUUCUGCUUCCCUCAUCCCCACACCUGAUCUGCAAUUUCAGACAUUGUGAUAUAUCAGAAUAAUGUGGUGCUUAACUGCUGAUAUAUCACGAUGUUGAAAACCAGAUAAUGCUCAAACCUAGUCUGUUUUUUUAGUAUACCUAAAAUUCUUUGCUUGUUAGGAGCUACCCCACAUUUUGUUCCCAAAAAAAUAAAUAAAUGCAGAGGUAACUACCAUAGAGUUUUCAAAACUUUCAAAAGUAGGGGGUCCGUGGCUUGGGUUUUGAAAAAUAAGGGGUCCUGGGUAUUUAGCUAAUUGGGAACCACUGGCGUAGACAAGAUCAUAAAGGAUAAUGGCUACCUGCGCUAUUAGAGGCAUUAUGUCUCUGAAUACUGGUUUCCCAAAUGCAUCUAGUUGGCUGCUGCAAGAACAAGAUGCUGGACUACAUGGGCAUUUGGUAUUAUCCCACAGGGCUCCUCUUAUGAGACCAGUGCUUUGAAUUAUACCUGGAAACAAAUUGGAAUUCAGUGAGGAUGUUUUCAGCCCUGGAGAAAUGUGAUCCAACUGGUGAUUCAUUGAUUUGCAUAAUUUAUUCUGCUUACCAUGAGCGCAAAGAGGGGAAAGAGCUGUCUGACCAUAGGAAUGCUUCUCAGGCCUCUGCCUGGCUUUUGGUCACAGAGAUUUUGCCAGGCGUUAGCCACACACUUUGUCAAGGCUGUCCCUGGAGCCACAAGCAGGGCUGAGUGUACUCCACUCUGAAGGGGGGUGGGGACCUGCUGUCAGGAAAUCCAAAUUCUGUGCCAAGAAAAGUUGACUUCUGCAACAUGUAUAAAUCAUGCAAAUGGAGGACCUUUUCAUCGUUUGCUUUUGCUAGAAACAGGAGGGGUGAGGUCAUUGAUGCACCAGUCUCCACUCUUGCAAAUCUUUUUCAGCUAUCUCUGGUUGCAAAUAUUUCCUCAGCCAUUACCCACAUAUUUCCGUGUAUAUCUUAAAAUCCAUAAAGACCUAAACAGCUGCAUUUUAAAAAUGAAACUUGAGAUUCUCAGGAAACUGAAUUUCUAUACCCACUACGCAACCUGCAUUUCUCUUCUGUGAUCUUCCAGAAUUGCAGCAUACAAAAAGUCCUGAUCAAGAGCUAGAAGUUUGCUUUACAAAAGAAAAGGUGUUCUUCACAACACAUGUGGGUUUUGUUUAUAGCACAGGUGGGCAAACCAUGGCCCCAGCCUCAUUUUAUGCAGCCCCCAAUGCCUCUGUCCCAUUCCUCUUUCCUCUGUCCCAUUCCUCUUUAACUGCGCAGGCCUACAUUUCCCAGUAUGGGUUUGAAUCAUCCCCGCAAAACAGUGACACUCUGAAGGCAACCUAAAUUUAGCCACAAUCGCUUUAUGUCCUUCUAGCAUAGAUUGCAAUUAGGAAACACACCUAAUUCCUGUGCAAAGCUUGAUUGCUUAUUUAUUUAGCAAUUAUCGAAUUUUAUACCUCAUUUUUUAAAGAAAAUACUGUAGUCAAGGUGGGUUAUAAUCAGUUUAAUACAGUGUUGGAGUUCAAACACAGCAUGCCAGUUUAUCAAGGCAAAGAACAGCAGAAGCGCCACAGGUUUAUGACACAGGUGCUAACACCUGCAGAGACAAUGUGGGUUGGGUAACAGAUGCUUUGUAAGACUACUUAGCAGGGUAAGAAGAAAAGCAGGAUGUACACAGCAAGCAGACUAAUACCCAGUCUUCUGAUGUGGGAUUAGAUGCCAUCCUACCUCUUUUCCGGCAGACAUGCCUAACUAUCCCACUUCCUUCCAUUCUUUUCCAACUCCUUUUUCUCUCCCAGUUCAGCCACUGAAGCAAUUUACUCAUCUAGCUCAGUAAUAUCUGAGUGGCAGCAUCUGUCCAGGGCUUCAGGUACAGGACUUUCCCAUCAUCUUCUUCUACCUGAUCUUUUUUUAACUGGAGAGGCCAGGGCGUGAACUUACAUGCAAAGGAUGUGCUCUAUCACUCAGCUACAUUUUCUUUCUCCCAAUCUACAUAAAAGUUGUGAACGAAUCAGGUCUGUUAUAGGAACCUGGACCUUUGACAUGCGAUAGCUGUCCUUUAGCCAUGGCUAUCCCCGUUAAGCCACAAGAGAGAUAAUAAUAAUAAUAAUAAUAAUAAUAAUAAUAAUAUAAUUUAUUUAUACACUGCCCAUCUGGCUGGGUUUCAACUCUGGGCGGCUUCCAACAAUAUUAUUAAAAUACAAUAGUCCGUCAAACAUUAAAAGCUUCCCUAAACAGGGCUGCCUUCAGAUGUCAUCUAAAAGAUGUGGCUGGAACUAAAUAUCACACACGUUAAGCGGGGGAAACCCACAACCUCUUCCUGAACGCCGAGGUAGCAGGUGCUUGCAGAUUUAUGCAAUGCACCCCAUGAAUGCAAACUAAGCCUUUGAAAUGUUAGGGAGAAGCUGCCCUUGUACAGAAUCAUAUGGACAAGUGGUUCGUCCAGGGGACCUGGCAUGUUCUUUCUGCAGAAGGAGGGGUUUUGAUAUUGGGCGCAGAUUUUGUAAUGCUGUUUUAUUCAUUUCAAGAAAUGAAAUCAAGUUUCUAGUCCCUGAAGCAGGAAAAAGAAGCGUGAAUAACAGUUAGUAAGCAGGGUUCCCAGUGAUUCACUGGAUGGUGUUUGAGGACCUCCUUACUCCUCCCAAGAAAUGUAUAAGCCAUGACAAAAAUUAAGCAAAUCUUUUCAAAAUCAUUUAAUUAGCUGUUUUCAGGAUGUAGUGGCCAGCUUUUCUGGGCAGUGAAAAAUCUUGGAUAACCUUUUCUUGGGAUUUAGUGAUAUCUUUAUUUUUAAGGAGAGGCAAAAUUCAGGUGUCCUCUGAUGAAGCUGAUCCAGGAGAAGAAGGAAUUCCCAGGGAAUAGCUGGAGGGCCUUGUAUGAUGUAUAUGCAUGUGUGUAUAUGUAUAAUCUUAAUCUGAACCUGAUACGGAUUUUUGUCAUGGAUCUGCAUGCCAGAUGUUGUCUGCACCUGGAGGAGCCGGUUACUCCAGGCAGAUGUUUUUGGUGAUGAGCCAGAGUUGCUGUGGAUGGUGGGUAAAGAAAUGGCUUCUGAGAUAUACAAUCUAGACUGUCAUCCUCGCUUGAUGCCUUCCCCUUACAGCUUCCUUUCUCACUUGCUGCUGGAAGGGUGGAAUACAUUGUCUUUUGAUCUUCCUUUUAUAGAGUCGGAAGGACAAGGAAAGGCCUAAACAGAAGCACAAGAAGCAUUCGGAAUCACCCACAAGUCUCACACUGUCCUCCACUCCCAUUGUCACUGAAAAGGUAAUGAAAACCCCAUGUGAGGUGUUUGCAAUGGAGCACCAAUAUUUGUUUGUUGGUUGGUUGUUUUGGCAAGUGCUGUGAUAUUUGGUAUCGGUGUCUAAUAUUCAGCUUCUUGAAAAAGCGUAGGAGUUGUUUUCGUGUUUUGAGACCUCAUGAUUGUGAAGAUAAGUGUGUUGAUAUAAAUGUUAGAUUCUCAGAAGCCAGAGGGGAGAAUAAGCAAGGUUUCAAUAGACACACCUGUGUUCUGCAUUCCCCAUGUAGCCAUGAGAAAUACAAAACAUUAUAGUAUGGGGCGGGGGGGGGGGAGAGAAACACAACUGCAGUAAAUUUUAACCUCACUUUUCAGGUUGCAGAAUUCAGUUUUUCUGGGUGUACAAACAAGAUUAACCUGUCCUAUGAUCUUUGGGUGAAGGGUGGUAUAUAAAUUUUAAUAAUAAUAAUAAUAAUUUACCCGAAUUCAGGACCUGUGUUUUAUACACAGCCCUCCCUUGAGAGUGGAAAAAAUAGAUCAAGCAAGAGAAGAAAGAUAGAUGUACAAGUCCUUCCUUGCUGCACCCACUCCAAUUUGUUUCAGGUCCUAAUUGCACACAUUCCCCCAAUGCUCUUCCCUUCACUUCCCCACCACAAGCAAGCUCUGAGCCCUGAGAAGCUCAUAUUGCAGCUGUCUGCUGCUGAUGACAUAAUCGCUAAGCUAAACCCUUGAGUGAUUUCAGAAGCAUGUCACAGCUCGUUCCUGAAGAACAUGUUUCACUUCAGGCCUUCCGUAGCAUUAAUAAUCUAAUCGCAGAGCUUUGCUUUGCUCUCUCUCUGUCUCUCAAGCCUGAUUGUAAACCAGGUGAAACGACUGGGCUACAUUUUCUAGGGCCAAAUCUCACAUUACUUAAUCUUCAUCAGGGUUAGCCCAUUAGGCUAAGUAGGGAAGUGAAAGCCUGCCGGAGGAAUUCCAUUUCCAGCUCUGUUUUCCAAGCCUCUGGCAGCAGAUUUUCUAUGGAAAAAUCAAUCUCUUGGCUUGAAUUUCAGGCAGUUCUGUUUGUGCUAUGAUUGCUUCAAUGCUGCCAAUUGCUUGGUUCAAUAAAAAGCCCCAUAUGUGUUCACACAUAGGUUUUUGUUCACAUGCGUAAUGCAUAAUAAUUGGGCUUUGAGGCUGGAGAUGGGCAGUGGUUUUUUUAAAGAGCUGAAAGUGGUCCAAGAGAGAGGAAUCUGUUUCUGUAGUCAUUGCACACAUACUUCUUUUGUCCCACUGUUACCUCUGGCCAAGCAGGUUUUGCAGGGUUUUGAAACAAUACAAACUACUGCAAGACCUGUUUACCAGAGCUAAAAACGGGAUGCGUGUAUUUGCUGCAGAAGCAGUUAUCCCUCUUUCAAACCACUUGAUCUAGUUCCAUCCUUAAGAUAAACAUUUUGACUUACUUUGUACCAGAUUGCACUGUAGGAUGGGCAUGGUAGGCUGUUUGAGAGCGUGCAUAUUUUAAGUCAUGUAGUGAGAUGAUGUUGCCGGAUUUUUUGAGAUUGUAGGAUGUGGUUUGAUGUUCAGAUACCACAAAAAUGCAGCUGGUAUGAAACAAAGUGAUUAGCGGUGCAAUCUGAACUCCCUCAGGAAGAAGGGUAGGAUAUAAAUUUAAUAAUAAUAAUCUUAUGUAUGUCUACACAUGCAUUAUUGGAGGGGAUUAUUGGGUUGUCUUUGGUUUUGUUUUUAUUGUGUAUUUUGUGUUUUCUAUAUUGUGAUUUUAUGUUGUGAACCGCCCUGAGAUCUAUAUGUAUAAAGUGGUAUGGAAAUUUAAUAAAAUAGUGGCAAGAAGUGCCAGCUGGUUACCCACCCUGAACCUUUGCCAGCUCUUGGACCUAUGCUCCUUAUAAUGUAGCUUAGGGGCUCAAUGACUGGGGGCACCAGCGGGCUAGGAAAUCAGCUUCCUCCCUUGAAGACCAUGGGAACAAAAUAAUGCCUAAAUCUGCAGUAGGACCUUGAAGUAUGGUUCUCAUUAGUUUGCUGCAGGCCUCAUCCAUAUAGGUGCAGGGUGUGGAGCGUAUAAGCGGGACCCUUAGUAGAGCUUGCUUUCACUUCUUGAAAACAUCAUUUGUUUAACCAUCAGAAACCCCUCUGCUAAUGAGUAAUUCCUGGGGAAACUGUCGUCUGCCCUGCAAUCCUAUCCUGCUUAAUUAAACUAGAUUGUUUUAAUUGGAUCUAGCAUAGCCUGAAUGUGGAUUUAUAUUCUUGUGGGAUUAGUUUAGUUCAACUGUUGUUCUCCAAAAGUUUGUCCAGAAGGGGCCUGGUCACCCCCUUUCGCCUCUCUACCUUGAAAUGAUGUCUAUUUCAUGUGAAUGGAUUUAAAUAUGUGUGGAGAUGCUUAAUAGAGAUUGUGUGCAUCCACAUGGAUUGGAUGAGGUGCUCAAUGUGUGUAAGCCUCCACCACCAUAUUGUUAAUGUUGAUCAGAUAGACUAAGUGCUUGGUAACGGCUUCAUGUCAGAGGUAAAUAUCAGUCAUGGAUAAUCUGUGAAAAAAGUAUUUAGUGAAGGCAUGUGAAUAGAGUUUCCAAGGUCAUUUUGUGGUUAGAACCAAUGGGGCCAACUGCGGAGUUUUGUAAUGUGUGAACACUGGGGACAAGAGAUUAGAAACCACAUGGUAUACCAUGGGUAGCCAAUGUGGUGCCCUCUAGAUGUUGCGGACAGCCAGGGAUGUGGGUGGUGCUGUGGUCUAAACCACUGAGCGUCUUGGGCUUGCCGAUUGGAAGGUCGGCGGUUCAAAUCCCUGUGACGGAGUGAGCUCCCAUUGCUCAGUCCCAGCUCCUGCCAACCUAGCAGUUCGAAAGCACGCAAGUGCAAGUAAAUAAAUAGGUACUGCUGCGGCAGGAAGGUAAAUGGCAUUUCCAUGCGCUCUGGUUUCUGUCACAGUGUUCCGUUGCACCAAAAGUGGUUUAUUCAUACUGGCCACAUGACCUGUCUUUGGACAAACGCUGGCUGCCUCGGCCUGAAAGUGAGAUGAGUGCCGCAACCCCAUAGUCGCAUUUGACUAGACUUAACUGUCAUGGGGUCCUUUAUCUUUACCUUUGUGGACGACCUCAUCCUAACAUCUCUGAUAAUUGGCCAUCCUGGCUGUGGGACGUAUCAGUGGUCAGAGCCAAUAUUUCUGCACUCUCAACCCUUUCCUAAAUUCAAAGCAUAUUCCUUGUUCAAAAAUAUUAACCAGCUAAUCACAAACUGAAUUUUAACAGCGGAACAAGAACUCAUUUAUGUUAUGUGUCUUAUAGCAUCCAGUGUCAAUGACUUCCAUUAGCGAAAUGCACACUUUCAGUCUUAACCUGCCUUCCUGGGAAUAUUCUCAAGUUUGGAGAGAGAGAGAGAAUGAAUAAUCCCCCCCUCACUCUCUCUCUGCUGCUUGUAAGCCUCCAAAGUGUCCGUCCCUUAGACAUUGUGGAGUACAGAAUGGGCUGAGAAUCUUCACAUGGAACUUUUCCCACUCUGCCACCUGCGUGGCUCCAAGAAUCCUGGAAGGAGUUAAAAUUGGCCAUUAAGAAAAUUAUGUAGCUGGGUAAGACAACCUGUUAGGAGGCCCAGAGCUGGAACUGCAAACAGCAGGAUAUCUCUCCAGGUCAGGACAAGGGUGAGGCCACAGAGAUAUGUGGGAGACCCAGGGGGAGGGUGGCAGGGCGGGGCUGGGCUGGGCUGGGGGGGCUGUUUGAGACAGGUCAGGAUUACACAGCAUUAGUGAAAUUUCUCUUUGGGGCCUGUCAAGGGUUCAAAAUGAGCACAUCUAGGGUAAAGCAGCAUAGUGCAUGUAAGGCAAUACCUCUCAAAUCCAAAGAUCUGAGGAUAGUUUAAAAUAAGUGUAUGGUGAUUGUGCAAGCGCUUGCUCAAACACACAAACUAGGUUGUUUUAAUUUAGCGUAUUUUUCCGUCUAUAAGACGCCCCCUAUUAUGGGGGACUCCGAUUUAAGAAAAUGGGGGGGAGAUACUAUCCGUGUAUAAGACGAGCCCCAAUUUUGAACCUUAUUUUAGAGUAAAAAAACAUAGUCUUAUACACGGAAAAGUACGGUAGUUUAGGAGUUGUGGUGUUUCUCCUGUGCCAUCCAUGUACAUGGCACACACUAACAUGGGGAAAUAUGACAAGAUACCUGCCCCAAGAAGCUUACAAUCUACAUAUUAAUAGCACUAGAGGGAGCACUAGAGGCAGGGGAGGGUGGAGAUAAAGCUGUUCGGGGGCGACUGUGAGUAAGCAGGAAUAUGCUUACUCAAUUAGACUCCCUUUCAAUUCAGGAUGAGGAGUAAAUGAUUUAUUUUUGCUACUAAUUAGCAGUAAUGAGUGCAAUAUAAUAACAAAUCAUCAUCGUUGUUGUUGUUCUUUUCUAUUUCUGCCCCCCCCCCCGCCAUAUCCAGGUUAGACAUAACAUUGUUAGCAAAUUAAAGUCCAGAAACAUGAAAAAUACAGGUGGAAACAAUUGUUCGAAUGCUUACUCAUAUGUUACAAUGUCCUGUUUGGAGAUAUUAGCUGGAUCGCUUAGAGGGAGGGGAAGAUAACAGACUGUGUUUAGGGAACAGGCACACUUUCGUCAUUGGGGAGAGCUGCCCCCCUCCACCUGCAGUUUUUUUAAACCUCAGAAUUGCUUAUUGCAACUAUCACUGCUUUAUGGAGACAUUCAUGCCUUUCUGGCAUCGAACUCAAACCACAUCUUGGAUCUGCUUGCAUGCUUGGAAAUUUAAGGAGCAAAGACUCCAGUGUUUAAUAGGCCUGGAAACAAAGGCUCAAUAAUGAAUGUGCACAUACAGAUGUAAGCAGCUCACCCACUUGCUCAGCCACAGCUCUUAUUUUACAGCUGUUGCUAUAUCCACAUGAUGCGCACUGAGUAUCCCUUGGGAUACAUUCAUGUGCAGUAACAUGUGGCCAAAGCUGCAGCUUCCCACCAAGAAAUUGUCAGACUGCAGGUGGCACAUUUCCUCCCCUCACCUGGUGAUAUAGGAAUUGAAACAUUUGCUUCCAAGUAGCUGCAUCCACACACGACCUGAUGAGCCCUUGGUAAGGGGAGCUGUCGUCAUAUGAAGGAUACUUUGAACAUCUGAAUUAGCGGACCGCACUUUCAAAUACAGUGGUACCUUGGUUUAAGAACAUCUUAGUUUAUGAACAGGGAUUAAGAACUCUGCAAACCCGGAAGUAGGUGUUUUGGUUUGUGAACUUUGCCUUGGACGCAGAACAUGUUUCGCUUCCUGUUGAGUGUGUUCUAUUUGUAAACGGAGUCUGCCGCUGUUAUGGGAAAGCACAUCUCGGUUUAAGAACGCUUUGGUUUAGGAAUGGACUUCCGGAACCGAUUAAGUUCGUAAACCAAGGUACCACUGUGCAGUUUGAGGAGUCUCAGUUUACCAUCAGGUUCAUGAACAUCUCUGGAGAGUGGGGCUGCAAUAGCUGUGGGUGUUUACAGUUUGGGGAGGAGGAAGAAUAGCUUUGGGAGUGAGAAUGUGGUUGGGUACGGCAGCUUCCGUGCCCUCUGCCCCCAUCGUGGAUGAGGUGAGAAUUGCAAGCUGAGAACACACUUAGGUUGCGUCCAGUCUUCCUGAGAACUCUGUCCAAAGUGGGCAUGAUAGCCGUUUUAGGGUAGUGGGCCCUGUGCUGGUCUUGAGUCCCCAGCAAAUGCCCGAUUUUACCAUCCAGGCAGCAGCAGGGCUAGGAGAGAGUGCCAGCCCUUUGGGCAAAUUUGCAGCCUUCACUCAUCCAGCAGUGGUAACUCUGACGGGGCAAUAGGGGCAGAGUGCUACUGAGAUCUCUGCCUUAAGGUCAUAACAGUGGCAAGGGUUGCCAUAUUUUGAAAUGGGCAGAAGAAAAAUGCAGGGCAAAGGCAAAACCACCUGGACCUGUGUCUAGAAAAGCACAGGACAAGUGGAAAACUGAUCAGACCCAUGCUUCCUAUGCACAGGACAAGUGGAAAUUGCCCACAGAUAGGACAAUAAAAGAAAAUGAAGCAGCCAGAGCUCCAGUGCUGUAACUAAGGGCUCGAUGACAGCAAAACGACUCAGUUACCUGAAGAAAUUAAAUAAUACUUAAGCUGCCUUCGUGUCUGGGUGGUGUCCUUACCUGGAGAAAAAUAAUCUGGAUUCAUUCUGAUUACAUUGGUGGAACAUGGACAUCAUAGUGGGAGCAGACACAAAUGCCCUCUCCCCCUGCAUCCCCACCCCCGCUUGUCCCUCAGCAGCUGGUAUUCAGUGGAGUGGCUGAAGUUUAGCCAUUAUGACUAAUAGCCAUAGACAGACCUGUCCACCGUGAAUUUUGUCCAGUCCCCUUUGAUCUAAGCCCACGGCUAUCACCACGUUUGUGGCAAGUUUCAUACAUCAGAUAGGCACUCAUGCAGAAAUUUACCAACCACAACAGAGAGACCCAGUGUUCCCCAGGCAGCGACAAUUUAUAUAUUGGUUUAACACUGUAGUCUCUAGACAGUGUACAAGCAGGUUACAAAAGACACAGCAGAUAUGAAAUUAUUAGGCCUAAAAGACUCUUGUAGGUCAAAUAUUUGAUACAUACUACUGAGCUGAUAGCUGAACUCCUCCUGCUGCCUCCCGAGCAUUGAAGUUCUGUGUAAUACCCCGGAGACUCUUGGCUCUGUUGCUGUCUUCCUGGAGAUAUUCAUAUCUGCUCAAGUCACAUCCUAUCCUUUUGUAGAAUCUAGAAGUGUAUUACCAGGAACUUGGAAGUGAAAGCCCACCUCUCCUGAGGCACGGGAGUCCCAUUGCCCAUUGCUAAAUGCCACUCAGGCUAUUAAGACGUGGCAGAGAUUGAGGAGCUUCACCUAUUUCCUGGACCAAUGAGGCAGUAGCAGCAACGACAAGAGAAUAUCCUCCAUCCCAGUGAAGAAAGGCCCAGCUGGGUAGUGGACUUCACUACUCAGCCCAAAGCAGGUGUUCCCACUGGCGCGCCAUCAGCUUCCUAUGGUUAUGUACCGGUUGGGCAUAUACGAUGCAACUAUGCCUACAUACAUGGACUGUUCCCAUUAUCUCUUGUAAAUAAGAUGAUAGUUCAAGGACAAACAGCAGAGGUGUUAACUGGAUUAAAUUUUCAUAUGUACCAUUCAGGGAUGUGUCCAAGACAAAAUCCUACUGACUCACUGUAUCCAUAAGGGAAAAUAGCCCUUUUGUACAUGGGCUGCUAAGCAAGAAAUAGGCAUAUAAGUCCACCUUAUGAAUUGUAUUUCCGUGGCACAUGCUGUAGUGAUAAGCCUGGAUUGGCCCAGUUUCCUUCUGUUUUGUGCCCUGGCCCAAGAAGUAGAGUGGGGUGGAUGGAAUAAGUUCUACUACGGGCACAAAACAACCUGGGAAUCCACCUGUCCAAGAUUUAAACUAUCCAAUGAGUUGAUACAACUUCCCAGAAUGCCAAGACUGUUCCAGAUCACAAUGAUGCCCUUCAGAUUCCAUGGGAAAGCUGCAAGUUUUCAGUUAUGUACAGACAAGGUCUUGUUCUGAUUUGAGAAUGGAAUCAUAGAAUCAUAGAGUUGGAACGGACUCAAAGAUGUCCACAUUGACGAUGAUGUCAGUGUUCAGCAAGCAUUUGGGGGUGGGGAGUCCUGUGAAUCCUCUGUGCUGGGUGCAUUGAUAAUACCAUUAAAAUGCAAGUUCAGUAUUUUGUUUCAGAGUUAUCCUGUGUGACAGGAUACCUGGCCUACCGCUGGAAUGAAAUGUCAGCAGAUUGGGAGAGUUGUGGGCUACUGCCAGAAAUUCACUGUGAAUUUAGUUGCCUUGUUGGCUAACCUUUUGACUGAUUUGGUUGCGGGGGAAACAAACCAUGUGGACAGAUACUUUAUGGACUUUCGUUUGCAACACAUCCCUGCUGUGCUGUGUGCAACAAGCUUCAAUAAACUCCAUUGUUCACACUGAUGCCUCUAAGUUGUUGUGCCUGAACAACAGAUCCCUCCCAUACUAUCCCUGAGAUACAAACUCUCCCAUCACGAGUGAAUGAAAAUAAUUUAAACUCCACAGGGUGAGAGCAUGCUCUGGUUUAGAACUGGGAUCCUCUCAGGUGAGAGAGGAGAAUUAGAUAGUCCAUUGGGUGUGAGGCAUGACUCUAUUAAUGCUUCAGAGAUGGGUAGAGUCUCUUGCCUGUGUAUGCUUGGCAGCGAUCCUUUUUGGGUCGUAACAUUGAGUGUGAGUGGUUUUGUGUCCGAGUGGUUGGUAGUGAAUGAUUGCAAUGGUUGUGAGUGAGGCUGACUGAGUGCUUGGGUGAAUAAACGUGUGUUGCGUUAUGCUGCUUUGCAAUGCUCUCUGGUUUUGUUUAUUGUGAUAACCGUUUCUAUAUGUGGAUGUUGUUUGUGCAUUUGUUCUGUUACUAUAUAAAUAAUUUGAGAUCGUUUUUAUUGUACUUAUUGUGUUUAUAUAUUUUCAAAUGCCUUUUUUCACUCUACAGUAUUGUGAACUGCUUCGAGGUCUUUUACUAGUAAGCAGUCUAUAAAGGCAAACCAUCAUGGUCACUGAGAGAGAGGCUGUGGCAACAACCAACAUUACUUAGGGGGAGGUGUCUUCAUUGCACAUAAACAACCCCUACCCCUCCCUCAUACAGUGGUAUCUUUCCCUCUAGGGCUUCCCUCCCACUUCCUUUAAGGUGGUUCAUCAGGCCAGGCACCGCCAUGAUACAUGGGAUUUUUUUUGUCCCUGACGACGAAUCACUGCCCUGAUAUCUCUGAUCUCUAAGGAGUUACCUCCUAGCCAUUAAUACCUGGACAACAAAUUCUUAUUGAGUUCAUUGUCUUACUGUUUUUUUUCUCAGUCCCUGCAAGGAAUUAUGGGGUCACCAUUUCUGGAAUGGAGUGUUUUGAUGAGGGUGUUCAGGAAAGAUUGUCUCUGCUUCUUCUUCGCGGUUUUCUCCUCUUUUCUCUCCCUCCCUCCCUCUCUCCCCCUCCCAUGUGUUCUCUUGGCUUAUACUAGUGCAAUUAGACUCUCUCUUUCAUCACCCAUGGAGUCGCCUGGUUCACGGAGCUGUCUGGAGCUGACAUGCUAAGAAGAUUAUUCUCAAGGUCUCAGUGAAACUUAAAACCUGGCUGCUUAGCUUGGGUUGUAGACAAUUAACCCUCUGUUUCCUUUAAAUAAUAAAAAAAAGAGGGAGAGGGAAGCCCCAUCAGACUUUUAUUGCAUGUAGACAAUGAGGGAGAAGGAAAAGAGUCUCAUCAGAGAUGAGGCAGCCUGAUCCAUUAUUGGGAAAUUAGGUGAGAAAAGGCCAACACCUUACCCCUCUCCACAAACACAUCCAUGUAAAUAAACAUGGGGCAUGGUCCAUCAGGCAGUUCUGACAAGUCCCAUUGAAAUUGUCAUAGAAUCAUAGAAUUGGAUGGGACCCCAAGGGUCAUCUGGUUCAACCCCCUGCAAUGCAGAAAGAGCUGUGCAAGAGUGCAAUAGUUCAUUUCACUGCAGCUUAACAAUAACAACAACAAUUUGUUAUUUCUACCCCAGCCACUCUGGGCGGCUCCCAACAGAAUAUUAAAACAUGAUAAAACAUUAAAAACUUCCCUAAAUGGGGCUGCCUUCAGAUAUCUUCUAAAAGUCAGAGAGUUGAUUAUUUCCUUGACAUCUGCUGGGAGGGCAUUCCACAGGGCAGGCGCCACUACCGAGAAGGCCCUCUGCCUGGUUCCCUGUAACCUCACUUCUCGCAGUGAGGGAACCGCCAGAAGGCCCUCGGAGCUGGGCCUCAGCAUCCGGCCUGAACGAUGGGGGUGGAGACGCUCCUUCUGCUUGUGCAGAAGAACUUCUUGGUGGAUUAUGCCCUGUGUUAAAUGGUAAGAGAGGUAGGUGCCUUUUAGAUUGACCACCUCAUGUACCAAAUUGGCUUGUGGCCAAUGCUGCUUAUCUGAUCUAAGGAGGUAAGUAGCCUUUUGUGAAAGCAGAACCUCACCACACACACACACACACACACACACAGCCCUAUGCUUUAGUGACUGCCAGCUAAGUAUGCAACAUCCUAUUGUUUUGUUGUCCUGUCUGGCAAAAAAACACCCACACAAAACAAAAAAAACCUGUGUUUGAAUGAGGGCUGAUCUGACCAGUCUUGGCAUGAAUGGUUUUAAUGAUCUUGUGAAUAAGGAAUGAUACUGUGCUCUGAUGAAUGCAGAUUGACGCAUCUGUGGCAAAAGCAAUACCUUGAAAACUUGCCAGUAAACACAGCAAGGUUUGUGAUCUCAAGGCAUGUAGUUGGAAGUACAACCUGCCUUCUUGUCUGGAAAAAACCCCCAACCCUGAUCUCAUCCAUCAGCGUCUCAAAAGUGAAGGAGAGAAAUGGAUUCAGCUUUGGCACCUGCACCUAUGGCUCCUUCCAAGAUGUACAGGAAUAAGCCUUCUCCCUGCUAAACUCAAUGCUGGAGAAAGGGCAAGCACGCAGCCCUUGGCUUCCACAGCCCAGUGCCAACAAUGCUGGUUGUCUCCUUUUGAUUGGCUGGGAAAGAGAGAAUUUGUGGUACCGUUGCUAAGGCAGCCAAAUUUGUAUUCUGUGCCAAUAUGCAAAUAAGUAGGUGAUUUCAAAGCCUAUUCAGCAAAAAAUUAGUUCAAGCUUUUACUUUUUAAGCAAACCAAUCUGGUGGGAGAGGGAUAUUUCCCAUCACAUUACUAUUUUUAUUAUUACUGUAUUAUGUUAUUAUUUUUCGCAGAUUUGCUUCUGUUCCUCACUCGUUUUCUUGUCGCAUCUUAGAAAGGGUAUCCUAGUGCUGGAAAAGAUUAAAAAGAAACAGGAUGACAAAAACGAUUGCUGGGGUUGCAGCAUCUCCUACAUACGAGAAAAGUGUUUGGGGUUGUUUAGAAAGGAAGGAGGCAAGAUUAAGGUUUAUUACAUUAAGUGUUUCAUAGCCGUGAAGCCCUUUUUUAGCUUCACGGUUGCUGCAUGGCACUGAACUUCUUUCGCAGUUUUGAAUAACUUUUGAGAGGAAUCCUGUAUCUUUGAAAUAACAAGGAUCCACAGUGAGGAGGGUCAAGUUCUGCAGUAAAUAUAGCUUUUGCCCCCGGACCACUAUUCAGAGAAGAGAGAGACCCUUGGAGGAGAAAACAGCCAUCCCUGCAUUAAUCCAUUAAUCAAUAAACCGCUCGGAAUCUAUAAAUGCUAAAAGGAAAUACUGAAUUUUCUUUCCUUCAGCAGGACUAAUAGGUUUUGCAUCUACAGGCACUGCCUCCUUUUCUCUUAUUGCUGAUAACAACAAGGCAAGAUAGCCUCUUUUACACUUGGGGGAAUCCAUACCCUGCUUUCUCUCUCUCUGCAAUGUAGUUGAAUUGAGGUCUCGGUCUACGCAUGCGGCAGAAUGAGAUUACAGAUGAGAAAUAGCGUUUAUGAAUGACACAAAGCCCAUAUUAAAAACAUAAUAAGGUAAACCUGAUUCUAUGAUUCUCCCUGCAAAUGGAAAAUCAGCACAUGAUUGAGGAGCAAAGUUUUUUGCCUACCAUGUUGAUUUUCUAUUUGCAGGGAGUUUUUAAGCACAUAGGAGCUUUCGAAAAUGGGAUAUCCCCCCCCACCUUCCUGAAGUGGUGCAGUCCACUUUGAUGCCUUGUUCUGCUGCCUAAAUCUGCAUCCUUUCACUCCUCUACCCCACUCUGGACGCCCACCCCACCCUGGCAGCUGCAGACAUUCUGAUUACUUGUUGACAGGCAUUCAAUACAUUGCCACAGAUGGAGACCCUCAACAUCUGGCUCUCCAAAUUGAAAACUUUCUCUCUCUCUCUCUCUCUCUCUCUCUCUCUCUCUCUCUCUGCCGUUUGCCCCUCUUGGUUUAUGAUCCCUCCCCAGCCUCCAUAAUCCAGGUCAGGAGGCUGUGACGGAGGAAGAAGUAUUUUAAUUGGAUGCUCUCAUGCCAUAGGCGGAGUUCCCACUGGGUUUCCUAGUGUCACCAGAGAUUGCAGCUGACCUAAAUCCUUUUGGAUAUAAAGCAAGUCUGAGAAAGAAAUUUUAAGGAGGGCUUUAAUUUCCCGACUUGAGAGGGGCUCGCUGUUUGAGCCUGCCUGGAAGUCAUAUUCCCCUAACUUGAAAGCUCUGUUCCCCAUUCUCGGAUAUUUGUGGGUUAGUCACGAGAGGGAAAAUACUCUACACAUGCACAGUGGUGCUCUUAUCUUCAUUAUUGUUUCACACAUCUCUGGGCAUCUUCCUUACACUGGAAAAGAACUUCUAGAACUGUUUCCCUAGCUCAAUUUUCACCCUUUUUUGACCUUCCGUUUGCAAAUAUAAGAAUUGGCUUGCUGGAUUAGACAAGGAGUAUUUUUAGUCCAGCAUGUUGUUUACUGCAGCGACCAACUGGGUGCCUCUGGAAGCACACAAACAGAGCACAGUUGAGACAUCCUGUUGUGUGUUCCCAACACCUGAUAAUCUGAUAUCAUUCCUCAUGUCAUGGAGGUUCAGUUUCACUAUUAUAGUUCCUGGCUAUGGAUAGACUUAGCUAUCUUCCAGGAAGGAAUUGGUCUAAUGCAUUUCUGUACAAUCUGUAUAUUGCUUUGUAUAUUUUAGUUGUCUGUAUGCACUCAUCAGGGAUGGCAUGUUUUCUACCAGUUGCUUGUAUGGGGUUUUCUGUGUAUUUGCAAAUGCUGCUGAAUAAUGCAUCUCAUUUCACACUCAGUAGGUGACAACCUUGUUGGGGCGGGGGUGGUGCUGUGGUCUAAACCACUGAGCCUCUUGGGCUUGCCGAUCAGAAAGUUGGCGGUUCGAAUCCCCACAACGGGGUGAGCUCCCGUUGCUCGGUCCCUGCUCCUGCCAACCUAGCAGUUCGAAAGCAUAUCAAAGUGCAAGUAAAUAAAUAGGUACCGCUCCGGCGGGAAGGUAAAUGGCGUUUCCGUGCGCUGCUCUGGUUCGCCAGAAGCGGCUUAGUCAUGCUGGCCACAUGACCCGGAAAAACUGUCUGUGGACAAACGCCAGCUCCCUCGGCCAAUAAAGCGAGAUGAGCGCUGCAACCCCAGAGUCAUCCGCGACUGGACCUAACGGUCAGGGGUCCCUUUACCUUUAUCCUAACUUGGGAGGAACAGAGAGCCCAUCGCCAUAUCUGAAGUCCUGCAACCUUGCAUCAUCCAGGAUGGAAGUUUUAGUGUUCCAUUGCGCCAGAAGCAACUUAGUCAUGCUGGUCACAUGACCCGGAAAAACUGUCUGUGGACAAACGCCGGCUCCCUCAGCCUGUAAAGCGAGAUGAACGCCGCAACCCCAGAGUCGUCUGCGACUGGACCUAACUGUCAGGGGUCCUUUACCUUUACCUUUUUAAGUGACAACCUUUUUUAUGAAUAGUAUCGUAUUGGUUGGAAUAUAGGCCACACUCCCCCCCUACCCCAAAUCUGGCUUGUAUAAAACUUGAGUGUUGCCUAUAAUAAUCCUCUUGUAGGUAGAGAGGUCGUGAUUUAAGAGCUCUCCUGGGUAUGUGUGUCUAUAUAUUGGGGGGGGGGCUUAUAUUUGGACCAGUAUAGUAAUAAUAAUUUAGAAAAGGCUUUUAAUUUGCAAGGUGUUUUACCAACCAUACCUUCUUCCUCUUCACAACACCUAUACUGACACACUGUUCAGCCAUGGAAUACCUCUGCAACAGGAUACAUGUCUGCUCUGUGUUCCUUGUUUCGUAGGCAGAUCUUGCUCUGCUAUCAUUUAUUUAUUUAAAGUUAAAUAAUAUUUACCCUGCCCUUUAGCUUAAAAAGAAAGGCACUCUGAGCAUCUUGGAAAGAUCAGUAAUAAGAUAUCCUCUGUCCUCGGGUUUAUGGUUUAAAAAAUAAGCUACCAAAGGAAAAACGGUUUGGGAUGGAGGAGGAAUAUAGCAAACCCAGGCACUAAUUCUUAAUUACAUAGUUUGUAUAAUGGCCUGCUGGGAAGGAAACAACUUGAGGAGAGGGGAGCCAAAAGUUGCUGGUCUCUCCAUAGAGCAGAUGGAGUGGCCCUGUUCCUCUUCUCUUCUCUCCUCUUCUGCAACCUAAUGAAGGAACCUGAUGGAGCAGGUUUCUCAGCAGAGCUGAUGGUGGAACCAACCUGCCUCCCUUUCCCUCCUCUGCCGUAUCCUGAUGGGCCUGUUGGCCGAGCAAGGCAGCUGCUGCAGCGACUGCAGCUGCACAUUUUGGCGGCCAGUUGUCCCAUUAUUAAGUUUGUUAUUUAUACAUUUUGGGGUGGUGUGCCCUUUGGAUUUUCUGCCUGGGCCACCCCAAAAUUGGGACCCAUCUCUGUCCGCAAGACUCCUGCUGGGUCAAAUUAAUGGCCAGGAGCUUUUGUGGUCCCUGGGCAGGAAGAGAUUUUCCCUCCCCUUUGCUUCCCUUUUAGUUUGGAAGCCUGCAGGCAGGAGCCGUUCCUACUUCAUCAUCUGAAGCUGCCCUUACAACUGGGCCAGGCAAUUUGGUCUGUCUAGCACAGCCUAGAUCAGCUUUCACCAACCUGCAGAUCAGCUUUGGAGCUGAUGAGGGUUGCAGCACAAAACAUCCUCAGGGCACUAGGUUGGUGAAAGCUGAUCUGGCACAACAUUGCCUACCUCUCCCUGACAUGCUGCUUUUGUGUGUGUUAGAUUACUAGUAUCAGCAGCAGUCACAGUAUUUAAUGGAGAAGCAUCUGAUGGUGUGAGCUCUCACCUGCAUCCAAUGUAACACUUCUCCUUGACAUCCUAGUUCUCUAUGUGAGGAGGACCUAUGGAAAGAUUCAGACAUCUGACCAACACAAAGUCUGAAGUUGUACAGCAUAGGCAGUGAACCACUCAAAUCUGUGCACCAUUCUGGACACAGGACCCCCCCAUUUUAUUCCUUUCUUUUGGGCUUGGCUCUGUUUGCUCUGACAAAACAAGACAGAAGUCCCCUCUGACAAGCUAUUGCUCUCUUCCCAGCAGCUUCUUGCAUUUCGCUCCCAGUUUCACUGUAUCCCUUUUGUCUUGUUUGCAGGAGAAGAACCCUCAACUGGGUUUGAUUGUUUAUUGUUCUUUCCUCCUCCUCCUGCUGUCAGAGUAGUGCUAGUCUAAUCCGAGGCGCACAAUUCAGCUGCCGCUGGUUGUUUUUUUUUUAUAAUUCUCUCCUCCCCACUCCACCAGCAUCCAGCUUCCUUGCUUCUUCCUCCAGUCUCUGUCAUUCCUUGUAGCAGCUCAUCUCACAAGCCAGAAUCUGGGAGAUGUUCCACUGCUUUAUGGAGCAGAUCCUGCCUCCAAGUACAAGGGACGGGAGUGCUGGCUGAAGGUGGCUGUGAAUCAGGUAUACUCUCUCUCCAGGUGGUAGCUUGUGGCUGUGGGUGCUCUGCUUGUCUUUGUGUCUAAGCUCUCGUUGAUUGUUUGAUUGCUCUCUGAAUAUUGCUGAGAAUGUGUCUUGGGAGAUUGGGAGCGAUUCGCAAGGAGAGAAGAAGGGUGAACUCGCUCGAUCUGGGGGUAGUGCUUCUAAAUGGUUGAAGCAAAGUCAAGGAACUGAGGGUGAUCAGGGUUUUUGUGCCCCUACUGAAGAAUAGAUCCACACUCUACAUUUAAAGCUACAUUCACAGACAUUUGGAGCACAUGACUUUCCCCAGAGAAUCCUGGGACCUGUAGUUUCCCCUCAUAGAGCUAUAGUUCCCAGCACCCUUAAACUACAAUUCCUAGGAUUCUUUGAUAGGGGAGAACCCUGUGCUUUUAAUGUGCAUUGGAUAUGCUUUAAGCAUAUGGUGUGAAUAAGUUAUUCCAGUUGCUAUCAGAUGCCUAGCUGGCUGGACAUCACCCAACAGGCCAAGGGAGCAAAAGAAAGAACUAGAGAGGCCAGAGCAAAAAAUUGAUCAGGUGUGAGUGAGGAAGUCCUGGCUUGCAGACAGACUAGGGGAUGACCUGCAUUAGGAAGGGUUUAUAUAGAACUCCCACUGGCAUCCAGUCAGAAUGUAAGGCUGGGAGCCAAUGAGGACAUGGAAGGUCCCUGUUCCAACAGGGGAAGUUGGAGAACUUCCCAUGAAGGAUGAAUGGCCGAAGUCUCUGUCUCUAGAGAUGAGUAGAACUCGACUCCCACCUAAGGAGACAAGCACUAUUUGUAUAGGAUAGCGACAAGCUGGUCUCAUACAUUGGGUGCCUUUGUUUGAACUUAAAUUGAAAAAUCUUAACUUCUCAUCAGCAGUCCCCUAAAACAUCUGGGUUCCUCUACUUAACUGCUUGCUGUUUGAAAUUUUAAUGAAUUUUCCACUCAGGAUUCAUUUUCUGAGUCAGGUUUUUGCCCAGCAUUAAUACAUUAUUAUUCACUCCAUCACCUUUUGGCCUGACGGAUUAAAAAGAAGGCCUUUGAUGUGGAUUCUGGGUUAUUUCCCACCCACGUAUGACUUUGUAUGUGUUGUGCAUGGGUUCCAAAAUACUUUUGCAGGGAGAGGAGCUGAUGAGAAGAAGGAAAUUCUUUGGGCUUCUCUUUCAGAGGUGUGGUUAGUGAGGUCAGUGUGCCGGCUGAACCUGCUUGGGAUAUGGGUCAUUUUUGCGGUUCCUUAGAGGGUUUAGCAUAGUUGACUGCUGCUCUUGCAUUGUCCCAUCUCUUUUCUGCUUCCCCUCCAUUUGGCAGAUGUGGUUGUCAAAGAUCACCCCCCUGCCGCCCCAAGUUCGUAAAUCAGAAGGGUUUAACUUUUUAACAUCCCAGGAGUUGCUGGCCUGGAGAAGGCACAGGCCUCCCGCUUUAGAUUUUCACCCCUCUCUUUUCCACGUACUUCUGGCACAUCUGGAAUGCAUUUUAACCUCCCAGCUGUUGUACGGUGAUAGCUUGAUUACACACCGCCGGGGAAAUGGAGAUUUUGGUUUUUUUAAACCGUGUAUCAAAAGUUUUUGCACUGCACACUACUUUUUUCAGGGAAGUCAUCUGGAAGAAUUCUUGAUUGCCCACAGGGGGCCACCUCACAGUCUGGCUAAUAAUUGCUGCAACUUUUUUAAAAAAAACCACACACAUCAAGUUUCUAGUCCUUACUUUGAAAGCUCUUCAACUUUUGCUUUCCCCCUUAGGCCCUUACAAUGACUCGUUGCUCUCAAAUGAAGGCUGUGUGCACAUGGAAGUUCCAAGUGGAUUAAAUGCAGCCCGUGUAUGUGUGUGCUUUUUGCUUUGCCUGCACAAUGUCAUUCUCAUUGGAGUGGCAGCCUUUACUCCCUGCCCACAUUUAAUUCGUAUUUUCCCAGUUUGUAGAUAAUGCAGUAAAGGGGGGGGGCAGGAAAUCUAACAGAAGAUUGCAUGUUACCCAAGUGUGGACAUACUGAAGCACAUUGUGUAGACAGGAAGUGGGUUUUUCAUGUGUGUGGUGACCUUUUGCUGGGUAUCAUCUAUGCCCACAUCCUCUGCUUCUGUAGGUGAGGCACUGCUUGCUGGACUGCUAGAGAGGCUGGGUGUGGCAUACUUUUUUUAAAAAAACAACUUGCUGUUUUGUGCAAGUUUGGUAUAUCAGAAAACUUGUGUUUCAGAAAUAAAAAUAAAUAAUUGGGCACCUCAUAUUUCUGGAAGUCAGCUGUGUACUUCUUGUACCAACUCUGAUGGUUGAAUGCUUAUCAUUAAAUUAUCUUCCUAAUGAUACUGUAUUUUAUUGUAUUACAGUGGUACCGCGAGUUACAUAUGCUUCAGGUUACACACUCCGCUAACCCAGAAAUAGUGCUUCAGGUUAAGAACUUUGCUUCAGGAUGAGAACAGAAAUUGUGCUCCGGCAGCGCAGCAGCAGCAGGAGGCCCUAUUAGCUAAAGUGGUGCUUCAGGUUAAGAACAGUUUCAGGUUAAGUACGGACCUCCGGAACGAAUUAAGUACUUAACCCGAGGUACCACUGUAUUCUGAAAAAGACUGGUGUUACGAGUCAUUAGACCGAAGAAAUAGCAACUUUUCCUAAAUGUAUCCACAAUUUUGGCGACUAGCAUAAUUGAACGAUGUCACUAAGGGCAACCAACUUGGAUGGCUUUAAAAAAUAAUAAUAAUAAUAAUAAUAAUUCAUUGAGGAUAAGUCUUAUCAUUGGCUACUAACCCUGAUGGUUAUGUUGGAGGCAGCAAUGUUUCAGUUUCUGGAAACCUCUGGAGGGGAUAGCGCUGUUGCACUCAGGUUAUGCUCAGAGGUUUCCCAUAGGCAUCUGUUUGGCCUCUGUGGAAGCGGGACCCUGGAAUAAAUGGGCCACUGAACAAAAUGGACCACUGACUGGCCUGAUGUUCUUAACAAGAAUUUUAGGGUUUGAGCUCCAAAGAUUCCUGAUAGCAGUAGCACGUUCCAAAAAUGUCCCAAAUUCACAUGUAUUAGGUGUGAUGUAUUCAAGACAAUAUCAGCUCAAUGUCUCAAAUCUCUCUCUCCUUAUGUCAUGUGUCCAUUUCAGCAGACUUCCACCAACCACCACGAGAGCAGUAAAGAAACCGCAGAGGUCAUUCGGUCGGAAGUGAAAGGCAAGAAGUCUUCAAGCCAUGGCACAAGCCACAAGGCCAAGAAGUCAGGAAGUGGGAAAAGCUCGACGGGUUUUGGCACAUCCUCUUCCAGUGGGACAUUUCCACCUGCAGGUGAAGCAUGGGAAGGAACUGGGAGCCAGUAGGGUCAGCCAUGACAGUGGGCUUCAGUCCAUUAAUAUAAAUGAGUCUGUUAUGAAUAGGACUUAGUUGGAUGCAACCUGAUAGUAACUAGCCAUAUGAAUGUAAGUGCAUGCAAUUAGACAUGCUAAGUCUUCUUUUCAGUUGAUGCAUUCAGUGUGUGUGAGGGGGUGUCCCCAGAUGUUUUUUGGACUACAAGUGCCAUCAGCCCCCAGCCCACACCGCCAGUGGUCAGGGAUGAUAGGAAUUGUAGCCCAACACAAUCCAGAAGGAACCACGUUGUCCACCUGGUGGGUUUUGCCUUUUCGAUUGCAGUCUUCGUCAACCAUCCAGCAAGUGAGAAGAGCAUCUAGUUUUUUUCAACUGUGAGCAGUGAGGCUUUCUCCAGCGGUGCCUUCUGCACCUUUAGGCAUUUUGCAAGCAAACAAAUGAACACGUAGACUUAGAUCUGUGACAGCUAUAGCUCUGAUGCCUCAUCUCUGCCUGCUUAAGGUUUCAAGAUUUCCCUUGAUCCCCUUCCAGGUACCUCAUGCAGCUCCUUGCCCUUCUCCCAGGACUUCGUAACCUUCCCAAAGCUGGAGCAGCAGCAGCAGCAGCAGCCAGAGGAAGAGAAAUACCGCAAGCCUGUCUCUUCCUCCUCGUCUUCCGCUCAUUGCUCCCCAUUGUACGAAGGGCAGAAAAGCGACGUCUUUGAGCAAAAGGUGAUCUUCUCGGGUUUCGGCUCCAUCAUGCGCUUCUCCACUUCGGCCGUCAGCCAGCAGAGGGGGCACGACGCUUCCCCCGUGGACUACAAGGUCUCCAACUCUAUUGGGGGCACCUCUGGCGGGAGUGGCGGCAGCAGUGGUGGCAGCCACAAACGGAUGCCGUCCCUCAACGUUGAGGAAGGAGAAGUCCUGAAGGAAAAAAAGCACAAGGCCAGCAAGAAAAGCAAGCAUGGGCCAGGGAGGCCCAAAGGGAGCAAGAACAAGGAAGUCCUGGGCGCCCAGCUGGUUGGAUCCACAGCUACGUCGUCUUCGCCCUUCUCCGGGGGGUCCCUGGUCAGCUCCAGCAUCGGAGGGUCCUCUCGGUCUUUCAGCCAUGCAGCUGCCCUUCCGAGCCUCAGUAUGGAAUCUCCGCUUCUGGGAUCAGGUAGGUACCACAGCCUCUAGGCAGGAUGCUGCAUAUCCUAUUGGUUUUGGCUUCUGGUGCAGAGUUCUGAGGCUCUCAGCUUGAAAAAACAAAACAAAAGAAACCAAGAGUGAAGGCAGGUAUUUACGUCUAUCUGUCUAGAGAAAUAAGGGACGUGGGUGGCGCUGUGGGUUAAACCACAGAGCCUAGGACUUGCCGAUCAGAAGGUCGGCGGUUCGAAUCCCCGCGAUGGGAUGAGCUCCUGUUGCUCAGUCCCUGCUCCUGCCAACCUAGCAGUUUGAAAGCAUGUCAAAGUGCAAGUAGAUAAAUAGGUACUGCUCCGGCGGGAAAGUAAACAGCGUUUCCGUGAGCUGCUCUGGUUCACCAGAAGCAGCUUAGUCAUGCUGGCCACAUGACCUGGAAGCUGUAUGCCGGCUCCCUCGGCCAAUAAAGCGAAAUGAGCACCGCAACCCCAGAGUCGACCACGACUGGACCUAAUGGUCAGUGGUCCCCUUUACCUUUACCUAUCUAGAGAAAUAUGAAGUGGUUGCAGUGGGUUCUUUACCCACAGAGCGAACCUGACAUUGCAACUCUGUAAAAUGCAAGCAAACACACAAGCAAGUUGAACAGCUUCAGUCUCGCCUCUGUCAUCAUGUGUCAGAUGAGCUGUCUGCUUUUAUAGGCAAAUCUGUAUGCGUGUGUGUGUGUGUGUUGGAGAUGACAUGCAUGCUAGCCAGUAGGCAGUCGACGAAGUCCAAAUAUAACCCGUGCCAGAGAAGCUGUGAUAAAAAGUUGCAGAACUUCUCAUUACCCCAUCGCCAUCGGUGUUCACCGCAGUGCUGGGGAAAUUUGUGUGUGUUUUGAGGGUAGCAAAGGUGCUAUCAACCCUAAGUUUCCAGUCGCCAUCCAAGUCCUUAGUAGCUGUGGAGAUAAGGUUUGCAACGUGGAUACUAAUACUGAGAGAACAGGAUACUAGACUAGAUUGACCUUUGGUCUGAUUCAGAAGGGUGUCCUUACCUUGCGAUAUCUCAGGCUUUAAAACAGUGUUUCCCAAACUUGGGUCUCCAGCUGUUUGGGGACUACAACUCCCAUCAUCCCUAGCUGGCAGGACCAGUGGUCAGGGAUGAUGGGAAUUAUAGUCCGAAAACAGCUGGAGACCCAACUUUGGGAAACACUGCUUUAAAAGACACAUUAAUGAAGGACAGGGCCAUCAGUGGCUGCCAACUGUGAUGGAUGUGUUCUGCAUCUACUGUUGAAGGCAGUAUGCCUCUGUAGACCUGUUGCUGGGAAUCAGAACUGAGGAAUAGUGCUGUCGUACUUAGGUCUGGUUGGCUUUUAUGAGAACAAGAUGUUGGGCUAGCUGGCCCUUCUGUUUGAUCCAGUAAGGCUCUUCUUAUGUUCUUACCUGGUGAAAUCUCAGAGCCGCUUCCUGCGCUGUUUGUGGCAAGGCACCCGUGAUGUGUGUCAGUGUGAUUUCUUCUGCGAGUGCAACAAGCCAGCAAACCACAGCGCAUCUCAACUUCCUGAGCCAGGUGCUUGCAGCAGAAAAGAUGUUUGCACUGCUAGUCUCAAAAGCCAGAAGGCUGCUGAACCACAAGCAAGACUUCCAGGAGCUGGGAGGGUGGUCCUUCUGAGCUCUGUGCUGUUCCUUGAACCCUCUUCUCAGUUAACAGAAACGGAAUCUGUUUUGCAGCACUUGUGCAAUGGUGGAAAUGUGUAUAGAAACAUGGCCUAGAGUCGGGUAUGUCCGUGUAAAAUGAGGGGUUUGUUUUUCUUUGCCCCAGAGAAUAUGCUUAUUCUUCCCCAAGUCCUUUAGUGUUACUCCAGUUGUGCUUUCAGGCAGUAGCUGUGCCGGUUGUUGCUCACUUGUAUUGCGGACUCUUUGUAUCUAGGCCUAUUCAUCAUGUCAGCCUUUGCCUCUUCCUUUAUUCCAGGUGUGGAGAAGACUUGGCCUUCUGGAUAUUGCUGAACUACAACUACAAAUCAGCAAGUGUGGCCAAUGGCCAGGAAUGAUAGAAUUGUACUUCAGCAACAUUUGGGGGAGGCAAAGGUUCCCCAUACUUGUGAGGGUGGCUUUUUUUUAACACUCCCCUGUGCUGUGAAACCCACAAAAAGUCCUCCCCCCCCCAAAGCUGCUGCUUGACAUGGAAGGGAGGCUGUCAUUGGCACCAGUGGCAGCAUCUUUCCCAUGCCAAAUAGCAGCUGGGGAGGGUGUAGGUUGGUGAAAAAUAAAACAGGGCUCUUACACCUUUAAUAGUUAUCAGUGGAAACUGAACCACCAGGGCAAAUGGGGCAUAGCCCCACCUGUCUCAGCCAGCUCUCAUCUGUCUGCGUUCUUACUUACAUCCACUGGGGGGGUGAUUCCUGCUUGCAGCAGCUUCCUCUUGUCUCCAUAGUCUUGCAGCAAGGAGGAAGAUUGGAGCAAAACUCUUAAUUCAUUAGCUUUGCCUGCCAUUGACUCUGGCGCCACCUACUGCUGGCCUCCUUCCCCCCCACUCUUAACUGGUUGGGCACCAAUACUUAUGCAGGAGAGGGGAUUUCAGCAGAUGUUGUUCGGCAUGCAUUUUGCAGCUGCUGAAAUCCCCUGCUGAAAUUCUUCUAAGCAAGAAUUAAAGGUGCGGAAGCCUUGGCCUCACUUGCCCAUGGUCACUCUAGGGUGACCUUUCUCAGCUUUGGUGCCCCAGAUGUCAUUGGACUACAACUCCCAUCAUCCCUGACUGCUGGUCCUGCUAGCUAGGGAUGAUUGAGAAAGGCUGCUCUAGGGCCACGAACUUAUUUUUCUCCAUGUCCCAAUCCCGAUUCUACAGCCUCCCCAUCCUGUGAUGUACGCUGCACACAAACUAGGGCUAAUGCACAUGACUGUGGUGCCCACAUCCCAAGCCACAUCAUCGUGGCAGAGCAGCCCGGCUUCCAAGCAUCCCGGCAUUGUGGCGGAGUGGAAUCGCAACACCUGCACUUCGUUUCCCUGCCAAGUAGCGAUCCCAUUACACGCUGAAGGACGUUCCCAAAAGUGCUUCGUCAACACACCCAUUGUGUGUGUGUUUGAGACUGCCAGGAAGCGAGGCACUGUAAAAAAAACCCUUUAAAAAUCCCACCAGCAACACCUUCCUGGCAGUGACACUAAUGGCAAAGAAGGGGCAGCAUCAGCAAAAAAGGGUUAAAGGGGAAGGAAGUGGGAGGCCUGACCUGGGCACAGCUGAUUUGGCAUGCUCUCAUCUCUGUGCCGGCUUGCUAUUCAGGUCACAUGGACAGAUGAGAGGGUGGAAGGGGAGGCAUAGGAGGCGUAGCUGAGCUCUGUGUCAUUCCCUGGGCGGCGGAGUGGAAGAGAAAGAGAAACCAGGAUGCAAUUAUUUCUCAGGGAGGAGCUGCUGCAAGCCACACACGCCUACCCAUAAUCGUAACCUCAGGCCAUACGGAUUUUCCUCCCCUGUUUCCCUCGCUCCCUUGAGUUCAAAGGAAACAGCCUUUUUGCGUGAGGUGGGUCUGCCUGUCAACCCGUAAUCCAGGCCUACUAAGGGCGAAUUUUUCCUCACACAGCUGCAGCCAGCUCCCUGAUGAACUUCUUGCGAUUGGCGUGCUUGCAAACGUGCUUUUUGUUGUUGCGUUCACACAUUACAUUUUCGGUGGCCGACAGAGAUGUUGCAAGUCUGCACUUAGCAGGUGCGAGUGCCUAAACCAGAGCUUUCAGAACUUUUCAUCUUGGUGGCACACUUUUUAGACGCGCAUCAUCUUGCAACAUAAUAAUUCAGUUUUACUAGCAAACCGGAGGUUAAGCUAACCGCUUACCAGCCCCGGGAGGAGCGUUCACAUGACACAUCUACACACUCUAGCCGGCACACUAACAUAUUGCGACACACUGUUUGGAAAGCUCUGGUCUAAAGAGUGUCCCUUAGAGUGCCGGCGGCAUCAUCUUAAAUGGAAGUGAAGAUACCAGCAGAUACCUACCCAUUUGCUAAAUUUCUUUCUCUCCCAUUCUCUCUCUCAUCCCCUCCCGGUCCCCAUUUUCUGCUUCUUGUGCUGGUUGCUUACCUAGGCAAGAGUCAUCCAGGUGGGUGGAAUGUAAAUGUAGUUUUCUCAUCUGCCAAUAUGGAAUCAAGAAGUAGGUGUGUUCUCCUCUCAGUUCAGUAAGGUGGCUGGGCUGUGGUGGGCUGGAUCAAAUAGCUAGAACAAUAUUAAAUCUGCAAAUAUUGAAGGCAAGAGGGUUUGGUAGGCAAUAAGUGGAAAGAGAAGGUUCCUAAGGGUUUCCUAGAUUUUGCCGUCCCACCCAAGGCUAUUGCUACAGGCUGCUUCAGCCUCAUGUGGCUCAAAGUUGUGAGGGACAUGCUGCAACGAUAUUCCUAGGUGGAAUGUGCUAACACUUGGGAGAUCUCUGAAGCAUGCACCAAUGUCAAACAUGUUUUUAGACACUUACUUUUCUAGCAUGGACAAUUCAGGUACAUGGUGCAUAAAAGUGGCCAUCACAGGAGACCCUGGGAUCCACCUCGUUCUUUGAGUGAAAUUGAAUCAGUUGGAUGAGUGAAAUUGUGCAUGUGUAAUUUAUUACUAAGGAACUAAGAGAGGGGCAGGUCAAAUUUAGAACUCUCUUCAAGCAAGUGACUAUCUCUCAAGCCUCCAGGAUUGCAGACAUGAUACCAACUAUAGUUUAGGGAUUGUAAACGGGCACAUAGAUUCCUCCUUUCCCUUGAUCUGUGUUCUCAAGCGCAUGCAACGGUUGACAACUUUAGUUAAAAUUAAGCUGGCAAAACUUAAUUUUGAAAAGCACUAAAAGCUGUCAGCAUCUGAAUAACAUUUUUGGUAAUGUUUCCAAAUAUAACAGUUUUUGCCUGGGUCCCAUCAGAGCUCACCUUUUGUCCAGACUUCUGUAUUACAAUAAUAGUACAACUUAAAUAGUUUUUUAAUAGAGUUUUUGAAUAUUCAGGUUUUCCAACACAUCGCAUACACUAUCUUGUAGUCCUUACAGCAGCCCUGUAAAGUAGGCCAGGAUGCAGCCCAAUAGUUCAAAGUGUGCUUUGGCUGUAUAUUGUUGGGUUGAAUGAUGUGCAUGCCAACCUCCUGGUUUGCAAAAAGAAUAAUAGAUGUGUAGAGUUAGAAGGGACCAUGGGGAUCAUCAGGUCCAACCCUCUGCAAUGUAGGAUUUUUUUGCCCAACAUGGGGCUCGAACCCACAACCCGGGGGUUAAGAAUCUCAUACUCUACCAAUUGAGCUAUCCGGGGGCACCAGGGCUGAAACUAUCAUGCAAUGUAAUCCUAUGUGUAUUUACUCAGAAAUAAGUCCCACUGUGUUCUGUGGGGCUUACACCUGGUAAGUAUGUUUCGGAUUGUAGCCUGCAUCUCAAGGCACAAGACCUGAGCAGCCAAUCCCUGACUCCACCCCAGGAACUCACACAAAAAAAGCAAAAUUUAAAGACUGGCUGCUGGGUUGGGAGGGUGUGAAAUUGACUAAGAAUUACCCCUCAUUUUGACUUGAGGCUACUCAGUUUCAGCUUCCCACCCAACCUGCAAGGAAGUCCCCUUUUGGCAGACUGAGCUAGUAUUACAGUGAAGCUUUAUGUAUGGGGUCUGGUGGGGAAGAAAACAGAGCUUGCAAUGAAUUCUUCAGCCGCAGUAUGAGCCUGGCUUUCUCUCAGCACCACAACUGAAUUGGCAGACAUGCAUAGCAGUGAAUCAGCUCUAGGCUAGGUUGUCAUUUAUGGCUCUCUGGCCAUGGUUCAUGCAGAAUGUAGUUCUUUUUCUAAACACACACACACACACACACACACACACACACACAAAACCCCCAGCACUACAGAAAUGUUAUCCACUGUUUUGUUUUUGUUUUUAAAGGGUAAUGGUGGUGGAACUGUAGAAUCCUAGAAUUUCCAUUUACAAGAAAGGAGAUUCUGACUGAACAUCAGGAAGAGCAUUCUGACAGCAAGAGCUGUUUGACAGUGGAGUGGUCCUCCUCAGGAGGUUGUGAACUCUCCUUCCUUGGAGGUUUUUAAGCAGAGGUUGGAUGGCCAUCUGUCACGGGCGCUUUAGUUGAGAUUCCUGCAUUGCAAGGGGGUUGGGCUAGAUGACCCUUGGGGUCCCUUCCAACUCUACAAUUCUAUGAGUCUGUUCCACUGUCAAACAGCUCUUAUAAUAUUAUUUUAGGCAACUGUUAGAAAACUCUUCCUGGUGUUUAUGCAAAACUAUUCUGGGGGUGGAGGAAAGGCUGUUGGUGAUGUCAGAGGAGGCCAGCCAUGCUGUAUACAGCGUGCUUCUGGGAACUGUUUUGUUCUGAGAUUGAUUCUGGAGAGAAAUGGUUCCAUUUGGGUUAGAUGCAAUAAGGGCGUUUCCAGAUCAGUCUCAUUGCUCUACAAACCUUAAACCUGUCUUUGUUUGCCCUUAGAGUCACCAAACGAACUGGACAUUGAAGGCAGGAAUUGUAUAAUUCAGUUAUCAGUAACCUCAUGAAUACUGUCCAGAGGGUUUCUGUCCAUUCCAGAAAGCACUCCAGACCACAUUGGUCUGAAUAGCUGGGAAAAACAGUGUCAUAUCCAGAAUCAAAACAUUGCAGUUUACAGGCCUGUCUUACCCAUUGAGGCUAGUGGCGCAAGGUUCUGGAGUGCGCCACGUGAGAGUCCAGGGAACACCGAAUGAGUGCGCUGAGUGAGGGUGCAUGCGCCGCUCCCACCAAGCAUCGGCUUGGUUUUUUCCCUUUUAUCCUGCAGGCGCCGAAUUCUGCAGGGCACCAGAAGGCUAAAAGGGAAAAAACUGAGCCGGCGCUCGGCGGGUGCGGCGCACGUGCCCUCACUCACUCAGCGCAGGCCCGCUCUCUCGGUGUGCUGCCUGCCGUGGCCACCACGGCACGAAGCAACCAGCUGAGCCUCCGUCUUCCCCGUCGGAGGAGCUGCCCUCCAGCCGCUGCCUGCUUCCUCCAGCCCUAAAAAAAAGGUCAACUCUGGGAAGGGGGGGGGGAGCGCUCCGGAGGGAUCUUUGCACCACGGCCCUGGCAGUUUAUUGGCUGAGAGAAUGCCUUAUCUGGAUCCCACAUAUCAGGCAAGUAACAGAGGUGCAUUUGUUGUGCUGUGUGCUAUGCUGUGCACUGGAAAAACCCUCAGCCACAGUUGGUCCAGUUCUCUAAAAUGGGAACAAUACUGGUGUGCCCUAGAAUCAUAGAAUCAUAGAGUUGGAAGAGACCACAAGGGCCAUCGAGUCCAACCCCCUGCCAAGCAGGAAACACCAUCAGAGCACUCCUGACAUAUGGUUGUCAAGCCUCUUUAGACCUCCAAAGAAGGAGACUCCACCACACUCCUUGGCAGCAAAUUCCACUGUCGAACAGCUCUUACUGUCAGGAAGUUCUUCCUAAUGUUUAGGUGGAAUCUUCUUUCUUGUAGUUUGGAUCCAUUGCUCCGUGUCCGCUUCUCUGGAGCAGCAGAAAACAAGCUUUCUCCCUCCUCUAUGUGACAUCCUUUUAUGUAUUUUAACAUGGCUAUCAUAUCACCCCUUAACCUCCUCUUCUCCAGGCUAAACAUGCCCAGCUCCCUUAGCUGUUCCUCAUAAGGCAUCGUUUCCAGGCCUUUGACCAUUGUUUUGGGAGGAUGCAGAAGGAAAGGAAAGGUUGUCAAACCAUCCUGAGAGAAAGGAGCAGAGGCAACGUGGGAAUUCGAAACAAGCAGCUAUAGACAUCCUUUUCCUUGGUGCCUGGCCAUCUCUUUUCAAGUCUUGCUUUCAUUUCUUCCUGCAGGGAUCUACACAAGCAACAAAGAUCCGAUUUCGCACGGAGGCGGGGUGCUCCGGACAGUGUGUAGCACUCCUCUCUCCUCCAGCCUCCUGGCUCAUCAAGGCACUUCGUCGCUUCCCCAGCUCACCCGCUCUCCCUUCGCUAGCGCCAUCCCAACCGCCUCUUCUUCCUCCGUCUCCACAACCCAGGUAAGCACUUCAAGCAUCAGUGCUCUUAAGUCAUUUCUGUGCACUGAGGGGGUGCAGGGGGCACGUUCUAAAGGACAACUGUGCUGGCUGGGGCUGAUGGGACUUGUGGUCAAAACAACACUGGAGAGCACCAGGGUGGUUAAGAUUGAUGUGUGUAAAAGGGUAAAGAAGUUAAAAGGCAUCAAACAAACAGAAACAGCCUAGGGCUUGACUGACCUCUGUGGAGCGUGAUUUGUAAAAUGUGAAGCAAACAAGCGUGGCUGCUUCUCAGGGUCUGGGUAACUCCCAAGUCCUCAUUGUUCAGGCACGCUGCUCCUGCUGCUUGCCGAUUUUGCUGCUUUUUAGUGGGCCAACUUGGAAUAUGCAAUACAGAAAACCUGCUGGUGAAUAGCAGUAUUCAGUGGCUGGGUGCACUUUACCAUGCUAGGCUGCGUGAGAAAUGUCAAGGGUGCCGUUCUUCUUGGUCUGCAGCCCUCACGGUAAAUGUAGGCACUCAUUUUGAUUUGCAACUUGUACAUUCAUUAACUGGACUCUGAAACCACUGCUGUCUCCCGAGUAAAAGCAAAACAAAUGCUAUUAUUCUUUGAUGGUGGUGAACUGAAGCAGCAAUCCAGAAAGCCCUCUCAUAAUUCCAUCCUGAUGAUUCAGCAUCCAAAGCCGAAGCUCUCCCCAUUGUUCUAAAGGUAAAGGUACCCCUGACCGUUAGGUCCAGUCGCAGAUGACUCCGGGGUUGCGGCGCUCAUCUCGCUUUAUUGGCCGAGGGAGCUGGUGUACAGCUUCAGAGCAUGUGGUGAACCAGAGCAGCACACAGAAACGCCGGUUACCUUCCCACCGGAGCGCUACCUAUUUAUUUACUUGCACUUUGAUGUGCUUUGGAACUGCUAGGUGGGCAGGAGCUGGGACCGAAGAACAGGAGCUCACCCCGUCUUGGGGAUUCGAACCGCCGACCUUCUGAUCGGCAAGCCCUAGGCUCAGUGGUUUAGACCACAGCGCCACCCUCGUCCUAUUAUUCUAGUCUCUGGCUAAUUUACAUGCCUCCAGGUAUCCCACCAGCACCAAUUUCACCUGCGUUUCCUGCAGAAAUAAAAUGGUUUCAUUUUAAUGAAGUGUCCCUACAGCCACAUGAGACUGAAAUGCUUUGAAGCUUCUUUUUAAGACAGAGGCCCAGACAUCAUCUGUCUGCUGCCUGUCUGUUCCGCUCAUCCAUUCAGUACCAGUAAGCUCUGAUCAGAAGUUUGGAAAAGACGACUCUUAAAAUGAAAUGGCUGUUUUUCUUUUCCCUUCUUCCUUUGUUGUCCUCACCUCUGCAGGUGUUCUCACUGGCGGGAUCUACGUUCAGUCUCCCUUCCUCGCAUAUUUUUGGAAGCCCCCUCACUUCUGGGCUGUCGGUCAAUCCUCUCUUGAACCAAUCUGAAAGCAACCGGACAGGUACACAAACCGGAAAGUUUGAAAUGAUCUCAUUAUAGAAUGUCCUUCUGAAAGUCAAGGCCACACUUGUCUACAAGGUCAUCUCCUUCCCUUCUUCCCCCUGCUGCUUAGUUCCAAAGUCUUUAGAGCUGAUAAGGUUUCCACACAUGAGGGGAAGUGUGAUGGGUAAGCUAGGGAAAAAAGUUUCACAUUUACUCCUUAAAAAAAGAAAAAUGAAAACAUGCCAUUUACAAAGAUCAAGCUGUUUGGUGUAUAAAUACAGCAGGCAAGCUUCAGAAAUAUGACCUGGAACCCUUGGGAAAAUACGUGCACAUGCGCAGUGAAAGAGAGAGACCAUGUUAUGUAGACACAGUGACUGCACUAGCCUGCCAUCUGGUGGCAUGUGGGAGUAACAUCAUUCCUUGAGACAGGAAGUGGUUAUGUUGUUAUGGCUGCACUGAGUGUUUUCAGUUUUAACAGGAAGGUUUAAGAGGCUUUGUUUUGAAUCCACAGAAGGUGUAAUACUGUGUAGUGUAAAAUGUUAACUGCGUAACUAUUGAGUGUAGGACAGUUGUGGGUAUGCAGAAAUAAAUGGAAGCUGUGUUUUGAGAAACUCCAAAUUGAUCUGUGAUUAUAAUAAAUAAUAUCACGGUUGAAUUCACUUGAGCAAAAUUGUGUUAAUGUAGCAAAUCACCCAGGGAUUUUGCAGGUCGAUUUAGACACAACGAUAGACCUGCUUCUAUAAACCGUGGCCUUCUCUUUUAAAACUGGGGGCCCUUUAUUAAAGAGCAAAUAGGGGCAUAGGGAGAGCUAAACUUCAAUCCCUACUUGAAGCUUACUUCCCUAGAAUAUGCCCUCCCAGAUGCCCUCUUUGAUAUUGGAUGUGGAGUGUCCUUGGAGAAAAGGGCAAAAGUUUUUAGGCUUUUAAGCAGCAGGUUUUAAUACAGAAUCUGGGUUUGAACAAACAGUAGAGCUGCAUCAUGUCUGGUCAGGUCUUCUGCCGUAUCAAGCGUUUAGGGUAGUGUUGGCAUGGUUGUCAGUAAAUAAUUUUUUUUAAGCCACUCUCUAUAUUUCCGCUUCCAGAAGCAGAUUUGGAAGACUGUAAUUUUGUCUGCCGAGGGUCAUCACCACAAGAAAGUCUUUCUUCCAUGUAAGUUUAUUUGCCUGAAAUACUGCAUUGGGGGCGGGGGAGAGAAGGAAACAAUGCACUGCUUAACUAGCAAGGAUAACAUAUAAUAAUAAUAAUAAUAACAACAACAACAACAACAACAUCAUCAUCAUCAUCAUCAUCAUCAUCAUCAUCAUCAUCCAGAGAUAGGGUUGCACCACACAACAGACUAAUAGGGAAGACAAAACCAAUGGGGGCAUGACAGGGUAACUAACAUGUUUCCUUUCACAAAUCCUCAUUGCAUGUGAAGAGAGUAGCUUUUCUGAGAAGAUACCCUUGAAUAUGCAGCGCCUGGUGAAAUUUCAGGUGCAGAGAAAUGGCAGGGCAGGGGUUUUGACAAGGUGUCUCCCUGUGGCUGGUGAUGCCAAAUAAACAAAAACAUAUGGAAUCUUCAUAAUACAUACAGAAUUGAACUUUUUUACAUCUCACAGCCUUCCAGCUGAUGUGGAGUUCUUAACAUGAGACAAAUGAACUUAAUAGCUUGUUUUAGGAGGUGUGUUGACUGUCCUUCCCCUUCUGACAACACUUUUCCCACCACUCUGUUCCCUCUGCAGGUCCCCCAUCAGCAGCCUCCCCACUCUCUUUGACCAGACAGUAUCAACGAGCAGCGGGCAGCUGGAAAACGUUCCCCAGGCUACACCAAACAUUGAGCAGCUCCUGGAGAAACAGGGCAAUGGAGAAGCCGGUGUUAACAGUGAGUCGCAGGAGGCCUUGUGGAACUGUUUGCCUUUGCUCAGGGGCUAAGGAUGGGGGCAAACCUCACUCAUGUAUACUUCUCCCAUCAGGCUAUCUCCAUUCUGCAGAAAACUUCCCCUGCUAAGGCUUGCUUAGGGGUGGGGAGGUGGCAUUCUGAUGCCAUAUGUCAACAAGCAAAGCAGAUGUGCAGAGAAGAGGUUCAUUUCUUAAAAAAAUAAAAUGAACAAACCACUUCUGUUGGUUCAUGCGGAUGUUGGAAGAUCGAACCUCACACCUCUCAGACCUUUGGACCUCAUUCCUGACCAUCAGGGAGUACAGGGCCCCAAGUUGCAGGUGUGCUCUGAUGGUUAGAGCUUUGGGUUCAAACCAUGGAGACCUGUGUUCCAACGCAUCCCCCAAGCCAAGAAUGUUUUAUGACCUUGGGCCACUUACUUAUUUCCCAGCCUACUUCACAGGGCUGUUGCAAAGGGGGACAGGGGCGGUCCUAUGUGUGCUACCCAGCACUUCUUCAAAGAAGGGUGGGGUGAAAAUAUAAUAGGCGAAUGAAUGAGGGCUCCUUUCUGUGCAAAUCAGUGGGCAGAGAAUUAUGGGCAGCCUGUUGACUUCAUUGAUUGUGCUCCUUAUUUUACUGCCUCCUCCCUUUCGUGUAUGCUCUAACUGUGUCACUGUUGUUCCCUCCCCACCCUUCUCCAUUCCCAACCCUUCUUCGUUGUCUCUCCUCCUCCCCCCGGCCCCCUUCCCACCCACGUUUUCUGCAGUUGUAGAAAUGCUCAAGGCCCUUCAUUCGCUGCAGAAAGAGAACCAGCGCCUCCAGGAGCAGAUCAUGACUUUGGCGGCUAAGAAGGAGCGCCUGCAGCUUCUCAACGUCCAGCUCUCUGUCCCCUUCCCAGUGGUCACCACCAGCAACGGCCCUGCAGGCCAGGCUCAGUACAUCCUGGCCUCCAAUGGUAUGGAGAUGAACUCUCCUCUAAGCCCUGCCUGGCUGUUUCUUAAUUCCUGACAAGGACAUUUUCCAGUCAUGGCAUCCCAUUUAUGGGAUACCGUGCUUUUAUGUCCCUCAACUUCCUUUUCCUUAAUCUUAACUAAGAGGGUUUUCAGCUCCUCCUCAACAAAACAAAACUUUAUGGUUUGGCCUUUUUUGGUUCCUCAGCCACUUUGCAGACAAGGAGAAUCAGAAAUCAGCAUAUAUGGUGGUUUCUGCACAUGCUGUAGUGGGAAGUGAGGGCAGAUGAGGCUCAUCAACCUGGGAAGGUAGCCCAUCUAGGAGAAGGAAAACUCUGAUCCUAAACCACCUCUGCCUUGCAAGUUAUCUCUGAGAGAAGAAAGGGCUAAGGAGUAAACCCUACACAAAUCUGCGGUGAAGUCCCUAAGAUGGUUGGAUGGCACAUUGCAUGCCUCCUUCUGGCAACUCCUGCAGCUAAGCUGGUGCCAAACGUAUUGCUCUGCUGUCCUUUGGACCACAUCAGUGAGGCCAAGACGAGAGUCUUGUCUGGGCAGCCCAGGACCUCCAUAAACACUGCUCAGGCUUGUACCCAGAGAGGUCACUUUGGUGCAGCUAAUGCAGCCCUUGACUUCAUCCCCAGAGGCGCACUCCAUUGUAUCUUGAGACAGUCAGAUGCCAACAACAUAUAUAUCUCAAAAGAAAGAGGCACAGACCCAAGGCAUUCAGUGUGAUCCAGAAGCUCUUAGCCGUCACCUUGGAUAGGGUGGGCUAAGCUGGGCUAAGUCGGAGACACAAGGUGCUCUACAGCUGUGGAGAUGUUCUCUGGAGAGGCUUCCUGAUUUUCUCUUUUUCCCUCUAGCGUGCAACAGCGACUCGUUGAGUAUCAGCAAGAGCCCUCCUUGCAAGAACAGCUUUGGCAUUGAAAACUCGCUCUCCACUUCCUCUGAGGUACGGAGCAUCUCUUUCCGUUCUCCCCACUGUUCCUUAUUGGAACUUUCACCCCCCAGCCAGAAGCGGCUCCUCCAUGGCAGAUUAGGAGUGCCAUGGAGCGUGGUUGAGUGGCAGGCAGACCAGCCAAUGGGGAAUAUCUCCUGCAGCACCAGCUGCCAUGAAAUCAGUGGGAGCUGUGUAUGAGUAUGGCAGCACCCUUGCAUGGCAUCCAUUCAUUUCAGCAGGGGCUGGCACAGGAGACCUCCCACAAGGGUUACUUACUUACACACACACACACACACACACACACACACACACACAAACUCAUUAGCUUGGGCAUCAAAAUGCCAUCCCUGUUGCCAGCAGUUUGGACCUGGCAGAUGCCUUUCCCUUUGGUGGGAUGUGCUGGAUUCAGUCACAGGCAGCCCCUGGAUAGGAUACCUUGCACACCAGAAUGAUUUCCCCACCUUUUUCCUCCCUCCUUGCAGGAUCCUCACUCCGGCUGCCCCAGCAGAAGCAGCUCCUCCCUCUCCUUCCACAGCACGCCUCCCCCGCUGCCCUUGCUGCAGCAGAGCCCUGCCUCCCUCCCGAUGACGACUGGGGUGCAACAGCCGCCACCAGUGAAUGGCUUGGCCAGGGCAAUGGGGACAGUCCAUGGGGGAGGCGCCCCUGCCAAUCAUAGCCUGGUGGAUGGUCUGCUUGGGAGCCUGGCGGGAGGGCAGCAGGUACCCAUCAACGGCAUCCUGGGAGGUCUGAAUGGAGCAGUGGCCACCCAGGCCCAGAAUCCCCUCUUGGUGCAAAGCAGUGGGCCCCCAAACCUGCAGCUCUCCAGCAGCCAAAGCAGGUAAGACUCAGGAAGGAGGGAGGAACAGAUGGAGGUGGGUUUGCAGUGCCUAAAGGGGCUCUACUUGGCCAGAGUUCUGCCACACGUUCCAGAAAAGCAUUUUAUUGGUGAAAGCUUCAGGGGAGGUGGCUGUCCCCACCUACUCUGCCAGGCUCCCGGGCAUUUGGCUUUCACCCACACCUGCUGUUCCUGGUUGGCCUCCCAGAUUUAAUCACAUGUGUGUUUUGCAAGGUUUGUGCAUACCCCUGAGCUAUAUCAUCCAGGCAAGGCACAAAAUGAUGAAAAGGCAUCAGUGAUGGAAGCAGGAGAUGCAGAGAUGUGUGCUCACCAUAAAGCAGGAGUAGGGAACAUCAGGCCUGGGGCCAGAUGCAGCCCUCCAGGCCUCUCUGUCUGGCCCUCAGAACUCUCCUCAAGCUACACCCCUCAGUGAUCCUGCUUCACACCUAGAGUACUUUUGCCUGGUUGGGAUGUCUCCUUGAACUCUGGUCUGGAUGGAGGAUAGAGUGGGGGAGGUGUAUGAACUUGCCUACUGUACAAACAUAAAGCAUAAGCCCAUUGCCCUGCCCACUUUUGACCCUGACCCUGCCUACUAUUGCCAUGUGGCCCUUGGAAGGUUGCCCAACAGGGAAUGUGUGAAAAACAUUCCCCACCCCUGCCUUGAAGGGUAGUCCAACCUGCAGUUUGGAAAGAUCCAAACUAGGGCUACCUGCACCUUGCAGUUCUGUGACUGCAGGAAUUAUACCUGGGUGCAAGUAAAAGGGAAGAGAGUUUCUAACCUUUAAGGCAUAUAAGUGACCAAAGGUGGGGGAAGGAGACACAAUAAGGGAAGCAUGACAGCAGGGGAGCAAGACUCAUGCCUUCUCUGGACCGCCAGUUUGCAUCAACAAGGCCUGGUCUCUUGCCAUAAGGCGGUGGGGAAAUGAGUGCUCUCCUGGAUCAGACCAAAGGCCUAGCUGCUCCUGCAUCCUGUUCUUAUAGUGACCAACCAAGUGCCUCUAUGGGAAGCCCGAGGGUAGCGCAAUGACGUUUUAUAAGAGCCACGUUGCACGUUGCCCUCCCGUACAUGAGGCCAGGUGAGGGAGCAUGCCUGGCAUGCCUCCUAACGCAGCCAAUUUUCAGUGCCAUUGGAAGGUGGCAGGCAAAUCUGACCCAGGGAACACAGUGAACCAUUAAGUUCUUCUCAAGCCCUCUUUGACCCAAACAGCACUCCUGCUGCCUCAGCUCUUGUUUGUUUUGGGGAGGUUUAAGCAGGAAACUUGGGGUGAAGUUAGAACCAGAGGUGUCAGUUGGCUUUUCUGUCUUGAGCGCCAAUGUUUUGGGGCGUGGCCCCACUCUUUCUGGAGAUAGCUCUCUAACCCCACCCCCCUUGACGCUUUGUCCCUCUUCCCUUUCUCCAGCAUGGCCAGCACAAGCCACCUGACUGAGCAGCAGCAGCAGCUCCUCAGCCAGCACGAGCUCCAGCUCCAGCAGCUGCAGCAGCUCCUGACUUCGCAGCCACUCAACUCAGUAAGUACCUCUGCUCUGGUUGGCAACUCCUGCCCACAGUUGUAGCAGGCAAGGGGGCUAAGCAGCUGAUGAGGUGCCUUGGCUUCUUACACUUGGGUGGUAGGGGAAAGGCUGGGGUGGAAGUUCCAGGAAAGGAUGAAAAAAGCCUGGAUCAUCUGGGGGGACAAAGAUUGGGGUGCGGAGGAAUUAUGAGAGAGGUUCAUAACAUUAUGAGCGGUGUAGAGACAGUAGGCAAAGCAGUGGCUCUUGAACUGCGGGGUGGAGAUCCCUGUGGGGGGGGGCACCUCAAGAAACAGAUGAAAUCCCAUAGCGUAGGAUCCUGAUUCAGGCAGAGCUUUCCUUCCUGUUCCAGCCCAUGACUGGGGUGGCAGACCUAAGUUAUGGGAGCAUUCCUUCCCCUAGUUCUUCUCUCCUGUUGGCGUGGAGGGAGAGCUGCCAAGAUCCUUCUGCAGCUGACCUUUGCAAUUUUGUCUUCCCAGGAGCAGCAGGCUUUGGUAUUCCAGAUGAUUCAACAGAUUCAGCAGAAGAGGGAGCUGCAGCGGCUCCAGAUGGCCAGCUCCUCCCAGCUGUCCAUGACUGGCCUCGGCCCGGCUACCUCUACAUCCCUCCUCCACUCCAAUGCCCCUGCAGCUUCAGUUGCCAACAGCAACCUCCUGGCCUCCAUUUCCCCUCAGCAGCUUAAUCCAGCCAGUUCCUUGAUGGCUUCCCCAUCACUCAGCACCAGUGGGAACAGCCUGAUGUCAGCUGCAGCAGGGGUAACUAUCCCACCUGCCCUCACCACACAAACCAACCCUUUCCUCAACCUGCAAGGUGACAACAGCAGCCAGAAAGGAAUGGUGGGUAUCAGGCCAUCGCCUGCCAACAGCUUAGAUGCUGUGAUGUCACGGAAUGUUCACAGGUUUUCCCCCAGCUAGGGGGGAAAGGGUUAGCUGUGGAACGAUCACAAAGCACACGGCUGCUUUGAGGAGAGCAGGAGAUAAUUUUGACUAAGUGGGGAGGAAAUCUACAUAAUCUUGGGACAGGUUGGAUUCUUUCAGAAGGAAAUGAGAGGUGAUAAGGGGUUUGGGUGAAGGGGAGAUGAAGGCUGGAAGUGCUAGUGGGAGAGUCUGUCUGAGACAAGGAUGCCAACAGCAUGGAGCCGAGCAGGGAAGGUGGUUGAAGGAAGGAGGGUUAGAGUAGGCAAUGAACUAAGACACAGAGACCUCAGGGAGCACUAGAUGGAGAAGAAAGGAGUAAAGAAAUGUGAAGAUUUCAUAGGAAAUUGAAGUGGGCAGGUGAAUGGCCUUCAGGCUUGCAGGGCUAUUAUUGUGGUGGAUGCUGCAAUUUCCUAUAUUUUUCUUUUUCUUUUAUUGCUCUUUGACACGCAACCAGUUUAGACUGUCCUGUGCUUCUUCCUUUAUCUUCAUGUUUAGGGCAUGAACGAAAAGGGAGGUGCCCCAGUUCAGGACAAAGGUUAACUUGGGCGAUACCAGGCUGCUCUCUGCUAUAGGAAAGCAAUCUGUGCCUCAGCCACAGAUCCCGAGACGUAGAGCAACCACAUGCAAGACUUCAAAGGGAGUCUUCCUGCCAUGGGCAGAGCAGUGCCAAGCAAAGGUGCGCCAGGAGUCUACGUUCCUUGGUUCUGAGCCCGUCGUACUGAACCCUUCCAAAGGAGGCAGGUUGAGCGAACACCCAGCUCCCUUGUCAGCUGUGUCUGCGAUGCCGCACUUAUUUCACAAGAAGUUGCACUCCCAAGGGGAAACAGUGAAGCAGUCUGCUGAUCAGAUACCUGAAGACACCCCCCUCGAGGGUAGGAUCAGCUAAUCGGACUGUGGCCACCUGGUCCUGGAAGGAAUGUUGUCUUUGCAGAGCAGGGCAUUUUCCAAACCAGGGAUAAGGAAUCCAGCAAGGCGCAAGGCAGCGAAAAGGUCCAGCUGCGGCAACAGGGUGGAGCUUUUGAGGUCUCUGAUGCACAAGAGGGUGAGAUUUGGAAGGCGUUACUUGGAAACCCCACACAGGAAUCCUGCAGAGAGCCUGGAGGUCUUCAGAAGUGCACACAGAUGAGCCUUUCUUAGCGUUUCUGCUGGGAGAAAAAGCCGCUCGGUUCUCCCAAAUCUCCCACAGCCAGGGGUCUUAAACACUGACCUGAAGGAAACAGCCCCUCGCUUUCAUGCUUGAGUAUGACCCUUCUCUUCCAUACCUUCAGGAGGCUUUGUUAGGUGUCCUGCAGUUAACAAGGCCAUUGCAAACAAUCACCGCUCACCAUCAAGGUGCUUUCCAGCCCCUCCAGAAAAGGACCUUUUUCUACUCCAUCAGACCAGCCACCCAAAAGCCAACAGCAAAGAGGCAGGGUGGAGACUUCAUCUAAGGGCAGGAGCUGUUCCUUCCACCUCCAAAGCAGCUCCGUUCUGGUGAAGAACAUCUUCCAGCCCAGUCAAAAGCUCUAAGCUAAAUCAGGUCCUAGCUGACAAGAGCAUUGGUCUUCCCACCAGUGUGAGCCCUCUCCCAUCUCCAGGGAGUCAGCUCCAUUCUCCUUUAAGCAUCCUUUUUAAAGGAUGUUGUGAUGAGGGGAAAUGGGGAUCCAAGUCAGAUAUCCUGAGGAAUCCCACCCAGACUUGCCUCCAUGUCAUUGUGGGCACAUCCCAGCCACCUCUUCCAAUUUGCACUAUUUUCAAAUGGUGCUGGGCAUGUGAUGAUGACCACAGGAAUGGCCACUGCUGUUCAGAUUCAUCUCCCCCCUCCCCUGUGUGUUUUUUGCUUUUGUUUCUUCUUUUUCUUUUGCCCCUUUUUGAAAAAUACCUGCCCCACAGAUGAGUUGGAUGCUUGAAGUAAAGGGGGGGCGGGGAGAAAAAUCACAGCAUCUUUUCAAGAUUUCAUCCUUUGGUUUGUUUUGUUUCACGUAAACAGAUGUACCUGGCUCCACAUUUUGUGUGUGUGUGAAUGUGCUGUAGGGGUUUGGUGUGUGGGGGGUUUUUUUAAUUCGUUCAACAGAAAACUACUGGAAACUGACAAGAGCAGCAGCUUUUCCACAUGGAAACCAGGCAGCUUCUCAUCAUGGCAGCUUUGGCACUAAUUAAGGAGCAGCUAGAAAAUGGAAUGACGCUUGACAUUUCCCCCACCCUUUCAGCAGAGCGUUCACAGACAGAAAUACCCAUCAACAUUAUGCACUUACUGCUUGGACAGCAGACUCCUCUUUGAAAGGCAUCCAGGCCAGCACUUCUGCCACAUUCCAGAUCAGUUUUGUCCUUCACUGUCAUUCUGGUGUGGAUCUUCUUGGCUCUUGUCCAACUGCCCAACUGUGGCCUUGGAUCGCUGGUGUUUUUUGUUUUGUUUUAAAUUGUCUGUUUUUUAAGAAAGCAAUUGCACAGAUCAACUGUUUGAUUCAGAGUUGGAAGUCAGGGAAGGACCACAUCCAGCCCCUUGCCGCCCCCAUUCCUGUAAACAACUGGUUGGUGUUGUCCUCAGUCUCCUGUUGGGAAUCUGUGGUACCACCAGGCAGCUGGAUUGGGAAGCAGAUGCUCAGCCAGCACCUGCAGAGUUCCUCAUCCAGCCACGCCAGUGGACUUUUUGCCCUUCUCACUGGUUUGCGGUGGUAUAUUCUUCCUAGCCAUACUAACUUUCCUCUCCCUGGAAUUGCAGGUUUGACUUUUUAAGGUUUCCUGCCAAUAAAUGCUGGAUUUGCACAAUUGUUACCCACAUACCCAUGGACUCCCAACUAAAUUUGAUUCGAUAAGCAGGGGGGAGACAGGAGGGAAGUACCCUGAGGUGGGUUCCUGAAGUGGCCACGUGGAACUUCCCCUAAAAGAAGGCAAGUUGAAGAAGCACACAGGUGAAAAUAGGCAGAUGUGAAGGGGCAAGUUCACAAUUGGGAAUGGUUUGGAGAAGAAAGGGGACUCUGUAAGCAGAGGAGGGAAGGGCCAGGGCAUUGGCUGGGCAGGAAGGCAGCACAAGGCUUUGUGCAUAACGGUUGGGAGAGAGAGACCUGUACCUCUCUAGUGAUGGCACAAAUACACAACAGUACAAGAAAAAAACAUGGUUCCCAACCCCUGGUUCUACUCCUAACACUGAGUGAGGGGGCAUAUGCAAAAACAACCAAGCAGAAACAUGAGCUUUUUUCUCUUUCUUUUUAGUGCUUUUCUCCAAGUUGGGCUCUGAAGCCAGAAGAAGCCCGACUGCAGAGAAAAUUGGUGGGGUGUGGGUGUGUAGCAUAACAUAUGAAUGGAUGAUGGCAGGCAUGAGAAGGCUUAAGCAGCCCUCUCCUGCUUGUCCACCCUACCCUGAAUAUGCCUCCCCCACCUACCCCUGCAUUUGUGUUAACUGGCAGGCACAUGCUUGGAAAAUGCAUGCCAGCAGACUGGCUGGAGACUGACCCAUUUCAUGAGUAGGUAGAUUUGGGGUUCACACAUCAUCACAAGCAUGAGAAUCCCACAUUCACCCCAUUACACUUUCGGGGGUUGCGUUCUGAAAUCUCACCCCCCCCACUAUCUCCUUGCUGCCCCCUAGUGGUUUUGUGGGGAUAUAUUUGUCCUCAAAAUCCAGUCCCAGCCCUGUCUGGUCUCUUUGACUUAAGGAAUGCUAUGUGCCCAGUCCAACCCACCAGGCAUGCUUUGUGGCUUCAAAGACUCACCUGGAAGGGGGGAUUUUAUCAAGUCUUAGGUGGGCUGCCAUUCAUCUGGUCAUCUGGAAUAAUGCCCUAAAAAAACAUUAAUCUAUGCUCUGGAUUACAUCUGAAAGGAACUAGUGAGUGGAAAGAUGGUUGGGCAGCUGGCAUUCAGUUUGGGAUGCUGCUGUUCAAGUAGUAGUGAGCUUGUCCUGGCGGGCAAAAGAUUUAUCUAAAGAGGUGUCAAUGCAGGAAAUUUUGUGGGGAAGGAGGACAUGCACUUAAGUAUGCCAGUUCUGUCCAUUAGGCCACCACAAAUCAUGCAGCCUCCCUCCCGAGUCCCAAAGAAAAGAACUGGCAAUAGCAUGUUCAGGUCAAACGGCAAUGCCUGAAUGAUGCACACAACCCUGUGCAAAUGUAGCAGCUUGCUUACUGGUGCUACAUGUCGUAGGAUGCUCCUAUGAGCUCAUAGGAGCAUAUACCCAACCUAAGAGAUGGUGAAGGGUGUACUUAGGGUGUAUAUUCCACACAUCUAUGAUCUGAGAAAUAGUUGUGGCAGUCUUUAAAAAAUUAGGGCAUUUUUCUUUAAGUCACUAAGCAGAUGGUAGAUCAGAUGAACUUAAAUAUAGAGGAGAGGCAGAGAGCUCACCUGAAACAUAGAGGGAAACACAAGGUGAGUUAUUCAAUCAGAGUUUAAUUUGUUGUUCAAUGGGUCUGCCAAAAGAAUUAGAACAGGGGUGUGGAGGAGUUGGGCAGCCCACUUUGUGGGGGGAAACACCAUGUUGACUCCUCAUCUGCUCUCAGCCCUGGUUGUGAAAAAAUACUUUCCAGUUUUCUCAUCUUGCAUAACCUAUUGAAGUUGCAGGGUCAUGCUGGCCAGACUCUUUUUAUCUAGGGAAAUCACCCAUCUUGGAAAUGUGGUUAGACCUGGAAAUCUGACUGAGAAAAAGCUUACUGGCUUCACCAAACGUUUGGAUCGGAAUAGAUCUCAAGCUAAAAUUUAGACAGCCAGUAGAGAGAGAAUGUGUAGGUGCAAGAGGCUUGUGGGGUAUGGGAGGAAGCACUUAUUUCUGGAAUCAUCCAAAUGCACCUGCUCUCUCUUAAAAAUGGCAGCUAUCACCUCCAUCCUGUCUGUUUCAGCCACAAUGUUUUCUCCUACAAAGCCUACCGGUUUGGGCCAUGACUUUCUAUCAAGACUUAUGAGGGCAUUCUGACAGUGGUUGGAGAACACAGCCAUCGUGGUAGUCAUUGAUAGCCUCAUCUUCCCUAAGUUUCCCUAGUCCUCCUUUAAAGUCAUCCAAGUUGGUGGCUCUCAGUCCAUCUCAUCACAGAUCUCCAGCAUUUCAUGUAGUUUGGCAGUUUGUUACGUUUGGCUGUGAAAUUCAUCCAUUUUUUAAAGAUUCAAAAAUGCUUCAGCCUUUCCUCAUAGGGAAGGUGCUCCUGCAGCCGAUCAGUAAUUUGGGUUGUCCUUACUGCACCUUUUCCAGCCAAUGCACCUGUCCAACAAACUUGGGAGUUCAGGAACAGUGUCCCAGGAAUGAAACUGACUUGAAAUCCUAACUAUUGGUGUUUUUAAAGCAGAGGCUGGGUGGCUAUCUGUCAUGUAUGAUUUAAUUGAAAUUCCUGCUUUGCAAGGAGUUGGACUAGAUGACCCUCAGGGUCCCUUCCAACUCUACAAUUCUGCGACUCCAUGAUUAUAACACAGGCAUUAAGGUCAGCGCGAAAAAUCUGUACGUAAGGCAGACUAGUUGUGGUGCUUUGAAAAAGCACCGGGGCAAGAGCACUGGAGUCUCUUCCUUGGCAGGAAGAGGACAAAAAUAAAAAUUGGAGGAGGAAAAGGAGUAAUCUCCACAUUUGGUUGCACUGGGGUAUAUUUCUUUAUACCCAUCUUUUGAUGCUAAUGUCUCGUUUUAGUACCUUGCCUGUGCCUAACACCCCUCCCCUCCUUGGUAGUUGUUAUUUUUAAUUAAAGAGGAAAAGAUGUAUAUAUAUAUAUUUUGGCAAUUAAGGUAAUGUAGCUAAGAUAUAUUUUUUCUAUGCUGCUUCACUGUUCUUUAUUAUAAUAAAUAAUAAUAAUUAAUAUCAAAGACUUUAAGAAACUAAAACAAUUGGGGCUGUCCCCCUUCCAAUUUAACUAAGCAUAGAGUGAUAUAUCAUGGGUGGGAAAUUUUCUCCUUCCCCUCUCCCCACACUGGGUGUCCUUCAAAUGUUCUUGGAACACAACUCCCAUCAUUUCCUGACUGUUGGCCACGUUGCUGGGGAAGAUGGGAGUUGGAGACAAACAACAUCUGGAGGGGACACAGGGCAGCCACCCCCCAUUUUAAUGCAAGCACUGAUCAAGGCGUUGGGUUUCGCCAGCUAGGCCAGAAUGGCCCGUGUGAGAAAAUGUCAGCAGAAUGUGCGCUUAGAGAAGAAAGGGAAUACUGUAAUGGGAACGAGCAUUUCCGGAGUCCCUCAGUAGAGGGCAGUGUGCUAAAGCAGGAGUGGGAUAUCUGUGGGCCUCCAGGUGUUGCGACUGGGGCUCUCGGAGCUUGGCAACAUCUGGGGAGCCACAGGUUGCCUUUUCUUGUGUUGAGCUGUGGAAAGCAGAAGUGAUGUUUCUAAAUAAAUAAAUGAAUAAAUAAUGACCAAAAGUUAUUCCAGUGCAUUUUGAGCUGGCAAGGCUUUUCACGAGGGAACUAUAAAUUUAGUUUAUAUUUUUUAAAAGGUCCACCAUAUAAGCAGUCCUUUUUUAAAUAACCCACUUGUAUUUCUUGUCUGCAAGCAGAUACAAUCUUCCAGGUGGAAAGGUGCAUUUACAACUUUAAAACUAUGUACACCUCUGUGAAGUUUAAAAUUAAAGGCUGUACCCAUUGCUAACCAAAGAAGGAAGGGAAAAAAAUCAUUAAGAAAUAAAGAGAUGUUAUCGUUUUGGGGUAUCGGUCAUCCUUGUUUCUAUUCUGUAUAGUUGUGAUGUGCUUCUUGCUAUGUAGACAUUGAGUCCACUUCCAGGAGACAGCCUUUUCUCCCCAGCUAUGGAAUACUCUCCCAGGAGACAUAGGAAGCAAAAAUAGCUGUGCUCUUGGUCCAUAAACUGCCAAAAUCUGCAGUUGGUAAAUGCUUUUAUAAGGCCCAUACUAAAAUGUCACAAAAUAGUAACACAUUCUCCAGAAUGCUUCAUCAGGCAAGAUGCUACCCGAAGCAGGAGGUUCUUCUGAGCUUCCUACUAAGUUAUCUUUCAGGGCCAGGCAAAACCCUUUUAACAAUUGGGAGUUCCUAUUUAAAUUGCUUCUAUGCUGCUUCUAUAACGCUGUUGUCUGUUUAUUCAUUCCGAUGGUGCUGUACUUUUAUUGAUUGUAUUCUGUUGUAUUUAUGUGGUGUCACACUGCCCUGAUAGAAGGAGGUGGGGGAGGUCUUCUGGGAGGGCAGGAUAUAAAUUCUUCUACAAAUAAAUAAUUUCCAGCCUUGCCAACUGGAAAUGGUAGAUGACUUUUGGAUCACUUUUUAAAAUAAAAGAUUCUUUUUCAAUACACCUUUAAGGGUUGUCCCUUCUGCCUUCUGUGGUCUGGUAAAAUACAAUAUAGGUGUUUGCUUGCUGCAG